AAAGAAGGAAAGCAGCGGGGAACGGAUUUCUGGCUGCGCUGCUUUGAGAAAGACGGAUGCCGAAGUUGCGCUUCUGCGCGGCGGCGGUGGCGGCGGGCGAUUGAGACAUCCUCAUUAGAGGCUGGGCGAAGGGAGAUAGAUCUGGCCCUGGCAGGUCUGUGUGCGUCUGGAGAGCGAGGGGGAGAGAGAGAGCGAGACUUUUGCAGAGAGGGGAAGGCGUGACCAGCAUGGAGAAUGCCAAAGGACCUCAGAGAGAGAGAGGCAUUCUCUUCCUCGCUCUGUCUUUCACACACAAAUCUCUGAGCGAAGAUAAGCCCGGCAGCUGAAGGUUUGGGGACAGCGCGCAAAAUAACACGGUGUCAACAAACAAAACCGCCUCUCCAAAAGGGAUCAAAAGUAAUCAGGACCAGCGGAGCUCGCAGGAAAAAUGAGGUGAGUUGCUGUCGGGGGGGACGGGGACAUCCAAAGCUGUUUUUCUUCCUGAGUCAGAUCAUUGCCUCCGCCUAGCCUGUAGCGUCUGCACUGACUGGCAGCGGCUGUCCAGGAUCUCAGGCAGAGAGCUGGCGAUGCCAUUGGGGACUGAACCCCGGGGACCUUCUGCGCGCUCCUCCGUCCCUGAGCUACGGCCCAACCCGAGGGGAAAGGGGUGUCAUGGAGGGCUGGCAAGGGCAGUGGGGCACCAGAGAAAAAAAUCUUCCCUUUGGGGGGGGUGGCACAGAAGGGGCGAAGUCUAUUUCUAGGCGGGCGAGCUGUGUCCCGCAUCUUUAGGACCCUGAGAGAAAGAGAACAAUAUCUAUUAAUAGCAGGAAAAUUGGGGGAAGAGGCAAAUGGGGGCGAGCUCCUUGUUUGGGGGUGCUUGUCCCCCACAUCCGGCACCGACCAUGGUUAUCCACCACCACCAUUUCUUCUAUUGCACUCUUGCAAGCAAGGGCAGAGAGAAGAUUCCUGUUUCUGGGAAAGGAAAAGGUUUAAUUCUGGCACUCGUUGGCUCCCAAUAUUUCUUGAGGCGCUUUAUCUGGAGACAGACGGGUGCCAGCUUUCACAAGUGACACCGGGCAGGGGUUAGACUAGAUUGACACUCUGGGUCCCAUUCUAGGAUUCUAUGUGGUUCCACUGGAAACGCCACACACGGGGGUGUUGUUGCUGGCGUGGAUGCGUGCUUGUGGGGUUUUAAACUGAACUGUGCCUCGUGCUUUCUGAACCAUGUGGGGUUCGUCGUCACAUUUUUUAAAAGCAUUCCUGGUUUAAGAUGUGGAACUGGAACUGGAACAAAACAGUCUCUUGCUUGCCGGAGCAGCCUUCUGUCUGGAAGGUCCUCUUAGGUUUGGAUCUCUCGCUGUCCCAGACAGAAACCAGGGAGAAAACAAGCCAGAAAAAGUUGAUACCUGCCCUGAUCUGAUUCGAGGUUCCCUUGAGUUUCCUGGCACUAGAAUGCACCCAUUCCCCCUGAAAUCGCAGCUGGAUUUAAACUGGAGCGAAACUUUUGAAACAGAAAAGGCCAACCUUGGCAGGAAUGAACCCCCUCCCCUUUUUUUUUAAAGAAGAAGAGGAGGGGGAGGGAGGGAGGGAGGGAGGGGUGGAGAAGGAAGGCUCCCUGUUCCUAACCUCCUGUUUAAGGCACGCUCAAGCUGCGCCCCACAUUUUAACACAAAACCCUCUGCUUCUCUUGGGGUUAACAAAACAAAGAGUGCCCGCUCAAGCCUAAGGGUUCAACUAAGUUCCACUCAGAGUAAACAUAUUAAAAUUAAUGGAUCUAACGCAGACUGUGUAUACACUGUAAAUUUAAAGGACAAUUUCUCCCCUCAAAGAAUCGUGGGCACUGUAGUUUGUGAAGGGGUUGCUGCAUGGAAGAACAACUGUGACAGCGGCCCAGACUACUUUGAUGGAAUGAAUGUGCUCUGAAAGUAUAAUGUGUGUACAGCAUUGUCAUAAUCCAAAAUCAAUAAAAAUACAUGGAUAACUGAGGUUCUGCCUCCCCCCCCCCAAAAAAGGCCUGCCCCCCCCAACAAAAAUCCCAUGCUUGUCAUGUUCAUUUUGUGGGUCUACUUUGAGUAAACGUACCUGACUGCCACCCAAUAUCAAGAGAGCAGCAAAGUACAGGGAGGGUUGCAAGAUUUAAGGUUUCACAUACAGUGGUACCUCGGGUUAAGUACUUAAUUUGUUCCGGAGAUCCGUUCUUAACCUGAAACUGUUCUUAACCUUAACCUGUACCUUGGGUUAAGAACUUUGCUUCAGGAUGAGAACAGAAAUCGUGCUCCGGCGGCACGGCAGCAGUGGGAGGCCCCAUUAGCUAAAGUGGUGCCUCAGGUUAAGAACAGUUUCAGGUUAAGAACGGACCUCUGGAACGAAUUAAGUACUUAACCCGAGGUACCACUGUAAAUAGGUACUGCUGCAAUGGGAAGGUAAAUGGCGUUUCUGUGCACUCUGGUUUCUGUCACGGUGUUCUGUUGCACCUAGAAGCGGUUUAGUCCUGCUGGCCACAUGACCCAGAAAGCUGUCUGUGGACAAACGCCGGCUCCCUUGGCCUGAAAAUGAGAUGAGCGCCACAACCCCAGAGUCGCCUUUGACUGGACUUAACUGUCCAGAGUCCUUUACCUUUUUUACCUCAAAUCCACAAUUCUAUGGUCCUAUUAUUCCCGUCCAGAGGUCCUUAUCAAGCUGGCCUUAUCAUCUGAGAUGAGGUGGGUAAGAGCCGGGGGAGGGGUUAGAGAGAGAGGGAGCCCCUGCCAAUUUACACAUUUGUAGGGAUGAGAGGGAGCCACGGUGGCAACAUUUGUGAAAAAAUAUUUAUUAAAGUUUUCAAAGCAUUACAAAAAGGAAAAAGAAAAAAUAGAAAAUACAAAAUACAAAAUAAAAAUAGUUAAAAACAAUUCGAUCUUUCCAUAUCUUAUCUUUCAUUUGCUUGUUUCCCGGACCUCCUCACACCUCCCUUUUUUGUAUUCCAGUUCAAUUUAUUGGUUCAGCAAAUCCUUUCCCUCUUCGUUUUAUCCUGAUCUUUAUUCUUAAUAUAUUGUAGCUUUAAAUUACCACCUGUUAACAAUCCAUUUUUUCAUAUUCCUUUAUAACAUUACUGCUAAAAACCACUUAACUUCAAUCCAACAUCAUUCUAACAUUCAUUAAUUUUGCAAUAUUUCUGUAAAUAGUCUUUAAAUUUCUUCCAAUCUUCUUCCACCGACUCUUCUCCCUGGUCUCGGAUUCUGCCAGUCAUUUCCGCCAGUUCCACAUAGUCCAUCACCUUCAUCUGCCAUUCUUCCAAGGUGGGUAGAUCUUGUGUCUUCCAGUACUUUGCAAUAAGUAUUCUUGCUGCUGUUGUGGCAUACAUGAAAAAAAUUCUAUCCUCGUACCUACGGGACCGCCUCUCCUGGUAUGCCCCACAGAGAAACUUACGGUCUUCGAAUAAAAACAUCUUGAAGGUCCCAGGCCCCAGAGAAGUUAGGCUGGCCUCAACUAGAGCCAGGGCUUUUUCGGCUGUGGCUCCGAUCUGGUGGAACACUCUGUCACAAGAGACUAGGGCCCUGCGGGACUUGACAUCUUUCCGCAGGGCCUGCAAGACAGAGCUGUUCCACCAGGCCUUUGGCCAGGGCACAGCCUGACUCCCUCCCUCGGCAAUCUUCGCGGAGCUCUGGCCCAAUGGUUGCCAGUGGCUUGAAUUAAUUAAUUUUAUAACGAAUGAUUUUAGACUGUUGUUUAUGCUGUACUUUUGUACUGUUUUAUUGUUGUUAGCCGCCCUGAGCCCGGCUUCGGCUGGGGAGGGCGGGAUAUAAAUAAAAUUUAUUAUUAUUAUUAUUAUUAUUAUUUGGCACCAAUUGGCCGACUAUGCCCAGGAGAAAGGCCUCUGGUUUCUUCACACGGUGGCAACAUUUGUGCCGUCAUUGAAGUUCUGUUGGCAAUCAGGAUCCAAUGGCAGAAAGAUCAUUGGAGAGUUUGUGUAGGAACGGAGCAGCAGUAAGUUGUUUUCUGGUUGCUGUUUUGUUAAUGCAGUUACUAUUUUACAAAUUAUAAAUGCUGUAUUGUUUUGCCAAUUAUAUAAUAUGACUUUUGCUUUCAUUGUGAUAUUCCGCUUAUUUUUCCAUUGUUGCUUUGUAAUAAUAAUAGUAAUAAUAAUAAUAAUAAUAUUUAUACCCCACCCAUCUGGCUGAGUUUCCCCAGCCACUCUGGGUGGCUCCCAAUCAAGUGUUAAAAACAAUACAGCAUUAAAUAUUAAAAACUUCCCUAAACAGGGCUUCCUUCAGAUGUCUUUAAAAAAUAAGAUAGUUGCUUAUUUCCUUCACAUCUGAAGGGAGGGCAUUCCACAGGGCGGGCGCCACCACCGAGAAGGCCCUCUGCCUGGUUCCCUGUAACCUCACUUCUUGCAGGGAGGGAACCGCCAGAAGGCCCUCGGAGCUGGACCUCAGUGUCUGGGAUGGACGAUGGAGGUGGAGAUGCUCCUUCAGGUAUACAGGACUUGUUAACAGUGCCUUAUAGAUUGUAAUUGUUUCGCUGGUGAUUAUGUUAAUUAUUCCAUACGGUUCAUGCUAAAUUUGUGAUUCUUUAUUACGUUCCAUCGUGUUAUUCUUACUUAUUGUUCGUAAGCCGCAUCGGGAUUCAUUGGAAUUAAAAGUGACGUAGAAAUAUAAUAGAUCUAAAAAAUCAGCCCCCAGAGAUGCUUCUCUACAUUACUGCCUUUUCAGUGGCAGGCAAAUCAUACAAACCCCCACCACAAACUUUUGUAAGUAUACUAGAAAUAUUAUCCACACAGUCAACAGUUUACUUUAUAACGUGCCAAAAAGUCCUAUGUAAUAUUUAUUUUGCUUCAUCUAUGAAUCGUAUCCUGUGGAACAUCCCGAAGCGAUUAAGAAUAAAAACGUCAUGAAAGCAUCCAUAAAAGCGUCAACAAUAAAAACAUAUAGAAAUGGUUUCAAAUCUGCUACAGAUGCUGGCUAGGAUAUUUAAAAAAAUCCACUUAAAAGGCGUAUAUGGAUACGUGUUAAACAUAUGUAUUAGAAAUAUUAUUCAUAGGGAGAAUAGGGCAAGGGAGCAAUCCAAUGGUGGGUUCCACUGGGCAUCCCAGCUCAACCAGUGUUCAUUCCCCAACUCCAGCUAAAUUGAAGAUACAGUGGUACCUCGGGUUAAGUACUUAAUUCAUUCCGGAGGUCUGUUCUUAACCUGAAGCACCACUUUAGCUAAUGGGGCCUUCCGCUGCUGCCGAGCUGCCGGAGCACAAUUUCUGUUCUCAUCCUGAAGCAAAGUUCUCAACCCAAGGUAAUAUUUCUGGGUUAGUGGAGUCUGUAACCUGAAGUGUAUGUAACCCAAGGUACCACUGUAUGCUGGCAUAAUUUGCCCAUCCCAUCUGAGCUGAGGCCAAGCAUAAAUCCCCAAAAGGCAGUACAGUGGUACCUCGGGUUAAGAACUUAAUUCAUUCCAGAGGUCCGUACUUAACCUGAAACUGUUCUUAAUCUAAAGCACCACUUUAGCUAAUGGGGCCUCCCGCUGCUGUGCGAUUUCUGUUCUCAUCCUGAAGCAAAGUUCUUAACCCAAGGUACUCUUUCUGGGUUAGCAGAGUCUGUAACCUGAAGCGUCUGUAACCCAAGGUACCACUGUAUUCUGGGAGUGGGGUGGGACUAGGCAGGGGAGACUUAAUCUGGAUCCUAACUCUAUUCAGCUCAGUCACAUGACAUGGUAAAAACAGUAAAGGGACCCCUGACAGUUAAGUCCAGUCGCAAACGACUCUGGGGUUGCGGCGCUCAUCUCGCUUUACAGGUCAAGGGAUCUGGCGUUACAGGUCGAGGGAUCUGACAGUUUUUCCGGGUCAUGUGGCCAGCAUGACUAAGCCACUUCUGGCAGAGCAGCGCACGGAAACGCCGUUUACCUUCCCGCCGGAGUGGUACCUAUUUAUCUACUUGCACUUUGACCUGCUUUCGAACUGCUAGAUUAGGAGGAGCAGGGACCGAGCAAUGGGAGCUCACCCCAUCGUGGGGAUUCGAACCGCCGACCUUCUGAUUGGCAAGCCCUAGGCUCUGUGGUUUAGACCACAGCACCACUGUAAAAACGGUAGUCUAAGUCAACCUUUAUUUUAAAGAGUUUGUUAUCCCUCUGAAAAUAAAGAGAGCCCGCUGGAUCAGGCCAGUGGUCCAUCUAGUCCAGCAUCCUGUUUUCACAGGGGCCAGCUGGAUGCCUCUUCCAAGAAGCCUAGAAGCAGGAUCCGAGCACAAGAGCAACUCUCCCCUCCUGUGGUUUCCAGCAAGUGGGAUACAGAACCAUUCCUGCCUCCAGUUGUGGGUGAAGAGCAUAGUCAUCGUUGCUCCCAGCCAUCCAUAGCCCUCUCCUCCUCCAUGAAUUUCUCUAAUCCCCUUUUAAAGCCAUCUGAGUUGGCCAUCGCUGUGGCAGGGAGUUCCGUAGUUUAACCACACGGCGUGAAUACGUUCUUUUGUCUGACUUGACCCUUCCAGCUUUCCGUUUCAUUGGCUGGCCAUGAGUUCUAGCAUUCGGGGAAAGGGAGGAAAACAUUUCUCUCUCUCUACUUUCUCCAUGCUGCGCAUCAUUUUUAUAAAUAUCUGUCAUGGCGCCUCUUGUUCUGACAGGAUUGCGCCAGCUAAGUUGGCUGUAGCUGUGCUCCUUCCUGGUUGGGGUUUGGAUCUGGUGUUAAGUUAACUUACGCCAGCUUGCUUCAUGCCAGCUUCUUGCAUACAGGGUUGCUGUGAUGGUCCAAUUUUGUCUUCAGAAGGCUUUUCCAUCAUGUUGUAGCCUUUGAGAUAGGGAGGGAGGGAGCAGAGAGAGAGAGAGAGAGAGGGAGGGAGAGGCAUUAGAGGACGUCCCUGUCCAUAUAUUCUGAGCAGAUUUUUCCUUUGGCUUGCAGCUUCUGUGGUCAGAUGGGGACUCUCAGAAGCCUACUUGCUAGAAACCUCAACUCAUCUGGAGGAAAAGAGACCCAUGCUCCAGCUCAGCCUCAUUAGCUGUCCUUGUUUUGAACUGGGUGCCAGAUCAGCCAAUUAAAAUCUCUUCACAUGCACACUAUAUAUACCAGUUCAGAGCAUCAAACCCCAGAACCCUGCAAUGAAUUCCUUGGAUCAUCAGCAUGUCACUGCCUCGUGGCUCCCAAACCCUCAGUGAUCCAGUUGUUUUCCUAGCCCCACAAAUCCCUCCUGCAAGUACCCAAGUCCAGGGCCAGCCCAAGACCUUUUGGCACCUGAGGCGAACCACAAAAUGGUGCCCCCUCCCCAACAGGGAAGAAGAGGCGAGUGGAGAUUUACUUCAGGAAGAAGGAGGGGAAUGAAGAUCGACAUUGGGGUCGACUGCCCCUGUGGAUCCUGCCACCUGAGGCGGUUGCCUCACCUUGCCUCAUGGGUGGGCCGGCCCAAGUCCCUCCUGUUUGUGUUACUUAUCAGUUCAUCAAUUUCUGUUUUCAGCCUGAACAAGCUUUCAAAGCAUAGGCAUCCACACAGAGGGAGAUGAAUCUCAAUCUCCAGAUUGCCAGAUUUAAAAAGAGUAAAUUUCUAGCUUUUGAAGAACUGAGAUAUGAGGCAAAAUGUAAAGGCACUAGUCUCCUCUCUCUUUUUGUGAGAAACUAGGUGGGGGGGCGGCUGCUGGCAGCCACAAAUUUCAACUUGGCUAGCAAAUUUCCAGAAGAUGCAUGUAAACCACUAAAGGACACAUUCUUGUUCUCCAGAAGCACCCAUGUUGGGCUUUUCUGGGAUCUAAGGUCAAGCUUUCUCUCGGUGUAGGUAGGUUUGAAUGUGUGGGGGUGGGGCAGGGUCGGAUUUAGGUUUGAUGAGGCCCUAAGCUCCUGAAGGUAAUGGGGCCCUUUAUAUGUCCAGCUGUCCUCUGCCAACAACAAUUGUCACUGGUUUUUGUGUUGAAUAUAUGCUAUAUGGUAGUUGAUGGACCUCAUAGGUAUCUAAAGUCAUUUGCCCAUGUUGCCCUGCAACCAGUCCAUGCACAAUGUAGGCACCCUAUAUAUAGAAAUGAGCAAACCAGGGAUAUUUUAGGGAGCAGGUGAGCAGGCGGGGCCCAUGACUUACAUCAUAGGAGCCUACACAACACUAUUCUUCAAUUUCCAUUUCCAUGGAAGAGUAAUGAAAUUCCCUCUAUACAAGAUUGGAUCCAAAAGCUGACAGAAUAUGCAGAAUUAGAUGGUCUAUCAGAAAAAAUAAAGAAUAAAUCAAAGCAGGAAUUUGUUUCAAAAUGGGAGGUUUUCAAAGAAUAUUUGAAAUAUAAAUAUAGUAAUUUAAAUUCGGUUGCAGCAUUCGAGGGACUUCCGUAAUAGUUGCAAGGCAGAUAUAAGAAUUAAGAUAUAUUAAGAAAAGGAUUAAUAAUGAUAAAAGUGUGUACUGGCAAUAAGUUAUAAAUCAAAAUAUGGAAUAGACGGGAGGUUGGGUCUUUAGUGUUAAGACCAAUUUGUGUCUUAUUGUUUAUUAAGAAAAUUCAGUAUCUAUUGUUAUUCCUGUGUGUAAUUUGGUAUUUGUGUUUUCUUUUUUCUUUUCUUGCUGUAUCAAUAAAAAAUAAAAAAGGAGCCCACACAACACAAAACACUGUUGCUGUAUGUAGGUUUUAUUUUAUUUGUUUUUUAUCUUAUAUUUUGGAAAUGUACAUCCAGGUUUAUUUCCUUUAAUUUGGGGGGGGCAAGCGAGUGGGGCCCUAAGCUAUAGCUUAUACGUAAAUCCGGCACUGGGAUAGGGGUUGGGAGGGUGCUACCUAGGGAAUCAUAGAAUCAUAGACUUCUAGAGUUGGCUGGGACUCUAAAGGUCUUCUAGUCCAACCCCCUGAAAUGUAGGAAUCACAGCGAAAGCAUCCCCAACAAAUGACCCUCCAACCUCUGCUUAAAAACUCAAAUGAAGGGGAGUCCACCACCUUCUGAGGGAGUCCGUUCCCCUGUCGAACAACCGUUAGCAUCAGAGAGUUGUUCCUGAUGUUUAAUGGUGGCUGGGAGUGGCCACCGAGACCAUAUAACACCGGUCUUGAAAGACCUACAUUGGCUCCCAGUACGUUUCCGAGCACAAUUCAAAGUGUUGGUGCUGACCUUUAAAGCCCUAAACGGCCUCAAAGGCCCAGUAUACCUGAAGGAGCGUCUCCAUCCCCAUUGUUCUGCUCAGACACUGAGGUCCAGCUCCUGCGAGAAGCCAAGUUACAGGGAACCAGGCAGAGGGCCUUCUUGGUAGUGGCACCCGCCCUGUGGAAUGCCCUCCCACCAGAUGUCAAAGAGAACAACAACUACCAGACUUUUAGAAGACAUCUGAAAGCAGCCCUGUUUAGGGAAGCUUUUAAUGUUGAAUAGGUUAUUGUACAGUGGUACCUCAGGUAAAGUACUUUAUUCAUUCCAGAAAUCCGUACUUAACCUGAAGCUGUUCUUAACCUGAAGCACCACUUUAGCUAAUGGGGCCUCCUGCUGCUGCCGCGCCCCCAGAGCACGAUUUCUGUUCUCAUCCUGAAGCAAAGUUCUUAACCUGAAGCACUAUUUCUGGGUUAGCGGAGUCUGUAACCUGAAGCAUGUGUAACCUGAAGCGUCUGUAACCUGAGGUACCACUGUAUUUUAAUAUUCUGUUGAAAGCUGCCUAGAGUGCCUGGGGAAACCCAGCCAGAUGGGCAGGGUAUAAAUAAUAUAUUAUUAUUAUUAUUAUUAUUAUUAUUAUUAUCAUCACCAUCAUCAUCAUCAUCAUCUCCUUUCCUGUCAUUUGAAUCCAUUGGUAGUCAUCAUGCUCUCUCUUUGUCUCUCCUGCAGGUACUUCUUGGUCUGGUCCCUUUGUGCUUUCCACCUCGUCAAAGCAGACACCAUUGAACUGACUGACAUGUUUGGGGAGAUCCAGUCUCCAAAUUAUCCAGACUCCUACCCCAGCGAUUCGGAAGUGACUUGGAACAUAUCGGUGCCGGACGGCUUUCGGGUCAAGCUCUAUUUCAUGCAUUUUGAUCUCGAAUCGUCCUACCUUUGCGAAUAUGACUUUGUGAAGGUGAGCGUCAUUGGCUCUUGUUCAUUCAUUUCAUAAAAAUUUUACACCACUGAAUUGCAAAAGAAAAGAAAGAGGAGGAGGAGGAGGAGGAGGAGGAGGAAGCUUCCAAGUGGUUUGCAAGAAAGCUAAAACAAUAAGUAAGAAUCAUUGACAACAAUAAUUUAAGGUAUUUGGAAAGUUAAAAUAACAACGGACCAAAACCAGAUUAAAACUCACAUCAACAUUCUAAUAAUCUGGGUAAGGCAUGUGCCAAAAAGAGUACAGCGAAGGCACCUUUCUGAUAUCAAGUGGCAGGGAGUUCCAAAGCGUAGCUGCUGUCACACAAAAUGUAGCAGUUGGUCUUGGCUGGGGAUGAGUAGGUUCACCCAACCCCACAUUUCAUUCCUUUUUUUUGCUUCAAAAUUUCAGUCUGCAUUACUGACCCGUUCUCUUUAAUUCCCAUUUACACAGAUUGCACAGAUUAUUCCGGAGUUAAAGGAUAUAUUGUUUGCCACACCGUUCAUUUCUUUGCACCUCUUCCUCUGCUAUGUUUCCAUGUUGCUUGUGAACUCUUGACGUUUGCGUUUUCCAAAACACUGAAAAAAUAGGCACCUGCAUGCCUGUAUCAGUGUAAAUCUUCUUUAGCCCCGUUUGUAUCCCAGCUGCUGAGAUUCACAAGUAGCGAGAGCACUGCUCCCAUUGACAUAAGCAGUUGUGCUCCAAAACAUCUGGCUAGGAGAGGAUGGUCUAUGGUCCAACAGACAUUUUUUCUGCAGGUUUGCACCAGACCUUUGGUUGAUUGUCCUCCAAGGCCCUUUUAAAAUGUGUUUGAGGGGGUUAUUGGUGUUAGAAUUCCUGCUCCAUGAUUGCAGUCAUGGGAUUGUUGUCUUUCACGUGACGGUGUAUGUUUUGACUCCACAGAGUGGGAAGUGACGGAGACAGGAUGUUUGUGUUACUGUGUUCUGUGAAGUGGGACUAUUGUCCUUUGUUCUUUUUCUCUUUGCUAUCUGAUGUUGCAGUGCUCCGUGUGGGUUUAUAUGUAAAUAAAGUAGAUUAGCCAAAAUGCUGAGUUGCUGAGGUCUGUUACACAUGAUGCACAAACUCUGUGGAUCCCUAAGUGUGCUGGUGUCGGUUGGCAUCGGUCGCUGUGAUGUUCGGGCAGAAGAAAGGUUUUGAAGCUCCCGAACGAUUGACCAGGAGGGCGGGAACAUGCCAGUCAGGUAUGUGUCUCUGCCAGGGUCCUACUCGAGUAUAGGAUGAGCUCCUGACAAUUGGAAGGUUUCUGUUUUUAUUUUUAUUAUGUAUUUUGUGUUUUUAUGUUGUAAUUUGUAUCCUGAGGCCUGCGGGUAUAGGGCGGCAUACAAAUUUAACAGCAACAACAACAACACAUAUAAAGUGUUCCUGAAUAUCUGUCAGGCACCACCAAGAGGCUGUUAGUCCCUGAUAAGGAACCAGUUCCCCAUCCCCAAGGGAGACUCAGUGGGGAAAAGGGGCAGGGAGGGUGACUUGCUCAAAUCUGAAGCCAUCCUUGCCCACCAUCCCACGACAGAGAGAGAAAAAGCGAGUGUGUGUCUGAAGCUAGGGAUAAGGACCCUUUGCCCUCUACAUCCUCUCUCAGUUCCUAUUUAUGUGACAUUUGUUUUUCCUUCGUUCCAUUUAAAACACAUUCUGUCAUCGUUCUGGCUCAUCCAGGAUAAAAUACAUUUCUGGAAUCUCCAUUCACGCCAGCUCCCUCCCUUGCGCAAUGCUCUCAGACGUAAUAAUUGCUUGCAGCGGUUUGGGAUUUAAGCGUGCCGUUCCGUGGCGGCUGUCAAGUAACGUUGAGGACAUAAGGAGCAGCCCGACUGGAUGGGACCAGGGAUCCCUCUGGCCCCAGUAUCCUGUUUGCAACUGGGGAGAGGCCCCCAACCCAGAAGCCCACAAGUAGUGUAGAUAAAAGAAAGGACUCGUUCGUGCAGUUCAUGGUUAAACCGUGGAACUCCCUGCCACAGGAGGCAGUGAUGUUGUUGUUGUUGUUUAGUUGUUUAGUCAUUUAGUCGUGUCCGACUCUUCGUGACCCCCUGGACCAGAGUACGCCAGGCACUCCGGUCUUCCACUGCCUCCCGCAGUUUGGUCAAACUCCUGUUCGUAGCUUCCAGAACACUGUCCCACCAUCUCGUCCUCUGUCGUCCCCUUCUCCUUGUGCCCUCCAUCUUCCCCAACAUCAGGGUCUUUUCCAGGGAGUCUUCUCUUCUCAUGAGGCGGCCAAAGUCUUGGAGCCUCAGUAUUACGAUCUGUCCUUCCAGGGAGCACUCAGGGCUGAUUUCCUUCAGAAUGGAUAGGUUUGAUCUUCUUGCAGUCCAUGGGACUCUCAAGAGUCUCCUCCAGCACCAGAAUUCAAAAGCAUCCAUUCUUCGGCAAUCAGCCUUCUUGAUGGUCCAGCUCUCACUUCCAUACAUCACUACUGGGAAAACCAUGGCUUUAACUAUACAGACCUAUACGGAGGCAGUGAUAGAUGUCUUUAAAAGAGGAUUAGACAGAUUCAUGGAGGAAAGGGCUAUUGUGGCUCUGCUCUGCUCCCACCAGUGCUUCUGAAUACCAGUUGCUGGAAACCACAGAAGGGGAGAGGACUCUUGCGCUCAUGUUCUGCUCACUGGUUUCCCAUAACAGUCAUCUGGUUGGCCUCUGUGAGAAAAAAGAUGCUGGAUAAUAAUAAUAAUAAUAAUAAUAAUAAUAAUAAUAAUAAUAAAUUUUAUUUAUACCCCGCAUUCCCCAGCCAGAGCCGGGCUCAGGGUGGCUAACAUCAAUAAAAUUUCAGUAAAAACAUAAUAAGAAGGUAGGGAAAAGAAAAAAAACAAUUUAAAAUACAGGUUAAAAUGCAAUUUAAAAUGCAGCCGCAGUUUGAAAGUCAAAACCAUAAGGGGAGGGAAACAUAAGGGCCAGACCGAGUCCAAACCAAAGGCCAGGUGGAAAAGCUCCGUCUUGCAGGCCCCGUGGAAAGAUGUCAAGUCCCGCAGGGCCCUGGUCUCUUGUGACAGAGCGUUCCACCACGUCGGGGCCAGUGCUGAAAAGGCCCUGGCCUUAGUUGAGACCAACCUAACCACCUUGUGACUUGGGACCUCCAAAGUGUUGUCAUUUGUGGACCUUAAGGUCCUCAGCGGGGCAUACCAGGAUAGACUGGAUGGGCUAUUGGCCCUUUUCUAUGUCCUUAUGUUCAAGAGUGCUCUUGCAGUCCAAACAAUCUGGAGGGCGUCUGUUUGGGACUCGUGAUGUAUUCUGUGGCCUGAAUUUCAGGGAUCCCAUGGGAGGUUUCCAGAGCUCCUUGGGUGAAAAUCAAAAAGGAGGAGGAGUUUACAAAGUGUUAAAAAGUUUGAAAAACAUUGUCAGGAGUGUGAGAUGUUGGCGACUACUGCCUUGCAGAUGUCUGUGUGAUUCCACCUGCUUGAAGCUCUGCUUCCCAAAAUAAUUAAAAAUGGAGGGGGGGUCCUGCUUUGAUUUUCUCUGGCUUUGUUUCUCCUUGCUAACAGCUGCUUGCCCUUCCUGCUUACUGUCCUUUUCUUCCUCUGCAUCUUCUCCAAAUGCAAAGUUCAGAGCCUUAUGGUAAAAAAAUAUAUAUGCAUGAAUAUACCGUAUUUUUCGCUCUAUAAGACACACUUUUUCCCUCCUAAAAAGUAAGGGGAAAUGUGUGUGUGUGUUAUGGAGCGAAUGCAGGCUGCGCGGCUAAGCCAGAAGCCAGAACAGGGAGAGGGAGCACUGCGCAGCGAUCCUUCUUGCUGUUCUGGCUUCUGGGAUAGCCAUGCGAAUCCUCUUCAGGACAGGGGGAGCCUUCCUCCCGCUGCCCUGAAGAGGCUUUGCGUUGCUUUCGCUGAAGCCAGAACAGCAAGGGGGAUCGCUGCGCAACGAUCCCUGUUGCUGUUCUGGCUUCUGGGAUUCAGAAUAUUUUUUUUCAUGUUUUCCUCCUCCAAAAACUAGGUGCGGUCUUAUGGUCUUGUACGUCUUAAAGGUAAAGGUAAAAGGACCCCUGACCAUUAGGUCCAGUUGUGACUGACUCUGGGGUUGCGGCACUCAUCUCGCUUUACUGGCCAAGGGAGCCGGCGCACAGCUUCCAGGUCAUGUGGCCAGCAUAACUAAGCCGCUUCUGGCGAACCAGAGCAGUGCACGGAAACACUGUUUACCUUCCCGCCGGAGCGGUACCUAGUUAUCUACAGUGGUACCCCGCAAGACGAACGCCUCGCAAGACGGAAAACCCGCUAGACGAAAGGGUUUUCCGUUUUGGAGGCGCUUCGCAAGCAAUUUCCUAUGGGCUUGCUUCGCAAGACGACAGCCCAUAGGGAAAUCUCAGGGACAGCGGGGAAGCGCAGCGCGUCUUCCCCACUGUCCUCGGACCUCCUCCGAAGCCUGGCGGCGGGGCGGGGACACCUCCUCCCGCCGCCGCCGGGCUCGGAAGGCUCCUCCGAAGCCGGGCGGGGGAGGGAACACCUGCCGCCGCCGCCCGGCUCGGGCGGUGCUCCGAGCCGGGCGGGGAGGGAAGACCUCCCGCCUCUGCCCGGCUCGGAACGGUGCUCCGGCCGGGCGGUGGGGAGGGAAGACCUCCGCCUCUGCCCGGCCGAACGGUGCUCCGAAGCCGGGCGGGGGAGGGAACACCUGCCGCCGCCGCCCGGCUCGGAACGGUGCUCCGAGCCGGGCGGUGGGGAGGGAAGACCUCCCCGCCGCCCGGCUCGGACGGUGCUCCGAGGCCGGGCGGGGGAGGGAACACCUGCCGCCGCCGCCCGGCUCGGGACGGUGCUCCGAAGCCGGGCGGGGGAGGGAAGACCUCCCCGCCGCCCGGCUCGGAACGGUGCUCCGAGCCGGGCGGGGAGGGAACACCUCCGCCGCCGCCCGGCUCGGAACGGUGCUCCGAGCCGGGCGGGGGGAGGGAACACCUGCCGCCGCCGCCCGGCCGGGAACGGUGCUCCGAGCCGGGCGGGGGAGGGAACACCUGCCGCCGCCGCCCGGCUCGGAACGGUGCUCCGAGGCCGGGCGGGGAGGAAGACCUCCCCGCCGCCCGGCUCGGAACGGUGCUCCGAGCCGGGCGGGGGAGGGAACACCUCCGCCGCCGCCCGGCUCGGAACGGUGCUCCGGGCCGGGCGGGGGAGGGAACACCUGCCGCCGCCGCCCGGCUCGGAACGGUGCUCCGAGGCCGGGCGGGGGGAGGGAAGACCUCCCGCCUCUGCCCGGCUCGGAACGGUGCUCCGAGCCGGGCGGGGGAGGGAAGACCUGCCGCCACCGCCCGGCUCGGAACGGUGCCCGGCCGGGCGGGGGAGGGAAGACCUGCCGCCGCCGCCCGGCUCGGAACGGUGCUCCGAGCCGGGCGGGGGGAGGGAACACCUGCCGCCGCCGCCCGGCUUCGGAACGGUGCUCCGGGCCGGGCGGGGGGAGGGAAGACCUCCCGCCUCUGCCCGGCUCGGAACGGUGCUCCGAGCCGGGCGGUGGGGAGGGAAGACCUCCGCCGCCGCCCGGCUUCGGGACGGUGCUCCGAAGCCGGGCGGGGGAGGGAAGACCUCCGCCGCCGCCCGGCUCGGAACGGUGCUCCGAGCCGGGCGGGGGGAGGAAGACCUUCUGAAGGCGGGCGGGGGCGAAGUCUUUGCUCCCCCUGCCUGCCUGUCCCGGAGGGCUUUUGAAGGCGGGGGAGCAAGACUUCGCCCCCGCCAGCCUUCAGAAGAGGUCCAGGACCUCUUCUGAAGGCUGGCGGGGGGCAAAAGUCUUUGUCCCCCCUGCCUGCCUUCCCAGGGGCUUUUAAAUUGCCCCGGACAGCGGAGAAGUCCUCCGCUGUCCCGGGGUGAUUUUAAAAUGCCGCCCGCCAGCAUUUUAAGAUCGCCCGGACAGCGGAGAAGUCCUCCGCUGUCCCGGGGUUUUUUAAAAUGCUGGGGUGGGAAGAAAAGCCCUUGCCCCCAGCCUUCAGAAGAGGUCCGGGGACAGACUGUCCCCGGACCUGGUCUGAAGGCGGUUUCCCUAGGAACGCAUUAAUUGAUUUUCAAUGCAUUCCUAUGGGAAACCGUGCAUCGCAAGACGAAAAACUCGCAAGACGAAGAGACUUGCGGAACGAAUUAAUUUCGUCUUGCGAGGCACCACUGUACUUGCACUUUGACGUGCUUUCAAACUGCUAGGUUGGCAGGAGCAGGGACCGAGCAACGGGAGCUCACCCCGUCGCGGGGAUUCGAACUGCCAACCUUCUGAUCGGCAAGUCCUAGGCUCUGUGGUUUAACCCACAGCGUCACCCGCGUCCCCUGGUGCGUCUUAUGGAGCGAAAAAUACUGUAAAUAGAUCGUUUGGUAUUGCUGCUGCCGUUUUUUUGGGUUUUUUUAAUGGGAAGGAGCUGUAAAGAAGAAAAUGUUGGAACCUGCCCAGGUUGGGGAGAUGAGUUAUCUCUGCCAAUAUCACUGUGUAUGAUUCAGACCUAUCACGGGUAUGACCAACUUUUCUGGGUGGGAGGUUCUCCAGAGAAACUCAGAUCCCACGUCGGUUGCUAAAUAACUGCUAUCAUGCUGACAUGAAAAGUCUUGCUGCCAUCCAUCAGAUGGGGAAAUGUAAAAUUCUUUUUUGCCAAGUGCUUGUCGGCUGAGGAAGGAGGAAUCCAUGCAGCUGUUUCGAUGGUGACUCGCAAAGAAUAGUACACACAGCGCUUUUUCAAACACCAAAGUAUUUUAUGGGUAGUACACGAUGUGAUCUGUUCAUCACACAUGCAUGCAAACACAGGCAUGGGCAGCUGUCACGAUAGAACCCAGGGAAUAGGACCAUUGGGGAUCAAAUAUAUACCGUAUUUUUCCGUGUAUAACAUGCCCUCAUGUAUAACACGCCUCCAGAGUUGUGGAGCUUUUUGCGGGGAGGCUGGCCCUAAGUAUACAGUCAUACCUCAGGUUGCAAACGUGAUCCAUGCGGGAGGCACGUUUGCAACCCGCAGCGUUUGCAACCCGCAGUGCUGCAUCUGCGCGUGACGUGAUUCGGCGCUUCUGUGCAUGCGGGUGGUGUCAUUCUGUGCUUUUGCACAUGCGCAAGCGCCAAAACCCAGAAAUAACCCAUUCUGGUACUUCCGGGUUCAGCGCAGUCCACAACCCGAAAAUGCGCAACCGCAGCAUUCGUAACCCGAGGUAUGACUGUACACAGAAAAUCUAGAAGGAAUUUGAUGCAGGACUUUAGGGAGCACCCCUGACCUCCUCCUCUGUUUGAAGGAUGCUCAGGAUACAAACUAGAAACCAUAAGACUGUCAGGCAGGCCACACCAGGAGCAUAGAAUCAUAGAAUCAUAGAGUUGGAAGAGACCACAAGGGCCAUUGAGUCCAACCCCCUGCCAAGCAGGAAACACCAUCAGAGCACUCCUGACAUAUGGUUGUCAAGCCUCUGCUUAAAGACCUCCAAAGAAGGAGACUCUACCACACUCCUUGGCAGCAAAUUCCACUGUCAAACAGCUCUUACUGUCAGGAAGUUCUUCCUAAUGUUUAGGUGGAAUCUUCUUUCUUGUAGUUUGGAUCCAUUGCUCCGUGUCCGCUUCUCUGGAGCAGCAGAAAACAACCUUUCUCCCUCCUCUAUGUGACAUCCUUUUAUAUAUUUGAACAUGGCUAUCAUAUCACCCCUUAACCUCCUCUUCUCCAGGCUAAACAUGCCCAGCUCCCUUAGCCGUUCCUCAUAAGGCAUCGUUUCCAGGCCUUUGACCAUUUUGGUUGCCCUCCUCUGGACACGUUCCAGUUUGUCAGUGUCCUUCUUGAACUGUGGUGCCCAGAACUGGACGCAGUACUCCAGGUGAGGUCUGACCAGAGCAGAAUACAGGUUUGAAUGACGCAUGGAUCAAGGAACUGGUCCAUCGCAAUACAUGGCCUGAGGUUACAGUCGUCUUCCCAGGUGGACCACAUAACUCUGUGAGGUCCAUUCCUAGCUGAAUGGAUGUGAGAGGAAGGGAAGGUGCCUGCUAUCUUACUAAUCAUUUUCCAGAAGGAAAUUGUCCAGUUGCAGAGAGCUUCUAAGAUGGAAGGAGAUAUGUCUGCCCAAACUCUCCCAUCUAUUGCAAAUAUUAGUUACGUUAUUCAUUUCCUCUACAUUUCUGCAACCAUCUGCAAUUUCUUUUUUAACUCUCUUGAAAGUUCAUAACUGUUUUAGCAUGAAUUUCUCCUACUAAACUCAAUUUUGCAAGCCACUUUCCCUGACACAAGACAUUCUUGUAUGUCAUUUUGAUGCAAUAUUUGUUUCUAGGCCCAGUUCCCCCUCGUAUAUGCUUUGGUGUGCAUUUUGGUUCAUAUGCUUUUGUACAUCAGAGAAGUGUGUGUUUCGAAGGAUUGUGUGUUUUGGUGCAUAUAUCGGUUUGAGAGUUGUGUAGUUUCUCAUGAAAAUGCAAACAAAAUCAAAAUUUUCCUCCACCCCUAGCUGGGUGCAGAAACUUUGGGGGUGGGAGGGGAACCACUUCUGGACUGAGAGCACCCCAGGGGUUAACUGAUGGGGGCAGGCUAUUUUUGGAGAGAAGUGAGUCAGAGCUGACAACCAGUUUAACUUCAAACACCCGCUUAGCAGACAUCUCCCAGCCUCUGUAGGAUUGUGGGGCUUCUGUUAUGCAGCAGGAAUUGCAGAGUUGUUUUGCAUUUCUCAAGUCAGCAGGAAUCCCAGCUUGUUAAAAAGGUCCAGACCCAGAAACGGGUGUGAAAGGGACUUGCACUCCCUUCGCCCAAGCUGUUUUCAAAAAUCUGAACAAGGAUCAAAGCAUCAAUGAAGAUUCUUUAUGCUUGUAAGUUUAAUCUUGACCUGGCAAUUGCAUUUGCUCAGAAGCCACUAGAAACUGAGUCGUAGGGGCAAGGGAGCUGUGGCCAGAUUCUCACAGUAAGCCUGGUGGCAAGAGCCUGGUGGCAAGAGCGAUAGCUGUUAAUGUCAGGAUCUAUUAAAGAGCCUGUCAUGGCACCCACGCCAAAAUACUCAUUUAUUAUUUUAUUAGAAGUAUUAAAGGAUGCGGGUGGCGCUGUGGUCUAAACCACUGAGCCUCUUGGGCUUGCCGAUCCAAAGGUUGGCGGUUCGAAUCCCUGUGACAGGGUGAGCUCCCGUUGCUCGGUCCCUGCUCCUGCCAACCUAGCAGUUCGAAAGCACAUCAAAGUGCAAGUAGAUAAAGAGGUACCGCUCCGGUGGAAAGGUAAACAGCGUUUCCGUGCGCUGCUCUAGUUUCGGUGUUCCGUUGCGCCAGAAGUGGCUUAGUCAUGCUGGCCACAUGAUCUGGAAAAACUGUCUGCGGACAAAACGUCGGCUCCCUCAGCCAGUAAAGCGAGAUGAGCACCACAACCCCAGAACCGUCUGCGACCGGACUUAACUGUCAGGGGUCCUUUACCUUUUAAAAGUAUUAAAUGUAUUUAUAUCCCGCCUUCCUUCCCAAGCUGGGAUUCAACAUUUUAAAACUUCAUAAAAUACAAAGCAAUAAAAACAAACCUGUUGGAAACAAUAAUUAAAAUACACCAGAACACAUUUAGAACCGACAAUUAAAAUAUGAUUUGCCCUGACAACAGCCUGGUGGUGAUUAACAUUGUCUGCACCUCAGCUUCCAAAGGCCCAUCUGAACAGGAAAGUCUCAGCCUGUUGACAGAAGGAUAACAGGGAGGGAGCCAGGCUAUCCUCCCUUGGGAGGGAGUCCCACCAUCCGGGAGCAGCCACAGAAAAGGUCCUGUGUCGUGUGACCACCAUCUAUGCCUCUGAUGUUGAUGGGAUGGAGAGAAGGGGUUCACCUGAGGAUUUUCAGCUUCCGUUGGAGAGGAGGUCUUAGGAAAAGGGGGAAAGUGUUGCUCUGCCUACUUUUGCUUCUGGCCCCGCCCACCACUAGCACAAGACCCUGGAAAGGGAAAGCAUUCUCAGGCUGAAGAAGGCUCCCCGUCUCCGAUUUAAGGAGCGGCAACAAGGAGUGUCAUAUUUGGUACAUGAAUCAGAGAAGCGAGGUUCGUUUUGGUGCAAGGAGGAAAGAACAUCUUGAGCUGGCCCCCUGCGCUCCAGGGAAGCAGCUGAGCACAGGCUUGACUCUGGAGGAGCUAAGCCAGCCCCUAUUUCCGUGGCUCCUGGCAGCUCCUCAAUUGCCACAGGAUCAGCAUGUCUUUGGCCAAGGCUUUGCUGCAGCUGCCACAGGGGGCCUGAGCGUUCGCCACUGCUGCCUCCUGCACAAUUCUUUGCAAACCCCGUGCAGUUUCGAAACUGCCAUCACAGAUCGGGGUUUUGUUUGUCUUCAUUCCCAACAGCACCAUAGUUAAUCCUCCAUGUUUUUCUAAUUUUGCAGCUAUUCUGCCAGCCCAGCAGGCUGUUCCGUGGGGUGUGGCCUGGGCCAUCUGUAGCCCUGCACUUAAAUGCAAUAAUGAAAAAAUAUGUCUGGGAUCUCUAACUCUCCCCAAAGAACAGCUUCGUUUUAUGCCUUGAGAAUGGAAAUAUAUCUGCAAGCUUUGCUCACAGAGAAAGUCAACAAUCUCUAUAGGGACCCUCUUUCCCCUCUGGAUUACCACUGGAAAUCCAACGCGGUUUCCAUUCAUGAGAGCUAGAAACUUAUUUGUUAAAUGAAGGCUGGUGCCCUCUGGAGCAAUUCUGUGUCUGUUGGGCACUUUUUAAAAGGGACGCGGGUGGCGCUGUGGGUUAAACCACAGAGCCUAGGGCUUGCCGAUCAGAAGGUCGGCGAUUCGAAUCCCCACAAUGGGGUGAGCUCCCGUUGCUAAUGGUCAGGGGUCCCUUUACCCUUUACCUUUACCUGGGCAGGUGAGUUUAUAAAAUUAUACACAGCAUGGAGAAAGUGGAAGGUGGAAGAUAUUUAGGACAGGGUUGUACACAUUCAUGGAAGAUGAGAAAAAUAUCAGCAGCUACUAAUUAAUAGUUAGUACUGCCUUCACAGCAGUGAAUGCAGCAAUGCAGAUUUCUGUGUCCCUGGGUAGAAAACAGAGCAUCCUUGAAUGUUUCGAUGGGAGGAAACAUUGAGAGCAGGGUGUAGCUUUCCCUCCUGCACCUAAAGGCAGUGCACUCCUAGGCUGCUUCCAGACAGUUGCUAUUUUGUGCUUGGGAUUUGGGCACAUACCAGCAAAUUAAGAUUGCACAAUCAGAGUAGCUUUGUCACUCUUGCACAACAAAGGCACAUCCCAAAAUAUCUGAGUUUUUGUGGUAACGAAAGUGACGGGAAAGUGUGGGAUAAGAAUGUAAGGAGGGCCCGCUGGAUCAGGCCAGUGGCUCAGCUAGCUAGCUCCUUGUCCUGUGGCCAACUAGAUGGCCAUUAUGUGAAACCUGUGAGCAGGAUCCAAGCACAAGAGCCUUCUCUCAUCUCAUGGUUUCCAGCAACUGGGAUUCAGAAGCAUCACUGCCUCCCACUGUGCUGGGCCCGGGGGUAACCCGUGAAAUGUGGUCCAGGGCCGGUUCAAAAUCCGAAGGUUCUGCUGGGAGUCAGUCCGACAGGGCCAAGGCAGGACACGAGGCAGGAAACCAGGCAAGGACAGGUGCAGGAUCUAGCAUACAGCAAUGUUGCUCCCACAGCCUGGGGCGGGGUCCGACAGCCUUUUAUCUUUGUCGGGGUAACAGCCAGUCCUGAUCCCCCAGCGACUCACCUCCCUGUUUCGCCUGAAGGCGAGCACUCCUCCUGCGAGUACUCAGGUCUCUCCUUCUCUCUCUCUCUCUCUCUUUUUUUGUAUGGAGCAAAUUUAUUGCAUUGUUUAGCCAAAGUUAGUCAAUUAGAUACAAGCAUACGUUUGAUGUUCAAUUAUGAUGAGUACAAUGACUAACAUUACUAGGAACAUUUGCUGUAAAAUGCUUAAGAAGUUUUAUUACAAUCAAGCAGUUCGUUAAAUAAAAAUAAACAUUACUAGCAUUAUAUAUUCUUCUUCUUAAACUAAACUAGUAUGCACACUAUUCAGUCACGGCAUUUACACUCAACAGUUCUGGGCUGUAUAUCCAAACAUAUAAUACUGAAAAGUCACUAUAUAUAGUUAAACAAAAAAAAAGUCAUUCAAAGCUGUGCAAAACCCAUUUAAGAUGUAGGGGGAUGGUGCUGUUCUACAGUUCAGUCACUCAUAUCUAGACAAGAAAUAAUAAUAAUUAUUAUUUUUAAAAUAAUAUUUAUUAAAAAUUUCAGGAUUACAGAAAAAAAGAAAAAAUAGAAAACAACACUACAAUACAUAAAAAAGAAGGAAAAAAAACAAAGCAUAAAAACCAAUACAACAAUACAACAAAAAGAGAAAAAAAACACAAAUCCCAUAUUGCAUAUUUUUAACUUCCAUUUGCUUGUUUCAUUGACCUCCUCACACCUCCCUUUUUGUAUUCUAGUUUAAUUAGUUAUUUCAGCAAAUUCUUUCCAUCUUUCUCAAUUUUUAUUGAAUAAUUUAUCUUAACAAUUUAACCUAUUAAUUAACUCAGCAAAUCCUUUCCAUCUUUCACUAUAUUCUGUCAUUCAAUUUACCUUAAUUUAUUUUAACCUUAUCUUACCAUAAAAUACCUUAAAACUUAAAACUUAAUACUUAUUUAUACAUAACUCCUUAUAUCAUUUCUAUUAAAGCCAAAUAGUUUCAUUCCAACAUUUUUCCUAAUACUCAUUAAUUUUACACUAAUUCUCAAAAUAAAUUUUUAAGAACUUUCUUCCAAUCUUCAUCCAACGUCUCUUCUUCCUGGUCUCGGGUUAUGUCAGUCCUUACUGUCCAUUCCGUCCAGUCCAUCAACCCGGUAAUCUUAUAUCCGAGGCUCUUAAGUCUCUUCCAUGGCCCUUCUGCGGAUCUUCUUCUUCUUGUUUAUACCUGCACUUUUCCUUGUCUUUUGUUGGUCUCUUUCUUAAUUUCUUUCCUUUCUCAUUGAGGAGUAGGUCUCUGGGAGGUUCCAGCCCAAAGUUAUCUCCAUCUCCCUUCAUCAAACCAGCCCAUUCCCCACAGUCCCACUCCCCACAGUCAUCAAUGUAAUCCUCCGAAGUUAAGAACCUCCUCAGCUCCAGACUCCCCCUGGCCCACUCCAACUUCAGUCUUCAAAAUCAGCGGCUUAUGCUCCUGCAGGGCCUCGGAUCUCUCCGUUUGUAUUAUUUGAGGUGCAACCGCAACCUCCUCCAUUAUCUUCUGCACUUGCACUUGCCCAAUCAAUACAGGUUCCUGAGUUGGUCCCUGAACGGUUUCUGUAUCAGUAUUCCCUGUUUGUCCGCAGUUAUUGACCACAACAGUCAUCAAAUCCGUUUUCUCAUUCAUCAAAUCCAUCUUCUCAUGCAUCUGUUCCAACAAAGCACUUGUCUUGCAUAAAGCAAGCACCAAAACUUCCUCCCAGCACAUUUUUAUCCAAGGUCAAAAGGACUGGUCCCACGAUCUUAAUCUCACAGCUGUAUAGUCCUCAAGUAGACUGCAGCAACAAUUUAACAAGCUCCCUCUAGAGGAGACAAUUUCUAUUUGUAUCCAUCUUUUUAAGGCAAGUCCAACAAAGGAAAAUUACUUUCAUUUUUCAGAUAUUUUGUUUCUUUAGAAUGCAAAAGGCAACAUUGGAAUCAGUUUAUUUCUCUUUUUUAGCUAUCUGUCAAAGUGUUCCAUUCACAGUCAAUGAACAUCUCCAACAAUUUCUGUCUCUGACACCCCGUUCCCAGGUUUGAGACGGUGAAAACUUGUCUUUCUUUACUCCCUCUCCUGCAGGCUUAAACAAAGUCCCCCCCCCUUUUUCUCCUGCUUCCAAGGGGGUUUUAGUGGUUAUAAAUGAAGGAAAUUUAGACUUUUAUAAACGACUUUCCAGGCUUUAGCUUACAAGGUUUUUGCUUCAGUCUAUAUACAAAAAGCGGAAGGCGGACUUCCUGUUUUGAACCUUCCCGCUUCGGUGCCAAAUUAGGAUAUUUCUUGAUCCAAUUUUCCGUUUCUACUCACGGGUACUUGUUUUAAAUCCAAUUGUCCACAGGAAAGUCAGCGGUCUCCGGCAAUGGCUGUGCGGCUUCACUCCGUGAAAGUAGCAAUCAGUUCGCAGCACCGCGCCUCUCACCCCACUUCACUCCGGAGCCCCGAAAUGGGGUUCCCCGUGAGUAGAGGAGGCGCUCCUGGUGCCCUGCUGAACCCCACGUUCCCAGGCUUCCUCCGCCUGGGAUUUCUAGCGGGUCCCCACCUUCGCUGCGGCGGGAAGACCCAAUUUCCAUGGAGCCAGUUCCUCCGGUCGGAGGAACUCCGCCAUUCACCGAUGGCGCUAACCCGGAGGUCUCUCCUUCUCUCAGACCUUUGUCUCUGCAGCUCAGGAGACGUCGGUGGGUUACUAGACCCAGGGGCUGCCUCAGCUUCUCCUGACCCAACCGGUAGUGGAGCAGCUGUAAGUGAUGGCCCAGCUGGAGGCAAUGAGGUCAUCCCCAUAUCUGGAGCCAGGGCAGGCUCAGGCCCCUGACUCGGCCCAGCUGGUGUUUGUUGCAGGGGAACCUUUGCAGACUGGGACUCUUCAGGAUCAGGCCCCAGACUUGGUUCAGAUGAUGCCUGAGGCAAAGGACUGAGACCCCUCUGGUUCCAAAUCCGAGCCCCAGACCAUCACACCAACUGUGGAGGCAGAGCAGAGCCAUCAUAUCUAGCAGCCUUUGACAGCCCCCUCCUCCCCCAUGAAUGUGCCUAUUCCUCUUUCAAAGCCACCUAGGUUUGUGGCCAUCACUGACUCCUGUGGCAGGGAGUUCCAUAGUUUAACUGUGUGCGUGAAAGACUUUCCUUUAUCUGUUCCAAAUCUUCCAACAUUCAGCUUCAGCCAAUCAGCACAAUAGGUUGUCCAGAAGCAAUCUGCUCUCUGUGCAUGCACAGGAGCCAAGAAACUGCAGCUUCAGCUACACACAGAAGGGGGGACGGGGGGGAGGGAGGGGUGGUAAUAGAGUGGCCAUGUGCCCUAUUUUGUAGAGGAUGGUCCUGUGUUUGAAGGCCUGUCCUGGGGGAGCCUGGCUUUAAACAUCAAGAAGAAAGGAGUGCAGUGAGAUCUCUUAGAUGCCAGGCUGAGAAAAUGCCAAACUUUUGCUGGAUUGGGACAGUUUUGUUUCCAAACACUGGUGAGACCUAUUUAACUCAUCCCAGAAUCAUAGCUGAAUGGAACCUUCAUGUCCAGGAGCAAUAUAUCUCUGAAUAUCAGUGGCAAGAGAUGCUCAACUUUGACCCUGGCAAGUAGCAGAUACUCUUAAUCUGGCCUUCUCGGUAGUGGCACGCGCCCUGUGGAACGCUGUCCCACCAGAUGUCAAAGAGAACAACAACUACCAGACUUUUAGAAGAAUUCUGAAGGCAGCCCUCUUUAGGGAAGCUUUUAAUGUUUGAUGCAUUACUGCAUUUUAAUAUUUUGUUGGAAGCCGCCCAGAGUGGCUGGGGAAGCCCAGCCAGAUGGGCGGGGUAUAAAUACUAAAUUAUUAUUAUUAUUAUUAUUAUUAUUAUUAUUAUUAUUAUCAAUGGACUGAAAUUGGGGGGAAAGGAGAUUCCGACUAAACACCCAAAAUAAGCUUCUGACAGUAAGAGCUGUUUGACAAUGGAACGGUCUCUCUCAGGAAGUUGUGGACUCUCCUUCCUUGAAGGCUUUGAAAGCAGAGGCCGGAUGGCCAUCUGUCCUGGAUGCUUUAGUUGAGAUUCCUGCAAUUGCAGGGGGUUGGUCUGGAUGACCCUCAGGGUCCCACCCAGCUCUACAGUUCUAUGGUUUAAUGAGUUUGUGAGUCCCUGCCUGCCCUUCUGCAUCAGAGAAACAUUUCUCCUCCGAACCCUGGGCCUUCUCCCCCUCCCAGCCGCCUCGCCAGUCAUUCCCCCUUCCCCAAAGAACCCAGGAGAGACCUCUGACAGUAAACUAAACAGAGGGGUCACGCGGGCUGGUUAAUGUGUGCUGCCUCCGCUGAGGACUGUAUACUUUUUCAUAGAUCAUUUACAUCCCGAGAGCGGCUGGUAAUUAAAUCUUGGCUGCUUGUUUGGCGGGAUUCCCCUCCGGGGUCAUUAUGUCGACAUGUUCACUAGAGAAGAUCUGUCCCUGAGGAAGAGCAUCAAGCACUGGCUGAAGAGAGAGAGAGAGAAAUGCGUUGCAAAAACACACAGCCCUCUCAAACAACGGCUGUUUCUCUUGGACACAGGUUUGAAAACAGCCGCGCCAAUGUUUCUCCUCAUUGCUGGGCCAGUCUGAGUACGGUGGUACCUCGGGUUACAGACACUUCAGGUUAAAUACGCUUCAGGUUACAAACUCCGCUAACCCAGAAAUAGUACCUCAGGUUAAGAACUUUGCUUCAGGAUGAGAACAGAAAUCGUGCUCCGGCGAAGGCCCCAUUAGCUAAAGUGGUGCUUCAGGUUAGGAACAGUUUCAGGUUAAGAACGGACCUCCGGAACGAGUUAAGUACUUAACCCGAGGUGCCACUGUACUUAAUUCAUUCCGGCGGCUUCCAACAGAAUAUUAAAAUACAAUAAUCUAUUAAACAUUAAAAGCUUCCCUAAACACGGCUGCCUUCAGAUGUCUUCUAAAUGUCAGGUAGUUGUUUUUCUCUUUGACAUCUGGUGGAAGGGCGUUCCACAGGGUGGGUGCCACCACCGAGAAGGCCCUCUGCCUGGUUCCCUGUAACUCGGCUUCUCGCAGUGAGGGAACCGCCAGAAGGCCCUCAGUGCUGGACUUCAGUGUCCGGGCAGAAUGAUGGGGGUGGAGACGCUCUUUCAGGUGUACUGGACCAAGGCCAUUUAGGGCUUUAAAGGUCAACACCAACACUUUGAAUUGUGCUUGGAAACGUACUGGGAGCCAGUGUAGGUCUUUCAAGACCGGUGUUAUGUGGUCUCGGUGGCCGCUCCCAGUCACCAGUCUAGCUGCCGCAUUCUGGAUUAGUUGCAGUUUCCAGGUCACCUUCAAAGGUAGCCCCACGUAGAGUGCAUUGCAGUAGUCCAAGUAAGAGAUAACCAGAGCAUGCACCACUGGCGAGGCAGUCUGCGGGCAGGGAGGGUCUCAUCCUGCGUACUGGUAGAGCUGAUAAACAGGUAUUGUUGUACUUGACUGCUCUAGUAGAUUACAUACCACACUUCCUCCUUGCAAAUAGUCCAGGGAAUAAUCCUGCCCUUUAAGCGUCUUCCUCCUCCUUAGUCUCAAUGUUUUGCUUUGUAGAGCAGUGAGGAGGAGGAUGGAGUCAAAACCAGAGUUUGGCUUCGCCUGCCAUCACUUCUGGCUCCACCCACAGUCUGGGCUCCCUGCUUCCCACCCUGCUAGUCCCAAUGGGCAGCCACUGUGGGUACCUGAUCCUGCCAGGAUCCAUGCUCAGAGUAUCUUCUGCUUGUGUCGCCUAAGAUCUGAGCUCCAGGAUACCUGGAGACCAGGGUCUCACAUCCUAACUCCAGACUGCACUGCUGUUGUGGUUGCCAUCUGUCUGUCUUGAGAGACAAUGGAGUAUGCCUCUGGGGGUGAAGUCACACUGUUGCACUAGCAGCACCUGGACGGGGUGCAAUCCUGGGCAAUGUGUCUGGAGGUUCUGGGCUGCCCAGACGACAAGACCCCCCUCUUGGUCUUGAUGAUGUGGUCCAAAGUCAAGCAGAGCAAUACAUUUGGCACUAGCUUGGCUGCAAGAGUUGCCGGAAGGAGGCGUACAAGGUGCUAUCCAGAUUUGUACAGUGGUUUGUUGUUGUUGUUGUUGUUGUUGUUGUUGUUUAGUCGUUUAGUCUUGUCCGCCUCUUCGUGACCCCCUGGACCAGAGCACGCCAGGCACUUCUGUCUUCCACUGUCUCCCGCAGUUUGGUCAAACUCCUGCUGGCAGCUUCGAGAACAGUGUCCCACCAUCUCGUCCUCUGUCGUCCCCUUCUCCUUGUGCUCUCCAUCUUUCCCAACAUCAGGGUCUUUUCCAGGGAGUCUUCUCUUCUCAUGAGGUGGCCAAAGUCUUGGAGCCUCAGCUUCAGGAUCUGUCCUUCCAGUGAUCACUCAGGGCUGAUUUCCUUAAGAAUGGAUAGGUUUGAUCUUCUUGCAGUCCAUGGGACUCUCAAGAGUCUCCUCCAGCACCAUAAUUCAAAUACAGUAAUUCAAAUUAAAUACAUAAUUCAAAUACAUAAUACAGUGGUACCUCGGGUUUAGUACUUAAUUCAUUCUGGAGGUCUGUUCUUUUUUUUUUUUUUUUUUUUUUGUAUUUCAAAGAUUUUAUUGAUUUCCCAUUUUUAUACAGUAUAUCCAUAUUUCAAUAUAUCUCAUACAUUUUGAACUUCCUUCAGCGUCAUUGACAUUCAUUCGUAUUUAUAUCUUUAAAACACAUUCCAUUCUUUCAUAUUGCCAUUCGUUCCUUCCUUCAUACAUUAUUUCUAUUAAACAAUACUUAUUAAUUCUUUACAGUGCCUCUUUAAAUCCCACUAGCGUUGUAUUUACAAAACAUUUAUUCUCCAGAUAACCCACAAAUUUCCCCCAGUCCUCAAUAAACUUUUGAUCCUUAGUAUAUCUGAUUUUCCCUGUUAAUUUAUCCAACUCAGCGUAUUCUGUCAGUUUCACUCUCCACUCUGCUAUCGUUGGGAUUUCUUCCUGCUUCCACUUCUGAGCUAUCACAAUUCUGGCUGCCGUUACCGCAUACUGGAAGAGUUUGCAAUCCUUCCUUUUGAUAUCCUUUCCCACAAUACCUAAUAAAAAGGCUUCUGGCUUUUUUACAAAAGUGUAACUUAACAUCUUUUUCAUUUCGUUGUAAAUUUCAUCCCAGAAGCUUUUAACUUUCUUACACUCCCACCAUUGAUGAUAGAAAGUCCCUUCCUUUUGUUUACAUUUCCAGCAUUUGUUAUCUGCCUUAUACAUCUUAGCCAGUUUUACAGGUGUCAUAUACCACCUGUAAAGCAUCUUCAUCACAUUUUCUCUCAGUAACGUGCAUGCCGUAAAUUUUAUGUUCACUCUCCAUAACUUUUCCCAAUCCUCUAAUUGAAUAUUAUAGCCGAAAUCCCUUGCCCAUUGUAUCAUGACAGAUUUUACUUCCUCAUCCUUCGUAUUCCACUCUAACAAUAUUUUAUACAUUUUUGACAGGUUUUUAUAUUCGUUGUUUAUUAUCUCUUUUUGAAAUUCCGAUUCCUUUUCCUCGUAACCCCUUUCCUUCACCUCUUCUUUAAACAUUUCAUUUAUCUGAAAAUAGUGCAGCCAGUCAUAUGUAAAUACUUUAACCUGAUCGUAUGAUUUUACUUUCCACUUCCCUCCUUCAUUAGUAACCAUUUCUCCAUACUUUCCCCACUUUUCUCUCAUAUUAACUUUCUUUACACUUAUUAUCUCCAACGGAGAUAGCCAAUGUGGGGUUUUCGGUUCUAAUAUAUUUUUAUAUCUGUCCCAGACCUCUAUUAGUGGACCUUUAAAGAUGUGGCUACAAAAUUCUUUAUGCACUCUCUUUUAUCCCUCCAUAGAUACGCAUGCCACCCAAAUCUAUUAUUGUGCCCUUCCAAAUCUAGUAGUUCUUUAUUCUCCAGCUUUACCCAUUCUUUUAUCCAACACAGACAUGCUGCUUCGUAAUACAGUCUCAUGUCUGGUAGGGCGAAGCCCCUCUUUCUGUUACAUCUGUUAAUAACUUAAACUUAAUUCUAGGCUUCUUUCCUUCCCAGACGUAUCUAGAGAUCACCUUUUGCCAUUCUUUAAAAUUUUUUGUACCUUUUAAUAUGGGUAUCGUUUGAAAUAAAAAUAACAACUUUGGGAGCACCAUCAUUUUGACCAUAGAUAUUCUUCCCCAGAAUGAUAAUUUCAUCCUGGCCCAGACCUCCAGAUCUUUUUUAAUUCCAUUCCAAACCGGGGUGUAGUUAUUUUGGUAUAAAUCGAUGUUUUUGUUGGUAAGCCAGAGUCCCAAAUAUUUAACCUUUUUAACAACCUCAAUUUCGGUUCGUUGCUGUACUAAUUCAAUCUUAUCCUGAUCUAAGUUUUUAACAAUCAUUUUUGUCUUACUCUUAUUCAAUUUAAAUCCUGCUAGCUUCCCAAAUUUCUCCAUCUCUUCCAAGAUCUCCCUUAUACUCUCUAUAGGUUCUUCCACUGUUAGGACCACAUCGUCUGCGUAGGCUUUAACUUUGUACUCAUUUGAACCUAAUGUUACCCCUUUAAUUUGUUUAUUUUGUCUUAUUACAUUUAGUAAGACUUCCAAAACCACAAUAAAAAGCAGCGGCGAAAGCGGACAUCCCUGUCUUGUUCCUUUGGAUAUUUUUAUGUCUUCAGUGAUGAUAUUAUUAAUUAUCAGUCUCGCCUUCUGUUCUGUGUAAAUUGCCUUUAUGCCAUUUAGAAACUCUUGGCCCACCUCCAUAAUUUCCAAAUUUUUUAACAUGAAAUCCCAGACUACAUUAUCGAAGGCUUUCUCCGCAUCUACGAAGAUUAGACUGGCUGGUUUAUCACAUCUAUCAGAAAGGUAUUCAAUUAAAUUAACUAUACUUCUUGUGUUAUUUCUUAUUUGCCUGCCCGGUAAAAACCCGCCUGGUCUUCAUGUAUAAUUUUUGUUAGUAUCUUUUUUAAUCUUUUGGCUAGGAUUCCAGCAAAAAUCUUAUAAUCCGUAUUUAAUAAAGAGAUAGGUCUGUAAUUCUUAACUUGGGUUAGAUCCGAGUCUUGCUUUGGAAUUAUUGUGAUAAAUGCCUCCUUCCAUGUGUCUGGGAUAUCUCUUUCCUUUAGGAUGUUAUUCAUCACCUCAAUUAACGGAGUCAUCAAUGUAUCUUUCAUUUCUUUAUAAUAGCUCGAUGUAAACCCAUCUGGGCCCGGUGCUUUCCCUCUUUUCAAUUCUUUUAUCACUUCUUCUACCUCUUCUCUAUAUAUUGGGGCAUUUAGCUGUUCCUUUUGAUCUAUCGAAAUCUUCCUCACCAUCUUUUCUUUUAAAUAUCUUUCUAUUUUUUUUAUAUUGUUCCUUUCUUUAUUCCUAUAUAAUUGCUCAUAAAAAUCCACGAAUCCUUUUCUAAUUCCUUUCGGGUCAGUUGUUUCUUCUCCAUUUAUUUGUAUUUUGCUGAUUGUAUUUUGUUCGUUCCUCCUUUUAACUUGCCAAGCAAGCCAUUUUCCUGACUUAUUGGCGAAUUCAAAAUUUUUCUGUCUUAACCUUUUGAUGUUCCACUCAACCUCUUUAUUUAUUAACAUAGCAAAUUGGGUUUGGAGGGAUUUUAUUUCCUGCAUUAUCCUUUCAUUGUUCGGUUUUUUAAUCAAUUUUUGUUCAUUGUCCAUGAUCUGUCUCAGAAUCUCUUUUGUCCUUCUUUCUUUGUUUUUUCUUUUCCACACAUUUUGUUGAAUAAAAAGGCCCCUCAUUACUGCCUUGCUUGCAUCCCAUACCACACUUAUUUUCACCCCUUUAUCUAAAUUAUCCAAAAAAUAUUCAAAUAGUUUCUUCCGUAUUUUUUCAACGAACUUUUGAUCAUCCCAUAGGUUAUCAUUCAGCCUCCAUCUGAAAGUUCGUUCUUCAGCUCCCUUCAUCUCCAUUUCUAUUGGGUUAUGAUCAGAAACAACUUUGGCCUGGAUUUCAAUUUUUUGAAUUCUUGGUGUCAAUUCAUUUGAUAUCCAUAUUUGAUCUAUUCUUGACAUUGAUUGGUUCGGUUCUGAGUGAUAUGUAAAUUGUUUCUCCAGAGGGUGCCUAAGUCUCCAAAUAUCUAUUAAAUUACAAUUCUUGGUCAUCAUAAAGAAUGUCUUAGGUAACUUUCCUUCUUUGUUCUUCGUUUUCCUUAAUCUGUCCAUUUCAAUUGAAACCACCCCGUUCAUGUCUCCCAUUAUUAUGAUUUUUUGGUCCAUAUGUUCAAAUAACUUCUCUUCCAAUAAUCUAAAGAACUCUGUUUUGUUACCAUUUGGUGCGUAAAUCCCGAUUAUUAUCAAUAUUUCACCUUGCCAUUUAAUACGAACCGCUAUUAUUCUUCCUUCCUCUGGAGGUCUGUUCUUAACCUGAAACUGUUCUUAACCUGAAGCACCACUUUAGCUAAUGGGGCCUCCUGCUGCUGCCGCGCCACCAGAGCACGAUUUCUGUUCUCAUCCUGAAGCAAAGUUCUUAACCCGAGGUACUAUUUCUGGGUUAGCAGAGUCUGUAAACUGAAGCAUAUGUAACCUGAAGUGUCUGUAACCCGACGUACCACUGUAUAGCCUUUUCUUCUCCUGAAGAUAUCCCACAAGGUAGCAGAGGUUUUGGGGUGGGUGAAUCUGUCCAUUUUUAGUUUCCCGUUUUUCCAUUCUUGAAUUUAGCUCCAAACAUUUCCACAUCAUUCUGAGAUUUUUUUACAAAGGGACUCAUGAAAAUUCGCCAGCAACUUUUUCCUAAUUCCGCAUUGCUAUAAAAUCUUGCCUACACAUUUUUGCAAGCAAUUUCCCCUAAUAUGGUGCAUUUUUGGCUGUUAUUUUCACAUAUAUGUGCAUUCCUUACCCACUUUUUCCUAGUAAAUGCACGUUAGCUGGCUGCAGAACUGCGUUGCAAAAUUCAGGGACUGCAUUUCGACCCCUGUGUUGCUUCGGGAAGUGUGAAUUGGGUAGGUCCGCCUUUAACUUCAGGGGUAAUUCUAUUUCUGCCCCAUUCCCAGCCGGGAUGCAAGGAAACAGUGUAAGGAUCUGUUUUUGAAAGUGGUUCCUACAAUGUCAUGGGAACCCCCUGAAUGCCAGCGUUCUUCAUUGCUACCCUGCGGCAGGCAGUCAACGGUGGAGGCCGUCAACCUCUCCCUGGCCUGGCCUGGAAUGCGCUAAUUGGGUUGAUGAGGGGAGGAUAUAAUCCAUCCCUUGUAACGUAUAUAUAAACUCCUCAUUAAAGCAGCAAAAUUCCAUUUGCAGGAGUGAAAGCAUUCUCGGAAAUGGAGUGUCAAGAGAGCAGACAGGCGGCCAGGAAAUUUGUGGCGGUGCUGGGGGACUGAGGAGGAUGGCCGUUGUGAGGGUGGGUGGCUUAAAUCAAUGUGAAACAGCGGGAAACCUAAAUGCAAAGGUCCCGAUCCAGCAAAAGUUUCUUUUUUUAUAUAAAAAAACUUAUUGGAUAUUACAAAUUGAUGUUUACAUUCACACUCCAAAAAAAAAACAACAAAAAAAAAACAAGAUUCUUCCUAAUCUUUUGACUUUCCCCCCACCUCUCCAUCAUAGCUGUCAACUUUCCCCUUUUCUUGCGAGGAAUCCUAUUCGGAAUAAGGGAAUUUCUCUUUAAAAAAGGGAAACGUUGACAGCUAUGCCCUCCAUGGGUUCUUUAUUUACUCUUUUCUACUGCAUAUCAUAUGUCACCCCAGUUUUCCAGAUAUCCAUUUUGUCCAAAGACUUUGUUACCUUACAAGAGUUAUUUUAAACCUGCUUAGGAGUUCAAGUGUUUACAGCGGUUCUUCAAAUAUAAUAUAAAUUCCUCCCAAUCUUUACUAAAGUUUUGAUCUACCUGGUUUCUGGUUUUCCUGGUCGUUUUUGCCAUUUCUGCGUAGUCCAGCAAUUUGUUCUGCCAUUCCACUCUGGUAAGCGACCAUGUCCGUCUUUCCAACUCUGGGGUACCAGAAUCCUAGCGGCUGUCAGCAUUUUCAUUCACACUGAUUUCAGUGGAAGAGUUGAGUGCAUCUUUUAGUUAAGAACAUGAAAUCACAGAACUGUAGAGUUGGAAGGGACCCCAAGGAUCAUCUAGCCCAACCCCCUGUGAUGCAGGAAACUACUGAAUUAGACCGAAGGCCUAAACUCUGUGAGCCAGUGUGGUGUAGUGGUUCAGAGCGGUAGUCUCGUAAUCUGGGGAACCGGGUUCGCGUCUCCGCUCCUCCACAUGCAGCUGCUGGGUGACCUUGGGCCAGUCACGCUUCUCUGAAGUCUCUCAGCCCCACUCACCUCACAGAGUGUUUGUUGUGGGGGAGGAAGGGAAAGGAGAAUGUGAGCCGCUUUGAGACUCCUUAAAGGGAGUGAAAGGCAGGAUAUCAAAUCCAAACUCUUCUUCUUCUUCUUCUUCUUCUUCUUCUUCUUCUUCUUCUUCCCAAGGGCUGGUAUUCAAAGGCCUCUGAGCUUGGAGGUGGCAUCUAGUCAUCAUGACUAAUAGGCAUUGGUAGCCUUUAUCCUACUGGUUGACCGCCUUGAGAACAGAAUGCUUGACUAGAGGAUCAUUGACCUCAUUCAACAGGCUCUCCUUACAUUCUUAAAGCCAUCACUUUGGUAGCCAUUGCCACUGUCAGGAGUUCAGCCUACACUCGAGUAGGACCCUGGCAGGGACACAUGCCUGACUGGCAUGUUCCCUCCCUCCUGGUUGAUCGGGAGCUUCCAAAGCUUUCUUCUGCCCAAACAUCACAGCGACCGAUGCCAACAGACAUCGGCACACUUAGGGAUCCGCAGAGUUAGGGCACCUUGCAACUCAGCAACUCAGCAUUUUGGCUAAUCUACUUUAUCUACAUAUAAACACACAUGGAGCACUGCAACAUGGCUCCCUCUCUAGCAUCAGACAGCAAAGAGAGAAAUAACAAAGGAUAACAGUCCCACUUCAUGGAACACAGGAACACAAACAUCCUGUCUCCGUCAGUUCCCACUCUGUGGAGUCAAAAUAUACACUGUCAUGUGAUAGACAACAAUCCCAUGACUGCAAUCACGGAGCAGGAAUUCUAACAGCCACAUUUUAUGGCAGGGAAUCCCACAAUUUAAUCAUAAGCUGUGUGAUGAAGCCCUUUAUUUAAUCUGUCCUGAAUAUCAGAAUAUUCAGCAUCACUGGAUGACUCUGAGUCCUAAUAUCGCACUGUAACUUUUCUUCAUAGGGCAUCACUGCCGCCCAUGGGAGUGAGUUCCAUAGUUUAGCUAUGUGCUGCAAGAAGACUUUCUUUCUUUCUCUUUCUUUCUUUCUUUCUUUCUUUCUUUCUUUCUCUCUCUCUCUCUUUCUCCUGUGUCAAACAACUUGCUUAACUGCAUUCUGCAUCCACAAGGGAUCUUGCAAUCUGUCUUCCUACCCAGGACCUGAUUUAGGUUUGAUGAGGCUCUAAGUUCCUGAAGGUAAUGGGGCCCUUAAAAUGUCCCGCCAUCCUUUGUCAACAACAAAUUGUCGCUGUUUUUUGCGUUGAAUAUAUGCUAUAUGGACCUAAUAGGUAUCUAAAGUCAUUUGCACAUAACAAAAUAGGAGCCCACACAACACAAAACACUGUUGCUGCAUGUAGGUUUUAUUUUAUUUGUUUUUUAUCUUAUAUUUUGGAAAUGUACAUCCAGGUUUUUUCCUUUAAUUUUUUUUUGGGCCCCCAAGAGAGUGGGGCCCUAAGCCUAAGCUAUAGCUUGUUUAGCUUAUACGUAAAUCCGGCACCUGGGACAUGGGUGGCACUGUGGUUAGACCACAGAGCUUAGGACUUGCCGAUCAUUAGGUUGGUGGUUCGAAUCCCCACAAUGGGUGAGCUCCUGUUGCUCUGUCCCUGCUCCUGCCAACAUAGCAGUUUGAAAACAUGUCAAAGUGCAAGUAGAUAAGUAGGUACUGCUCUGGCGGGAAGGUAAACGGCGUUUCUGUGCGCUGCUCUGGUUCACCAGAGGCGGCUUAGUCAUGCUGGCCACAUGACCCGGAAGCUGUACGCCGGCUCCCUCGGCCAGUAAAGCGAGAUGAGCGCCGCCACCCCAGAGUCAGCCAUGACUGGACCUAAUGGUCAGGGGCCCCUUUACCUUUACCUAAAUCUGGCACUGUUCCUACCUAACCCUUCUAUCUAUUUUGUGAAAUCAAAGCCAGAGACAUUAAUCAAGUACUUACUAGGCCGUGGAGAAAUGAAUGUUGUUUCAAAUUAAACCUUAGACCUUAUCAGUUUGCGGAUGGGGGAGGGAUGCGCUUUUGUCCAUUUGUCCCUCAUUAGCAAGUAAAUAUGACUGAAAAACCCCGAUGGAAAUACCCGCUGCGGUCUUUAAAACCCUUGCCGCUCUGUUGGCUGUCGGAGCUUCAGUUGAUUGACACGAACUCUGUCCAACCAUCAGCUCAGCUGCCGAAAGAUCGUGGAACAUCUAUGAAAAUUCUAACUCAGGAGUUUUUUAUUAAAAAAAGUACCGUAGUCUGCAUUAAGGACUUGGGAUCUGUAUACUAAGGGUAAAAAGAAGGUAGCGAUCCACAUUCUCAAAGUGCUUUCCAGAUGUUUAUCUGUGUCCGUGAAUAUUUCCUGUGUACAAUAAGCGUGGUACGUGAAUGACAUAUGAGAGUCAUGUUUGAAUAAAGCACCCUGUUUGUGUGUGAGUGAGAGAGAGAGAGAAAAUUCAAGAGAUUAUGCAACAUGACCAAAUGAAGUGAAACUUGACAGAGGAUAAUAUAUUACCCAAACGAACAAACCCACCAGCAAAUGAAUGUGGGUUGCUACUUGUGCAUAAUUUUCCCUUUCUCUUUUGGGAAAAAAGAAUGUUUCUAAUUAUUAGUGAUGAAGAGAAGCUUCUGUUUAAUCUCCCUGUUGCCUUCCUGCCAUUGCUCCCCAUUUUGUCACUACCCAAAAGACACAUUGUUUUAGAUGGACACAAGAGCAUUAAAGGGAUUUGGGGGCAGAGUCCAAGGGGGCUUAACCCCCCAAGUGGGUCAUUAUGAGGCACGAGCAGCAAAAAAUCGCAUGUUAAGCUCCUAGCUGGGAGCAUCCUAUUGUAGCUUCUCACACACUUGCUACCCCCGAGAUCUGAGGUUCAGUGUCCUGUGAAACAAUUCUUAAAAGGGCAGUGAGGGCAGGAGAAGGAGAGAAAUUAAAACUAUCCCACAUGAUGGUGCCACAGCCUGCCAAUAAGGAUUUAGAGAAGCCUUGUGCAUCUGGGGGCCAAACUUCUUAGUUUCAGGAAAAAGCAUGUAAGAGGCAACAGCAUGGAAGUUUAUAAAAAUUAUGCGUGACAUGGGAAAAGUAUCCCGUGGAAAGAUUUUUUUCUUCUCUUGAUACUAGAAUUGGUGCAUAUCCAACAAAGCUGAAUGUUGGGCCUUCUUGGUGGUGGCACCCACCCUGUGGAAGGCCCUUCUGUCAGAUGUCAAGGAAAUAAACAACUAUCUGACUUUUAGAAGGCAUCUGAAGGCAGUCCUUUAGGGACGUUUUUAAUGUUUGAAGUUUUAUUGUGCUUUUAAUAUUCUGUUGGGAGCAGCCCAGAGUGGCUGGGGAAACCCAGCCAGAUGGGCAGGGUAUAAAUAAAUAAAUUAUUAUUAGAGAGCCAGUGUGGUGUAGUGGUUAAGAGCAGUAGACUUGUAAUCUGGUGAACCGGGUCCACGUCUCCGCUCCUCCACAUGCAGCUGCUGGGGGACCUUGGGCCAGUCACACUUCUCUGAAGUCUCUCAGCCCCACUCACCUCACAGAGUGUUUGUUGUGGGGGAGGAAGGGAAAGGAGAUUGUGAGCCACUUUGAGACUCCUUUGGGUAGUGAUAAAGCAGGAUAUCAAAUCCAAACUCUUCUAUUAUUAUUAUUAUUAUUAUUAUUAUUAUUAUUAUUAUUAUUUUACAUUUUAGGACAGAGAAAAGUAAGUACUUCAAUCAGUGACUAGUUAAACUAUGGAACUCCCUCCCACAGGAGGCAGUGAUGUCCACAACUUAGAUGGCUUUAAAAGAGGACCAAACAAAUUCAUGGAGGAGAGGGCUAUUGGUGGUGACUAGAUACUAUGGUAACGCUCUGCCUUCCUGGUCAGAGACAAUCAUGCUUCUGAAUCUCAAUUGCUGGAAACUGCAGGAGGCGAGAGCUGCUCUUGUGUUCAAAUUCUGCUUGCUGGUUUCCCACAGGCAACUGGCUGGCCACUGUGAGAACAGGAUGUUGGAGUCGAUGGGCCAUUGGCCUGAUCCUGCAAGGCCCUACGUUGUUAUGUUCACCAGCUGCUUUGGCCAUGAGUCUUGUCAGCCCCAACCAAUUUGUGGUCUGCGACUGGUGGAAGCCUUAGAUCACCGAGCACCUGGUAGUCACACCCAGUUGUGGAAGGUUACCUUGGAGUCUUUAGAUUCUCAGCUUGGAGAUCCAGUGUGGUGUAGUGGUUAGCGUGUUGGACCUGGAGCUGAGAGACCAGUGUUCAAAUCCUACACUGGCCGUGAAGCUCACUGGGUGACCUUGGGGACUAGUCGCUGCCUCUCACCCCAACCUUCUUCACAGGGUUGUUGUUGUUGUUUAGUCAUUUAGUGGUGUCCGACUCUUCGUGACCCCCUGGACCAGAGCACGCCAGGCACUCCUGUCUUCCACUGCCUCCCGCAGUUUGGUCAAUCUCAUUCUGGUAGCUUCGAAAACACUGUCCCACCAUCUCGUCCUCUGUUGUCCCCUUCUCCUUGAGCCCUCCAUCUUUCCCAACAUCAGGGUCUUUUCCAGGGAGUCUUCUCUUCUCAUGAGGUGGCCAAAGUCUUGGAGCCUCAGCUUCAGGAUCUGUCCUUCCAGUGAUCACUCAGGGCUGAUUUCCUUCAGAAUGGAGAGGUUUGAUCUUCUUGCAGUCCAUGGGACUCUCAAGAGUCUCCUCCAGCACCAUAAUUCAAAAGCAUCAAUUCUUCGGCAAUCAGCCUUCUUUAUGGUCCAGCUCUCACUUCCAUACAUCACUACUGGGAAAACCAUAGCUUUAACUAUACGGACCUUUGUUGGCAAGGUGAUGUCUCUACUUUUUAAGAUGCUGUCUAGGUUUGUCAUUGCUUUUCUCCCAAGAAGCAGGCGUCUUUUAAUUUUGUGACUGCUGUCACCAUCUGCAGUGAUCAUGGAGCCCAAGAAAGUAAAAUCUCUCACUGCCUCCAUUUAUUUCCCUUCUAUUUGCCAGGAGGUGAUGGGCCCAGUGGCCAUGAUGUUCAUUUUUUUGAUGUUGAGCUUCAGACCAUAUUUUGCACUCUCCUCUUUCACCCUCAUUAAAAGGUUGUUGUAGUGAUUAAUUAAACAAAGAGGGAGAGAACCACCUUCAGCUCCCUGGAGAAAAAAGUUAGACAGAAAUGCAGUGAAAUGAUAAACAAUAAAUGCAAUGAAAUACUAAAUAACCUUGAUAUCCCUUUUCUCUGAAGGAUGACAGCUUGGAGACCCACCCGUCUAAUCUCCCUCGUUUGCCACGAGAGUUUGAGGUGCUCGCAUCUUCGGAAUGAAAGGAGCCUCCCUCGCCUCUCUAACGCCCCCCAAAAAAGAGAAAGGACACAUUCAUAUUCAAAUCAUUCCAUUAGGAAUGCAGACAGGGUCCCUGUCUGGGAGAGGUUACCCAGUCCAGACCAGACCUUAGAGGGGAUGGAGUCUCUAAGCACUGGGAAGGCAUUUGACUAAUAUAGGGAAACUGGGGGAGGGGGGGGCAGACGAUGGCACCAAGCCAGAAAGAGAAAGAAUUUGCACCCAGGAUGCCAGGAGAGAGACAGGCCCCUCCGCAUUUGUCUCAGGAAAUCCCCUUUGCUUUCUUUUAAAGGCCUUCAGGGGAAAGCGAUGAGGCGAGGGGAGACGGACCCAGCCAACAAGGGGAGCUUUGUCCUCACUCUGCUGUGGCUGCAACCAGCUACUUAACUUUUUAUUUACAAUACGCUUUGUGGAGUGGCAAACUCCCUGCCCAAAGGGAUGGCUGCAUCACUUUGAGGUUGGGGUCGUUUAAAAAUGCUGCCAUGUGCUGUAAGCUGCCCAGAGUGGAAACCUAGCCAGAUGGGCAGGGUAUAGAUAAUAAAAAUAUUUAUCAUUACAGUGGUACCUCAGGUUACAUACACUUCAGGUUACAUACGCUUCAGGUUACAGACUCCGCUAACCCAGAAAUAGUGCUUCAGCUUAAGAACUUUGCUUCAGGAUGACAACAGAAAUUGUGCUCCAGCGGCACGGCAGCAGCAGGAGGCCCCAUUAGCUAAAGUGGUGCUUCAGGUUAAGAACAGUUUCAGGUUAAGAACGGACCUCCGGAACGAAUUAAGUACUUAACCCGAGGUACCACUGUAUUAUUAUUAUUAAUUAAAAAUCUUAACUUUAUAUUUCAGUUUCUAAAAAGGCAUUAACCAAAUACCCCAUAAACCCCCAAGAAACAGUCCAUGCAUGUACAGAGCGCAAACGACACAGUCAAAAUUAAGUAGAUUUGGAAAUAGUUUAGAGCUGAUUACAUUAGUUAGGCGUCUUGUACUCUGUUAUGAAAAGGAUCUAGGAGUCUUGGUUCACCACAAACUUGACAUGAGCCAACAGUGUGACGCGGCAGCUAAAAAAGCCAAUGCAAUUCUGGGCUGCAUCAAUAGGAGUAUAGCAUCUAGAUCAAGGGAAAUAAUAGUGCCACUGUAUUCUGCUCUGGUCAGACCUCACCUGGAGUACUGUGUCCAGUUCUGGGCACCACAGUUCAAGAAGGACACUGACAAACUGGAACGUGUCCAGAGGAGGGCAACCAAAAUGGUCAAAGGCCUGGAAACGAUGCCUUAGGAGGAACGGCUAAGGGAGCUGGGCAUGCUUAGCCUGGAGAAGAGGAGGUUAAGGGGUGAUAUGAUAGCCAUGUUCAAAUAUAGAAAAGGAUGUCACAUAGAGGAGGGAGAAAGGUUGUUUUCUGCUGCUCCAGAGAAGCGGACACAGAGCAAUGGAUCCAAACUACAAGAAAGAAGAUUCCACCUCAACAUUAGGAAGAACUUCCUGACAGUAAGAGCUGUUCGACAGUGGAAUUUGCUGCCAAGGAGUGUGGUGGAGUCUCCUUCUUUGGAGGUCUUUAAGCAGAGGCUUGACAACCAUAUGUCAGGAGUGCUCUGAUGGUGUUUCCUGCUUGGCAGGGGGUUGGACUCGAUGGCCCUUGUGGUCUCUUCCAACUCUAUGAUUCUAUGAUUCUAUGUCUAUUUUGUACGCAUUAUUUGGGAUGGGGAACGGCAUUGCAGAAUUCAGAAAGGCCUGGAUUUCAUAGGAUUUGCUGUGUUUCGGAAAGUGUGAAUUAGGCAGGUUCAGCUCGUUCUGUCCCACCCCUAUAAUCAGAUACCAGAAAAAGUUUCAAAUUCAAGAGCUGGCAGCCCUACAGGAGGGGCUGUUUCUUGCUCCACCAGGAAUCACAUUUCUGUUGGCUCCUUCCAGCACCUUCUCCUUUAUCCUUUCUUGCCUUGAAACCGGCAUGUGUAUUUCUCACGUCCCUAUCUAGCCAAUCAUUGCCCAUUUAGGUCGGGACAUGAUGAACCUUCGUCUAAUCCAGGAAAGCAAUUUGCGCAAACAUGCCAGGAAAGAGUUUGCAGAAGCAAGGAGGAGACCGUUGCCCCAUGCCUCUGACUGGCUAAAGGUUAAGAACUGUUGCAACAUUGGACUUCUGGGUUUCUGCAAGAUCUUUGGCAUCUGGUCUGCCUGGGAGAGAAGCUUCACCUGAGCUGCUCUUUAGUUCUGCCUGUGCUGACAAUCCCCGGAAAACAGGAGUGAGACUUUAAAGUGAGAUUGGUAGGGAGAACGUAAGAAAAGUUUGCUUGAUCCGGCCAAUAGCCCAUCCAGGCCUGCUACCAGAUGCCUCUGAGUAGCCCAGACCAGAGUGCAACAGUGUGCCAGAGUGGUGUAGUGGUUCAGAGCGGUGGACUCGUAAUCUGGUGAACUGGGUUCGAUUCCCCGCUCCUCCACAUGCAGCUGCUGGGUGAUCUUGGGCUACUCACACUUCUCUGAAGUCUCUCAGCCUCACUCACCUCACAGAGUGUUUGUUGUGGAGGAGGAAGGGAAAAGAGAAUGUUAGCCGCUUUGAGACUCCUUCGGGUAGUGAUAAAGAGGGAUAUCAAAUCCAAACUCUUCUUCUUCUUCUCUUUCCCCACUACCAGUGUUGUAAACCAAAAUCUGCCCUUCUUCCCUUAUGGGGUAUCCAAGAGCCCAUAUAGAGUCCUUACCUAGGUUCCCUAUUGGCAGGAGAAAAUAACAGAGGCCAACCAGAGGAUAUUGAGAAGCAAAGCAGCUAGUAAGCCGGAUCUUUAUUGAUCUGUUGCAACAGGGUGCUCCUUUCACACGCAGGAAAGGAGGAGGACCCAGAACCAAGGUGUGCCUGCCCUUAUAUAGACAUUUUAAAUUCCCUGCCCUGGAGCUCAAGACCACCACCACCACCCAUACACCAUACCUACAUCACAGAAAAGGUGGUCUACAGCAGAAAUCUGAGUGCAUUACCUGUCAAUGCUCACUUGAUUGGAUACCCUGGGGAGUCUGGCCAGUCUUUUGUAAUGACAAAUACAAGCUUCCCCUCUAUUCCUUUAUCUAAAUUGUUUAAAAAGACGUUGAGCAACAGGCCCAGGAGAGAACCCCAUGAGCUCUGUAAAUAAGUACUUUCUCCAAUACCAGAUAUAAGACUCAUUCAGUACCCAUCAAAAGCCUUUUCCUUCAUGAGGUUCUCUAAUCAUCUGAUAUCACACAUUGCUUUUGUGAGUCAGAGGUAAAAUCAAAUAACAAGGGGUAUUGCUGAGCAUAGUCAUGUUUGGUUUUUGCAAAGAGUGUGGGAAUUCUCUGCCGUAUGGUUGGCUUCUUUUUCUUUUUCUAUGUCUUUCGGCAUGACAUUUCAUGUGACGGAUGACAGAACGAGACGGAGACAGCAGCAGAAGGGGACUUUGUGAAAAUGAAAGCGUUUGUGGGUUGAGAUGUGAAAGUUGGGAGCAAGUGGGAAAGCGAGUGAAUACCAGAGCCCUUUCGAUAUAAAAUGAGAAACAUACUUCACUGUGAGAGUGCAUCUUCUCACACAUUUUUAAAAUCGUGGUGCUGGAGGAGAGAUGCAGAAGGGCUUUGUGCACGUGGGGGAGAAAUGGCCAUGUCUGGGUCACACUUUAUGUGGCUGGGAUUGUAAAGCUGUAACUGCAGACAUGAGAGUCUGAAGUGAGAAUGGGAAAUCCAUAUUGCGGACCCAGUGUGUGGUGCAAUGGUUAGAGCAGGGCUGGAGAGCCUCAGACUGGGGCCAGGAAAGAGUGUGUCUCUGACUCUCUGCCUGGCCCUCAGAACAGAUGGAAUCAUAGAUUUGUGGAGCUGGAAGGGAACCCAAAGGUCAUCCAGUCCAACCCCCUGCAAUGCAGGAAUCUCAUUAAAUAACCCCUAGCAGAUGGCUAUCCAACCUCUGCUUAAAAUCCUCCAAGGAUUUUAAAAUCCUCCAAGGAUUUUAAAAACCUUCCUAUGUUGUUAUUGUUUAGUCGUUUAGUGGUGUCCGACUCUUCGUGACCCCGUGGACCAGAGCACGCCAGGCACUUCUGUCUUCCACUGCCUCCCGCAGUUUGGUCAAACUCAUGCUGGUAGCUUCGAGAACACUGUCCCACCAUCUCAUCCUCUGUCGUCCCCUUCUCCUUGUGCCCUCCAUCUUUCCCAACAUCAGGGUCUUUUCCAGGGAGUCUUCUUUUCUCAUGAGGUGGCCAAAGUCUUGGAGCCUCAGCUUCAGGAUCUGUCCUUCCAGUGAACACUCAGGGCUGAUUUCCUUCAGAAUGGAUCGGUUUGAUCUUCUUGCAGUCCAUGGGACUCUCAAGAGUCUCCUCCAGCACCAUAAUUCCUAGGUAGUCCAUUCCAUUGCUGAACAGCUUUUACUGUCAGAAAGUCGUUCCUAAUGUUUCGUCGGAAUCUCUUUCCUUGUCAUUUGAAUCCCUUGGUUCAGGUCCUGGCCCUCCGGAACACCACAAAACAAGCUUGUUCCAUCUUCCAUAUGACAUUUGAUAUUUGAAGACAGCUCACCAACAUCCUCAUCCCAUCCCCAUCAGGCUUGGUUUUCCAGACCCUUUUUCUGUUGACCCGCUAGCAAAUUAGCAGCCAGGUCAGAUUUUGCAAGCAAGGUGUUGCGUGCUGGCAGUAGUUUGACCACACACACGAACUCGCUGGCACCUUCUGCACCAGCUUCAGCCUCCAGACUAGGGGUCAGCAAACUUUUCCAGCAGGGGGCCCGUCCACUGUCCCUCAGACCUUGUGGGGGGGGCCAGACUAUAUUUUGGAGAGAAAAAAUGAACGAAUUCCUAUGCCCCACAAAUAACCCAGAGAUGCAUUUUAAAUAAAAGCACACAUUCUACUCGUGUAAAAACACGCUGAUUCCUGGACCGGCCGCAGGCUGGAUUUAGAAGGUGAUUGGGCCGGAUUUGGCCCCCGGGCCUUAGCUUGCCUACCAAUGUUCCAGACUGACCCCAGGGGCAGCCCCACCUAGAUUUGGCUGGCAACUGUUCUCCUCGCCCCGUAAGCAAUCUCAGCUCAUCUACCUGUGACCCUUUCAAGUGGAGAUGGCAGGGUAGGGGGUUGAGCAGGGAAAUAUGAACUGCGUCUCCCCCCCCCAGUAAUAAAGAGGCCUCCAACAUACACCUCCCCCCCCCGAAUUGUCUCCGUCGACUAUUUUGCAAGCCCUCGGCUCCUUGCCGUGCAGCUAUUUUUAAAGAUAAUAUUCCAACGGAGUGGAAACAAUUUUUGCCUACAUCCUUAGAGCGUUUGUCUUCAUCUGUUCCUAAGCUGUGAUAAUUAAGACAACCUGAUGGAAAGUUCCCAGUGGCUGAAUGACUUCAUGGUCUUUUGGUGCCACAAUACGCUUGGAUUUCGCUCUCCCAGUCUUGUGGCAAAAAGGUUUACAUACUUUCUGGAAGGGCAGGGUGUGGCAGAGAGCCUAGGAAGGCUGUGGGCUUGGCGCGUCUCAGAAUACGGGUCUGCUUUUUGGAAAAGCUAUGCUUCAGAUCACCCACAUGUUAUUGGCCUUGGUGCUGUUUAACUUACCCAGAGAGGAUCCUUUCCUUCCAGGAAACUGCAGAGUCCGACUGUGAUUGAUUAGCUGGACUUGGGGCGCGUUUUGCCUUGUGGGUUCGGGGUGGCUGGCAGUGCUUUGAAAACGAUCGCUGUGUAUGAAAGCAGGAUUUGAAAGCCAUCCCAAAAAUGCAAAAGAGGUUCCGUCCCUCUUCUGUCAUGACUUACAGACCAGCCUGGUUUCCAAACGAUGUUCAGACUCCAGGAAGCAGGUUGGGUAGGAGAUCAGAGGAGAAGAAACGGCGACAACAGCCCUACAUUGGUUUGAUAAUGGAUAUGUUCCAUUUGGAAAAGGCCUGCCUAAUUUUGGGGAAAGUUUCAGGCUCCAUGGCACACAUCACACGCCAUCUGGGCACUCGUGAGCCUCUGUUUCACUGCUGGUGGAUGUAGGUGCAAAAUGCAGAAAUGCCAUUUUAUUUUUUAAAAAAAAUCCAUUCAGGAAGGUGGGUUUAUACAGUCAUCCCUCAUGUUACGUUUGCUUCAUGUUACGUUUUUUUCAGGUUGCGUCCUGCGACGAUCUGGAAGUACCGGAAAGGGUUACUUCCGGGUUUCGCCGCUCGCGCAUGCGCAGAUGCACAAAAUGACGUCACACGCAUGCGCAGAAGCAGUGAAUCACAACCCACGUGCCACUGCGGGUUGCGUUCCUUUCAUGUUGCGAACAGGCCUCCAGAACAGAACCCAUUCGCAACCAGAGAUACCACUCUAAUUGUGUUUCAACAUUGCUAUGUCGUGCAUGACACCUGAACACACAGACAAAAGAAUGUCAGACCAAUGUUGGAUCAGACCAAUGAGCCAUCCAGAUGCCCUGAUGGGAAACCAGCAAACAGGAUCCUAGCACAAGAGUCCUGUCUCUUCCUCCUGCCACUUCCAAAAACUGGUGUUCAGAAGCAUUGCUGCUUUCAGCUGUCGAGUCAGAGCAGCGCAGUUGUGGCUGUUAGCCAUCGAUAGCCCUUUCCUCCUCCCUGAAUUUGCCCAAUCCUGUUUAAAAGCCACCCAAGCUGGUGGCCACUGCUGCUUCUUGUCGGAGCGAGUUCCGCAAUUUGUGAGCUAUGCAAAGAUGCACUUUCUUUUAUCACAUACAGCCUGUGCUUGUAUUUGUUUUACUGUAUUGUAUUUGCACUGUAUUGUAUAUUGUAUGGCUCAGGACCACAGUACCUCAAGGACUGCCUCUUUCCAUAUGAACCUACCUGGUCCCUGAGAUCAUCAUCUGAUGCCCUCCUUUGUGUGCCUCCUCCUUGAAAGGUCCAGAGGGUGGCAACACGAGAACGGGGCCUUCUCUGCAGUGGCUCCCCAUCUGUGGAAUGCUCUCCCCAGGGAAGCUCGCCUGGCGCCUUCAUUAUACACCUUUAGGCACUAGGCAAAAACGUUCCUUUUUAACCAGGAGGCCUUUGGUUGACCUGAUGGACAUCCUACACCCUUUUAAAAUGUGGCUCUUAUUUGGGGGGGGGGGUGUUAUUGAGUUGCUGUUUUUAUUCUGAUUUUAUAUGUUGUGAUCUUUUCUGUGAACCCUCUGGGUGUAGGGUGGUAUAUAAACUCAAAAAAUAACAAUAAUAAAUAACAAUAGUAUUUUUUCUAUCGAUUUUGUUUUUAAUUGAUAAUCAAGUUUAUUUUGCAUUUUGUGGAUUUGUAAGACACUCUGAAGCAUCAUUUUUAUUAUUAUUAUUAUUAUUAUUAUUAUUAUUAUUAUUUUACACACACACCCCUUCUUCCUCCACAAACUACUUGGUUUUGACUGUGAAUCUUACUGGCGGCAUCACCUGCAGUAGCUUCACCCUUAUUUCCUCUUCUUCUUGUGGAAAACCCAGGUCUGGAAAGGCAUGUUGCUGCAACAGACAGUGCAAAAACAAUAUAAUACCUUUAUUUCCUCUUCUUGUUCUGCAAAGCCCAGAUCGGGAAAUGCAUGUACAGUAUCUGCUGGCAUUGCUGCAACAAUAUAUUUCCACCACCUUCAAGCUGAUGGUUCUUUUUCUUUCCUGUUGGGCUUGGAACAGGUGGAGUCUGAGGACCAAGUCCUGGCAAAUUUCUGCGGGAGGGAAGCCACGGACACAGAGCAGACCCCGGGGCAGCAGGCCAUUGUCUCCCCGGGGUCUUUCAUGAGCCUCACUUUCCGAUCGGACUUCUCCAAUGAGGAACGUUUCACAGGGUUUGACGCCCAUUACACAGCCGUGGGUGAGUAACCGCUUGGCCACAAUGUAGGUUGCCCAGGCCACUGGACUCCAAAGUACCUGCAGUUGACAACAGCUAAAAUACAUCAAAAGUGUGUGUUUUUUAAAUGCCGUAUUUUUCGCUCUAUAAGACGCACCUAGUUUUUGGAGGAGGAAAACAAGAAAAAAAAUAUUCUGAAUCUCAGAAGCCAGAACAGCAAGAGGGAUCGCUGCGCAGUGAAAGCAGCAAUCCCUCUUGCUGUUCUGGCUUCUGGGAUAGCUGCGCAGCCUGCAUUCGCUCCAUAAGAUGCACACACAUUUCCCCUUACUUUUUAGGAGGGGAAAAGUGAGUCUUAUAGAGCAAAAAAUACGGUACUACACAACUAAAACCCACAACAAAGCAGUCUAAAACCCAGUGGACUAUAUGCUGGCAAAAAGUGUGGUGCUAAAGAAACUCUAAUUGAAAGGUUUGUUUGUCCCUGGUAAAUAGUAUUUCUUGCACUUGGAUGGGUUUUUUAAAAAUGAAAUUGCUUUUAUUUGUUUCAGUGACUUACACACUUGCUGAAGCCUCUGGACAGUCUCCAGGGGCAGUCACCAAUACAGUAUGUUGCAGUAGCCAAGCCUUGACGUUGCAGAAGCCACGUCAUAAAGGAUAGCAGCCAGGUCAAAAUGGGAGGGAAACUGAGUGUUUGCUUUAGUAAAUGUGUAGCAAACAAGACUCACAUAGCAUUCCAAUAAUUCAACAAAAGAGAAAAAAGAAUUAGCAUGGUCAGGUAUAAGAUAAAGAGGUUUAAGACAAUGAGUGUGUUUUGGGGGGCGGUUAUUGGUUUGUCUUUUUCGUUCUUGUGUUCAUCAUGUAUUUUGUGUUUUUAUGUUGGAAUUUUCGGGUGUGUGAACCACCCUGAGAUCCGUGGAUGGAGGGUGGCAUACAAAUUUAAUAAUUAAAAUGAUGAUAUAAAGGAGAAUGGGAAGAUAAACUUCACAAAAGGGGAUCGUUCCAAGUCUUAUGGCAUCAUUCCAAGAUAAGAAAUAAGCAGCUGAGCCAAAAAAUCAUACAAUAAAAAAACGGCGCCAUAUGAAAUAGUAUUUGGAUGGAAUUUGCCAUCUGUGCAACCAUGUCAUUAAAUUAGCUACAAUAAACCACCAGGCAGAUGCAAAGUCCAGCGGAUCCGCUUCCCCUCUGAGAGCCCAGAGUUGGUGGGCCAAUUUCUCUGGUUUGGCUACAAAUAAGGCUUUUAAAAACCAGUUUGUUGUAGAGUACACAGAAGCAUCCUUCUAUAAUAAUAGCAAUAAUAAAUUUCAUUUAUACCCCGCCCUCCCCGGGCUCAGGGCAGCUAACACCAGUAAAAUUACAAUAAAAACAUAAUGGGGGGAGGUACCAAUUUAAAAUAAAGGUUAAAAUACAAUUUAAAAUGCAGCCUCAUUUUAAAAGUAGCCCAUAGAUCAAGGCCAUAAGGGAAGGGAAAACUAAGGGUCAGACCGAGUCCAAACCAAAGGCCCGGUGGAGCAGCUCUGUCUUGCAGGCCCUGCGGAAAGAUGUCAAGUCCCGCAGGGCCCUGGUCUCUUGUGACAGAGCGUUCCACCAAGUCGGGGCCAGUACUGAAAAGGCCCUGGCCCUAGUUGAGACCAAUCUAACCACCUUGUGACUUGAGACCUCCAAAAUGUUGUCAUUUGUGGACCCUAAGGUCCUCCACAGGGCAUACCAGGAGAGGCGGUCCCGUAGGUAUGUGGGUCCUAGGCCGCAUAGGGCUUUAAAGGUCAAAACCAGCACCUAGCCUUCUAGCCUUGAGAGGCGACUGAACAGGAAGCUGUUAGCAAAUGAGGCAUUCGUAUCUUGGCCAACUGAAGUUACCUCCCACAAACUUUCAAAGUAAGCACAACCUGGGGUCCACAUAGAUCUUUUGCCUGGCGACGGUGCCGAGUUCGAAAACCGCAGAAUCCUAAAGGGUUUGCUUUACGAGUCUGCCGCUCCCUCCUGUUCUAUAACAGAUAUCGAUGAGUGCCUGGAGAAGAGCGACGAAGAGCUGGCCUGUGACCACCACUGCCACAACUAUAUUGGCGGGUACUACUGCUCCUGCCGGUUUGGCUACAUCCUCCACUCUGACAACAGGACUUGCAAAGGUAUUGCCCGUAUCACAAUGCUGGGAGUGAACUGGGCUGGUUGCUCUGAAACUCGAGAGCAGGAGUGGGGAAUAGGUGCUUAAAAAAGGUAGAGGUACCCCUGACCGUUAGGUCCAGUCGUGGACAACUCUGGGGUUGUGGCGCUCAUCUGCUUUACUGGCCGAGGGAGCCGGCGUUUGUUCCGGGCCAUGUGGCCAGCAUAACUAAGCCGCUUCUGGCGAACCAGAGCAGCCCACGGAAACGCCAUUUACCUUCCCACCGGAGCGGUACCUAUUUAUCUACUUGCACUUUGACGUGCUUUUGAACUGCUAGGUUUGCAGGAGCUGGGACCGAGCAACGGGAGCUCACCCUGUCGCGGGGAUUCGAACCGCCGACCUUCUGAUCAGCAAGUCCUAGGCUCUGUGGUUUAGACCACAGCGCCACCUGUGUCCCUUAAUAGGUGCUUCAGUUCCAAGCUUAGCACUUAGUGCAUGGAUUCAAAAUAAUAGAUUAUAUUAAUUGGGGUGACUGUCAGGUUGGUGUCAGGCUUCCUCUCCGCACCCCCCUUUGGCAGUAGAGAAGCAGAACAAAGCAAAAGGAGUCUCUUACCAGUUAGAAAUUUUAGUGAUCACAGAGGGAGAAGAAAGCAUCCAUUCCUAGGAUGAAGAUGCUCCCAAUUAAGGAUUCCACCACCCCCCGUCACUUCCAUGUCUUGCAACCUGAACUCGCAACCACUUUGCUUUCUGUUCUGUUACCUGACCUGCUCGCCAUGACCUUGGGCUGAGCAGAUGGACGCUUUCCAGCAAAUGAGAGUCUGUUAACUCUCUCUCUCUCCCUCCCAGUUCUUCCCAACUUCUGCCUUCUGAACUAUGUCCCUCUGCAAACCACUGUUCCAAAUCUAUACUGUCCCACUGCUCCUGGGAAGAUUCAGGAUCCUCAUCAGGAGCAGGGGGAGUUCCCACCAUUCCUCCUCAGUGCAGCCCUCCUCAGCACGGUCCCUGACAGUUGGGGUGGUUUGCCCAAAAUGGCCUUACAGGCCAAAUGCAGAGGCUUGGCAGGUGCAAUUAGAACCAUGGGAUUGCGGCGACCAAUGCGGGUACGCCCACAUCCCAAUCCUCUGCCCCUCCCACCUCUGCCACUGAAGCUGCUGCCUCACUACAGAUUUCUACCCCAACUCAUGUAGUUUCUCCACCAGUUUUGCUACCAGGACCUUGUGUCACGAGGUUGAACCAGGAUCUCUCCUGCAUGCACUUAGCCCCUGAGCUAUUACUGCUCGUCCCCUAGAAACAUGGGAAGAAGUGGCCUUCUGUGGAGUCAGACCAUUGGCCACGGCAAUACUGACCCCGGCAGACACAACGUAGCAAAGGUGUUGUGUGUGCUGGGAUGCAGCCAAGGAAUCGGGGGCAAUUGGCAGGCCCCCAGCAGGCCCCAGCCCACCAGCCGGUGUGCCAGCUGAUCUCUAGUCCUUGGAUCAGCAUGAAACUGCGACCCGAGUUUCAGAAGCCUUCAGAAGCUGGGCACACUCACUCAGCAGAGUAAAUAACGCUGCACAACAGAAGUGGCAGAGAGGUUGUGUUGAGCAUAUUUACGAGCAGUUUAUUCAGCGUACAUCAGGACAAAAGGAAAAAUAUGUCUUCUCCCCCUUCGUGUCCAAAGCAAGCAGCAUAAGCAAAAUCUAUACACAAACGGAAGUUCCCAGCAAACUGUGCUGGAGUGUAAACAGACAUGUGACAUACAACAGUCUCAUGCCUGUCCCUUAAGGUGGAACGGAAUAUUCUAACAGUGUGUUCACCCUUGUCUCCCUUGCAGUGGAGUGCAGCGACAACCUCUUCACUCAGAGGAAUGGGGUGAUCAACAGCCCAGACUUCCCCAAUUCCUACCCCAAAAGCUCCGAUUGCUUGUACCGCAUUGAGCUGGAAGAGGGUUUCUUCAUUACGUUGGAGUUCAACGAUAACUUUGACAUUGAAGACCACCCGGAGGUCACCUGCCCAUAUGACUACAUCAAGGUGAGCACAGCAGCAAACUGAUGUGGCUCGAGUUCCACAGCGACUGGAAAAUACCAGGAGGCCAGGCAGAAAUCACACACACACACACACACACACACACACACACACACACCCUUGUGUUUUAAGUACAGUACGGUUGCAUUCGACUUGCCUGAUUUCAGCCAGGCACAAAUGAUGGUCUCGCCUUUUCUCUGCUCCUCCUUUGAUUGUUUUUCCUGACAGAUCAAAGCCGGGCGUCAGGAGUUUGGGCCUUUUUGUGGAGAGAAAUCGCCAGGACGCAUCGAAACGAAGAGCAACAGCAUUCAAAUAUUGUUCCACAGUGACAACUCUGGAGAGAAUGGAGGGUGGAAGCUGUCCUACACGGCAAUAGGUAAUCUUCCCCGAGGCGACGCUCCUUAGCCCCCACCUGUUCUAUACAUUUAGACCAGCAGCAUCCCACUCCCAGAGAAUCAUGGGUACUGUAGUCUGUUCAGGGUGCUGAGAGGCUCUUAGUCCCCACACAGACCAGACUCUAUCAGAGGUGUGCUCAGAUCCUGAGAUAUAUAUAUAGAUAGAUAGAUAGAUAGAUAGAUAGAUAGAUAGAUAGAUAUAGAUAUAUAGAUAUAUAGAUAUAUAUAUCUCUCAAUGCAAAAAUUACAAACACUGAAUCCAAAAUAAAACAGUAAAAGGUAAAGGCACCCCUGACCAUUAGGUACAAACAAGCAAAACAAAAAAACACAAAAGAAAAAAGAACACAAAAAACAAAAACACACAUCUACAAAUUAAAACGAUACCAUCCUUCUAAUCUAGUCAUUACUUACAUAUAAACAUAUUGACUUCCUUCCUUUGUUCUAAGACCUCAAAAUUUUUAUUCCUUCUAAGUUGUUGUGUCUAAUGUAGAUUACCUCUAUCUUUAUACUUUUUACACCAUUGGGUGCAGCCAAGAGCGUUUAAAGCAGUGGUUCUCAAACUUUUUUCUCUGAGCCACACUUGCAGAAUAAAAAUUUGCUCACGCCACACUGGAUUUUUUUAUUGAUAAGAAAUACAUUGGAAAAUAACAUUGGAACCAGGCAGAGGGCCUUCUCGGUGGUGGCGCCCACCCUGUGGAACGCCCUGCCACCAGAUGUCAAGGAAAUAAACAACUAUCUGACUUUUAGAAGACAUCUGAAGGCAGCCCGGUUUAGGGAAGUUUUAAAUGUUUGAAGUUUUAUUCUGUUUUUAAUGUUCCGUUGAAAGCCACCCAGAGUGGCUGGGGAAACCCAGCCAGAUGGGCGGGGUAGAAAUAAUAAAUUAUUAUUAUUAUAAAACAAAAAGGGAAAGCUCCUAGCAGUGCUUGAUUUAUACCAUAGAACACAACUGCCUUACGAUAUAAUCAUGGGACAUCCCUAAAGUAUAAAGCAAUGCAGCUACUUCAAUGAUUCCCUAAAUAUAAUUAUAAACUAUACCUUAAGUAUGUAUGCAAACCCAGUGAGAAGUGUGAGCUUGCUUUUGCAGGGGUAUCUCAUUUAUAACAGAUCUAAUUUGAGACAAACAAACUCUCAUCUCCUCAUCAACACAAAGAAGCCUUUGUCUUUUCCGAUCUUUCAUAUUUCUUUGUUUAUCCUUCAAUCUUCCAGCCACACUUGCCAUUCUCUUUUUUUUUCUUUUAAAAAUUUCUUCAUUUUAUAACACAAAUAAACAACACAAACAGAAAAACAAACAAUACAAACAGAUUCUUGUCUUAUCCUUAUUUUAUUCUAAACUUUGUUAGGUGGGCUUCCCCAAGUCCCCACUAACUGAUUUUCAUUUUACCUCAUCUUUAGCAGUUUACAUAUAUCAUAAUUUCUAACCAUUUAUUUUUACCACACUUACUUUAACCAUAAAAAUCUUCAUAUUUUAUCACUUACAAAUAAUACUAUUUUAAAAUACGCUAUCUUCUACUUCUAACCCUACAGCCUAAAUCCACUUCCAAAGCUAUUCUAAGAUUUAAAUAUUAACAUAUUUUUUUCAAAUAUUCCUUAAACUUCUUCCAAUCUUCUUCCACCGUCUCUUCUCUCUGGUCUUGGAGUCUCCCAGUCAGUUUGGCGAGUUCCAUAUACAGUGGUACCUCGGGAUGCGAACGGGAUCUGUUCCGGAGCCCCGUUCGCAUCCCGAACGGAACGUAAGACACAACGGCGUGUCUGCACAUGCGCGGGUCGCGUUUCACCGCUUCCGCGCAUGCGCGUGACAUCAUUUUGCGCGUCUGCACAUGCGCAAGCGGCAAAACCCGGAAGUAACGCGCUCCGUCACUUCCGGGUCACUGUGGAGCGCAACCCAAACAUGCUCAACCUGAAGCACAUUCAACUCAAGGUAUGACUGUAGUCCAUCAUCUUCACCUGCCCUUCUUCGAUAGCUGGUAAAUCUUGUUUCUUCCAAUUCUUCGCUAGCAAUAUUCUUGCAGCUGUUGUGGCAUACAGGAAAAAAAGUAACAUCUUUUUCACAUUUUCCAUUCUCUCCUGCCACUGCACACCCUUUGAGAACCAUGGGUUUAAAGCAAUAUGAUACUACUUUCAAUGUAUGGUCCAGGUGGGACCUUAAGCUUGCAUGCAAGUAGUAGUAAUAAUAAUAAUAAUAAUAAUAAUAAUAAUAAUAAUAAUAAUAAUUUAUUUAUACCCCACCCAUUGGCCUGGGUUUCCCCAGCCACUCUUUCAAUACAUCUUCUGGCACUUUAUCUCCAAAUAAAUACUGCAUGGGGGGCCCAACUUUCCAAAUGAAAAUGCAUUUAUUUAUUUUAUUGAAGCUCAUUAAACUGCAUGCCCACUAAAAUCAAGAUGUUGGUUGCUCAUCAGCCUCGUCCUUCUGUUGUGUUUGCCCACUCAAAUCUGCAUCAAAUUAUGGUCUGGCUGAGCAUCAAUUGACUGAAUCAAACACAGAGGAAUAAUUCCCGACCACUCACCACCAGCCCAGAUUGUAAAAUGUCAGGACCACCAAGGAAAGUGUAAAUUUUACACAACAUGCAAUUAUUUGCAGAAAGAACCCAAUAAUAUAAUAGCUACUGGGCACAGCUAUACAAAAAAAAAUAUUAAAAAUGCAGCUUGACAGCUUAACUCAAACAUGCAAUUCAAUUGCCUAACAAUUUGGAAAAAUGGCUUCUAAAUGGAAUAAUAAAAUGGAUAAUGUGUGUUGAAAGAAGGAGAAAAUGGAUAAAUUCCCUGUUAUGAAUAAACAACACUGCUAUUUUUAAAUAUAAACAUACACCGCAUGUUAUAAUUGUGUCUCAAAUUCAUUAAAUUAAUUGCUUUCUGUGAAUAAUUGCAUGUUGUGUGGAAUGUGCAGGGGAUCCUGAUCUCUUAUAACCUAUGUCUGAGACAUCAAGUUCUUGGUGAGAUGCCAAGCCAGGCAUUUCACUCCAAGAGAAGCACAAUUUUGCCACCUGAGGCCCCAUAUUUAUUCUCAAAUGGCACCACAACAAGGUCUCCAACAUUCCACCUUUCUGCAACGUUGUUGUUGUUGUUUAGUUGUUCAGUCGUGUCCGACUCUUUGUGACCCCCUGGACCAGAGCACGACGGGCACUCCUGUCUUCCACUGCCUCCCGCAGUUUGGUCAAACUCAUGCUGGUAGCUUCGAGAACACUGUCCCACCAUCUCAUCCUCUGUCGUCCCCUUCUCCUUGUGCCCUCCAUCUUUCCCAGCAUCAGGGUCUUUCCCAGGGAGUCUUCUCUUCUCAUGAGGCGGCCAAAGUAUUGGAGCCUCAGCUUCACGAUCUGUCCUUCCAGUGAGCACUCACUCCAUUUCCUUCAGAAUGGAGAGGUUGGAUCUUCUUGCUGUCCAUGGGACUCUCAAGAGUCUCCUCCAGCACCAUAAUUCAAAAGCAUCCAUUCUUCGGCGAUCAGCCUUCUUUAUGGUCCAGCUCUCACUUCCAUACAUCACUACUGGGAAAACCAUGGCUUUAACUAUAUGGACCCAUGAUGUCUCUGCUUUUUAAGAUGCUGUCUAGGUUUGUCAUUGCUUUUCUCCCAAGAAGCGUAUUUUAAUUUCGUGACUGCUGUCACCAUCUGCAGUGAUCAUGGAGCCCAAGAAAGUAAAAUCUCUCACUGCCUCCAUUUCUUCCCCUUCUAUUUGCCAGGAGGUGAUGAGCCUAGUGGCCAUGAUCUUCGUUUGUUUGAUGUUGAGCUUCAAACCAUAUUUAGCGCUCUCCUCUUUCACCCUCAUUAAGAGGUUCUUUAAUUCCUCCUCACUUUCUGCCAUCAAGGUUGUGUCAUCUGCAUAUCUGAGGUUGUUGAUAUUUCUUCCGGCGAUCUUAACUCCAGCUUGGGAUUCAUCCAGCCCAGCCUUUCGCAUGAUGAAUUCUGCAUAUAAGUUAAAUAAGGAGGGAGACAAUAUACAGCCUUGUCGUACUCCUUUCCCAAUUUUGAACCAAUCAGUUGUUCCAUAUCCAGUUCUAACUGUAGCUUCUUGUCCCACAUAGAGAUUUCUCAAGAGACAGAUGAGGUGAUCAGGCACUCCCAUUUCUUUAAGAACUACCUUUACUCAAAAGGAAGCCCCUCUGUGUUCAGCCGGGCUUGCUCCCAGCGGCUUAGAAGCACCACACUUCUGUUCUGGUUCCUGCCCAUUGAUCCUUUGGCAGAUGGUCGCUGCUGCACCUCUCAGCUUUUCCAUGCCGAGAAAUCAAGAAGCAAUUAUUCCAUUUCCUCCUUGAGCUGAGUCACAGAGAGUGGUUUGGAUGCACCAGUGAAAAGGGCACAGAACUCUACGUUUUCGGUCCAAGAGGACAGGAGUUGUUCUUUUCCUCUCCAGAAACAUUUGUGCACUUUCACAGAAUCACAGAAUUGCAGGGUUCCUUGUCCAACCCCUUCCAGUGCAGGAACCGCAGUUGCUCCCUCUACAGUGCUUAACAUUGCAGCUGAAUCUUCCGGAGCAGCUUAACAUUGGAGCUGCUUUUGGGCCCGGUGUUAUUCAACAUCUUUAUCAACGACUUGGAUGAUGGACUCAAGGGCAUCCUGAUCAAAUUUGCAGAUGACACCAAACUGGGAGGGGUGGCUAACACCCCAGAGGACAGGAUCACACUUCAAAACGACCUUGACAGAUUAGAGAACUGGGCCAAAACAAACAAGAUGAAUUUUAACAGGGAGAAAUGUAAAGUAUUGCACUUGGGCAAAAAAAUGAGAGGCACAAAUACAAGAUGGGUGACACCUGGCUUGAGAGCAGUACAUGUGAAAAGGAUCUAGGAGUCUUGGUUGACCACAAACUUGACAUGAGCCAACAGUGUGACGCGGCAGCUAAAAAAGCCAAUGCAAUUCUGGGCUGCAUCAAUAGGAGUAUAGCAUCUAGAUCAAGGGAAGUAAUAGUGCCACUGUAUUCUGCUCUGGUCAGACCUCACCUGGAGUACUGUGUCCAGUUCUGGGCACCACAGUUCAAGAAGGACACUGACAAACUGGAACGUGUCCAGAGGAGGGCAACCAAAAUGGUCAAAGGCCUGGAAACGAUGCCUUAGGAGGAACGGCUAAGGGAGCUGGGCAUGUUUAGCCUGGAGAAGAGGAGGUUAAGGGGUGAUAUGAUAGCCAUGUUCAAAUAUAUAAAAGGAUGUCACAUAGAGGAGGGAGAAAGGUUGUUUUCUGCUGUUCCAGAGAAGCGGACACAGAGCAAUGGAUCCAAACUACAAGAAAGAAGAUUCCACCUAAACAUUAGGAAGAACUUCCUGACAGUAAGAGCUGUUCGACAGUGGAAUUUGCUGCCAAGGAGUGUGGUGGAGUCUCCUUCUUUGGAGGUCUUUAAGCAGAGGCUUGACAACCAUACGUCAGGAGUGCUCUGAUGGUGUUUCCUGCUUGGCAGGGGGUUGGACUCGAUGGCCCUUGUGGUCUCUUCCAACUCUAUGAUUCUAUGAUUCUAUGUCUAUUUUGUACGCAUUAUUUGGGAUGGGGAACGGCAUUGCAGAAUUCAGAAAGGCCUGGAUUUCAUAGGAUUUGCUGUGUUUCGGAAAGUGUGAAUUAGGCAGGUUCAGCUCGUUCUGUCCCACCCCUAUCAUCAGAUACCAGAAAAAGUUUCAAAUUCGAGAGCUGGCAGCCCUACAGGAGGGGCUGUUUCUUGCUCCACCAGGAAUCACAUUUCUGUUGGCUCCUUCCAGCACCUUCUCCUUUAUCCUUUCUUGCCUUGAAACCGGCAUGUGUAUUUCUCACGUCCCUAUCUAGCCAAUCAUUGCCCAUUUAGGUCAGGACAUGAUGAACCUUCGUCUAAUCCAGGAAAGCAAUUUGUGCAAACAUGCAUCUUCUAGAGCAGCUUAACAUUGCAGCUGAAUCUUCCAGAGCCACUUAACAUUGCAGCUGCAUCUUUCUAGAGCAGCUUAACAUUGCAGCUGAAUCUUCUAGAGCCGCUUAACAUUGCAGCUGAAUCUUCCAGAGCAGCUUAACAUUGCAGCUGAAUCUUCUGGAGCAGCUUAACAUUACAGCUACAUCUUCUAGAGCAGCUUAACAUUGCAGCUGAAUCUUUCUAGAGCAGCUUAACAUUACAGCUGCAUCUUCUAGAGCCGCUUAACAUUGCAGCUGAAUCUUCCGGAGCAGCUUAACAUUGCAGCUGCAUCUUCUAGAGCAGCUUAACAUUGCAGCUGCAUCUUCUAGAGCAGCUUAACAUUGCAGCUGAAUCUUCCAGAGCCGCUUAACAUUGCAGCUGCAUCUUUCUAGAGCAGCUUAACAUUGCAGCUGAAUCUUCUAGAGCAGCUUAACAUUGCAUCUGCGUCUUCUAGAGCAGCUUAACACUGCAGCUGAAUCUUCCGGAGCAGCUUAACAUUGCAGCUGCUUCUUCUAGAGCCGCUUAACAUUGCAGCUGCAUCUUUCUAGAGCAGCUUAACAUUGCAGCUGAAUCUUCUAGAGCCGCUUAACAUUGCAGCUGAAUCUUUCUAGUGCAGCUUUAAAGUGCAGCUGAGAUCUUCCGGAGCAGCUUAACAUUGCAGCUGCUUCUUCUAGAGCAGCUUAACAUUGCAGCUGCAUCUUCUAGAGCUGCUUAACAUUGCAGCUGAAUCUUCCAGAGCUGCUUAACAUUGCAGCUGCAUCUUUCUAGAGCAGCUUAACAUUGCAGCUGAAUCUUCUAGAGCUGCUUAACAUUGCAGCUGCGUCUUCUAGAGCCGCUUAACAUUGCAGCUGCUUCUUCUAGAGCAGCUUAACAUUGCAGCUGAAUCUUUCUAGAGCAGCUUAACAUUACAGCUGCAUCUUCUAGAGCCGCUUAACAUUGCAGCUGAAUCUUCCGGAGCAGCUUAACAUUGCAGCUGCAUCUUCUAGAGCAGCUUAACAUUGCAGCUGCAUCUUCUAGAGCAGCUUAACAUUGCAGCUGAAUCUUCCAGAGCCGCUUAACAUUGCAGCUGCAUCUUUCUAGAGCAGCUUAACAUUGCAGCUGAAUCUUCUAGAGCAGCUUAACAUUGCAUCUGCGUCUUCUAGAGCAGCUUAACACUGCAGCUGAAUCUUCCGGAGCAGCUUAACAUUGCAGCUGCUUCUUCUAGAGCCGCUUAACAUUGCAGCUGCAUCUUUCUAGAGCAGCUUAACAUUGCAGCUGAAUCUUCUAGAGCCGCUUAACAUUGCAGCUGAAUCUUUCUAGAGCAGCUUAACAUUGCAGCUGAAUCUUCCGGAGCAGCUUAACAUUGCAGCUGCUUCUUCUAGAGCAGCUUAACAUUGCAGCUGCAUCUUCUAGAGCUGCUUAACAUUGCAGCUGAAUCUUCCAGAGCUGCUUAACAUUGCAGCUGCAUCUUUCUAGAGCAGCUUAACAUUGCAGCAGAAUCUUCUAGAGCAGCUUAACAUUGUAGCUGCAUCUUCUAGAGAAGCUUAACAUUGCAGCUGAAUCUUUCUAGAGCAGACUGCUGCAACAUGAUGCUCUUUAAGCCUAUCCGCACUCUCUUUUUAAAAUAAAUUUAUUUAUUUGGUUUUUCAAAUUUAAGUUUUACAAUCACAUAUCCAACACACAUCAUAAAAACCAAAUUCCACAGAAUCUCCUGGACUUCCUUCCUCCCCUUUGUGGGUCCUAAUGUUAGUCAUUUCCUCCUGCAUCUUUUAUAACAAUCCAAAUCUUUUACAUCUCCAUUUUAUCCAAAAUCCACCAUUAAACUACAAGUGCUAUUCCAGUACUACUAAUGAUUUUAACUGCUUACAAUGGUUUUUAAGAUAAAUUAUUUAAAGAAAUUCCCGACUCCUUAUUCAGAAUUUGGUCUUCCUGACUUCUGAUUCUUCCAGUCAUUUUAGCCAUUUCGGCAAAAUCCAUCAACUUAAUCUGCCAUUCUUCUCUGGUCGGGACUUUAUCUUCUUUCCAUUUCUGAGCUGUCCAAUUCUCUUUUUAAGCCGUCUGAGUUGGUGGCCUCCUGUGGGAGAAUGAUGCCCUCCAGAUUUAUUUCAUUAUUUAUUUCUAAAUGGCUUAAUAGCUCUUAAAUUGCAUUUUAACCUGUAUUUUAAUUUAUUUUCCCUCUUAUGCUUUUUACUGUGAUUUUAUUGGUGUUAGCCGACCUGAGCCCGGCUCUGUCCAGGGAGGGUGGGGUAUAAAUAAAAAUUAUUAUUAUUAUUAUUUAAAUUUUAUUAAGGUUUAUAGAGAAAAAUACAAAACUUAUUAUCUCCCCCCCCCUUUUUUUUUAACCAAACCAAGACUUUUAUCUAGAUACAGUGGUACCUCGGGUUAAGUACUUAAUUCGUUCUGGAGGUCCAUUCUUAACCUGAAACUGUUCUUAACUUGAAGCACCACUUUAGCGAAUGGGGCCUCCUGCUGGCGCUGCACGAUUUCUGUUCUCAUCCUGAAGCAAAGUUCUUAACCUGAGGUACUAUUCCUAGGUUAGCAGAGUCUGUAACCUGAAGCAUAUGUAACCCGAGGUACCACUGUAAUUUUCCAAAGUUAAAAUACCAACAGGCUAAAAGCAGAUUAAGACUCAGAGGACCUUUCUAAACAUCUGGGUAGGCUUGUCUAAACAAAAAAUAAAUAUAUUUUUGAUGAGGCACCGAAAAGAGUACAAUGAAAGCACCUGCUUGAUAUCAAUCAGCAAGGAGUUCCAAAAUGUAGGCAUUGCUUCACUAAACGACUUGAGUUCUUACCAAUGCAAAACAGGCAAUACUUGACACCUGCAGUAGGGACAGUUCCUCCAAUUGAAGUGGUUCGUGUGGGCACAUAUGGGCAGCUAAAUGGUCUUAAGUUGCAUAGUUUAUUUCAUUUCCAAAAUGUUACGGAUGCUGUUACGUCGAUCAUCACCUGGGGGCUCCUCCCUUUUCUUUCUCUCUGCCUGCCUGCGCCCCACAGGGGACCCCUGCCCACUUGUGGAGCCUCCUCCCCACGGCAAGAUUGAGCCCUCCCAGGCCACCUACACCUUCAAGGACCAGGUGGUCGUCAGCUGCAACACCGGAUACAACAUCCUAAAGGUACUUGGGGGGGGAGGGCUGUGGCGGCACUUAGAGCAUCUCCCACAACUGCCCCAAGUUCCCUUGCACAUCCUAGAAGGCAUUCCGGCUUCUGAUUGGAUCCCGGAAUAUCCUGUUUCCCCCUUCCAGCGCCGCUGAGCUCAGGGGGGAGGAUGAGUUUGCAGUGGUACCAUGAUGAUUAUUUAUUGAUUGAUUGAUUGAUUUCCCACCCAUCUGGCUGGGUUUCCCCAGGCACUCUGGGCAGCUCCCAAUAGAAUAUUAAAAACACAAUAAAACUUCAAGCAUUAAAAACUUCCCUAAACAGGGCUGCCUUCAGAUGUCUUCUAAAAGUCAGGUAGUUGUUUAUUUCCUUGACAUCUGGCGGCAGGGCGUUCCACAGGGUGGGCGCCACCACCGAGAAGGCCCUCUGUUCCCUGUAUUUUUACUUCUCACAAUGAGGGAACUGCCAGAAGACCCUUGGCGCUGGACCUCAGUGUCCGGGCAGAACUAUGGGGGUGGAGACGCUCCUUCAGGUAUAUAGGACCGAGGCUCUUUAGGGCUUUCAAGGUCAGCAUCAACACGUAGAAUUGUGCUCGGAAACGUACUGGGAGCCAAUGAAGGUCUUUCAGGAUUGGAGUUACCAUGCUGUCUCGCAGCACCAAAAAACACAACUGCUGACUCUUGCAAGAGAACAGCACCCAAAGACAUGCGUCCCAGUUUACUCCAGUGGAAUGUUGGAGAGUAUGCUACUGGGAGCCCAGCUGAGGGCUCCGUCACAUUUGCCUCGUUUGUCCCAAAAUUAACCAGUUGAAAAGGGGCGUUGCCCAGUGAUAGAGCAUCUGCUUUUCAUGGAGAAUGUCUCAGGUUUGAUUCCUGGUAUCAUCAGUAGGGCUGGAAAGACCCACGCUGAAACCCUGGAGGACUGCUGCCAACCAGUGCAGACAGUAUCAGUUAGGUGGACCAAUGGUCUCACUCAACAUAUGGAAACUUCCAUUGUUCCACUUUCAAUGCUAUAAAAAGGUAAAGGGACCCCUGACCAUUAGGUCCAGUCGUGACUGACUCUGGGGUUGCGGCGCUCAUCUCGCUUUACUGGCCGAGGGAGCCAGCAUACAGCUUCUGGGUCAUGUGGCCAGCAUGACUAAGCCGCAUCUGGCGAACCAGAGCAGCACACGGAAACACCGCUUACCUUCCCACUGGAGCGGUGCCUAUUUAUCUACUUGACUUUGACGUGUUUCGAACUGCUAGGUUGGCAGGAGCAGAGACCGAGCGACGGGAGCUCACCCCAUCGCAGGGAUUCGAACCGCCGACCUUCUGAUCGGCAAGUCCUAGGCUCUGUGGUUUAACCCACAGCGCCACCUGCGUCCCUACUUCAAUGCUAUACCUUCUUGCUUAAAACAUCUUGUUUUGCAUUUUUGGUCAUUAGCCUCUUUGGACUAUGAACUGGAGGAAAGGCAGGGUUUUUUAAACCCAAAAACCUAGAGGGGUCGUCUAGAGGACCUGUUUAUUGACCAACCACCCUGAUUAGUUUGCACAACGCCGCAUGGAGGUCAGAUUACAUUCAGCCUUUAUUGAGCAUUUGUUUACAGGGCAGUUAUACAACAAUUGGAAGCUGCUUUUUAAUUACAGCUUCUAAUUUUUUCUCAUAUAUUUUAAUUAUUGCUUUUGACUAGUUUGUUUUUAUUACUAUCUAUUUCGAAUCGCAGCUGGGAAAUAACUGACAAGGAGCAUUUGUCCUGAUUUCAUCCUGAUUUUUUAACAGGGUGUUUAGAUUUCACAAAAUCAUAGAAUUCUGUGGGACCCCCAAGGGACAUCUAGUCCAACCCUGUGCAAUGCAAGAAUCUCAGCUCAAGCAUCCAUGACAGAUGGCCAUCCAAUCUCUGCUUAAAAACCUCCAAGGAAGGAGAGUCCACAACCUCCCAAGAGAGUCUGUUCCACUGUCAAACAGCUCUUAUUGUCAGAAAGUUCUUCCUGAUAUUUAGUUGAAAUGUCCUACCUUGUGACCUGAAGCCAUGGGUUCGAGUCCUAUCUUCCGGAGCAGGAGAAAAUGAGCUUGUUCCAUCUUCCAUGGAACAGCCCUUUGGAGAUUUGAAGAUGGCUUUCCUAUCUCCUUUCAGUCCCCUCUUUUCCAGGCUAAACAUCCCCAGAUCCUUCAGGCUUAGUUUCUUGAGGGUGCUCCCUCUAGAGCAUAGCUGUCAACUUACAGAUUUGAAAAUAAGGGACCAGCAGCCUCGAAAAUAAGGGAUCAGCAGCCAAAAUAAGGGAUUUUCAGAGCACUGGUAUGUUCAACUUCUGAGCCCCUCCGAGCCAAAGACAGAAAUCCCAGCCAGCAGCCAAACGAAGCCUCAAGCGGUGGCUCCCACAGCACAGCAACCAGGCAAAGGGGAUGCAGCAAGGAAAACCACCGUCCCCUCUCCGCUGGGAAGCGCUGAGCAAAGGCGAGUCCCCAGGCCGCACGGCCGAUUUGAUCAGCACAAGGCGUGCAUGCUCCACCCCCCAGUCGUUCUUGGACUCUUUAUUGGGUGAGCAACGCAGCCAAGCAACACAGUUGGAGCCUCCCUCCUCCCUGGCUGGCAGGGAGGGAGGGAGAGGAGCUGCUUCCUUUGAAACCUGGGAAAUUUAAGGGACAUCAUCAAUAAGGGACAGCAGCGGGACACGGCGCUGGGAUAAGGGACUUUCUUUUUUAUUAUUAUUAUAAUUUUUUAAUUGGUUUUUCACAUUUUAUAAAGACAUAACACACACGUAAGAGACAAAGACAAAAAACAUGUAUAAUUUCAGAAAUCUUACUUUCUUAACUUUAGUCCUUGACUUCCCCCCACCCCCCCUUCAUACAUCCCAAUUCCCAUAAUUAUGUCAGCAAGUUAUUAUUUUACCUCCUUACCCUGUUAAUAUUACAUCUUUUGUAGAAGAUUAAAUUCUAUCCUAAGUUGGGCUCAGAUUCCCUUCCAUCGAUUUCCCAUUUUUAUUAAGCAUCAAUCAUAUUGACUAGACCCAAAAAUCGUAAGUGUUUUUAAAAUUCUAUUUUCCCCCCCCACCCAACCCCCGUUAGUCCCGUCCCAAGUACAUUUCUACAAUAACAGUUCUUAGCCUGGAUUUCUCACAUCCGAGGCCUUCAAGUCUCUUUCAGUCCCUCUCCGCCGGUUUUGUUGGUAGUCCUUUAUGUUGGUCUUCGGAUCUCGAAGGAGUUCUGUCCCAGUCAAGCCAGAUUUUCUUCCCACAAGAAAACUUAGAGACAACUGCUGCAAAAGUUCCACCAGUCCUUCAUAUUCAGAAUGGAGGCCCCCAUCAUAUUUCUUCUUUCUUUUAAGUUCUUGAAUUCCAAGUACUCCAGGGGCCUCCUCCUUCAUCUUUCGCAUCUUUUGCAGAUUUGUAAUCCAUGUAAUCCAAGGGUCUUCUUGUUUAUAAUCCACAUGUGUAGGCUUCUGGUUGGUACUUUCCAUCUGUGCUUUCUCCUUUCCUUGUUUAGUCUCCUUCAAUUCUUGAGAUAUCUGUUCCGGUUCAGCUGCAGAUUUUCUCAUUCAGAUCCUCAAUACAUUCAGCAGAGCUGCUUAUUCCAGAAGUCAAGGUCGUAAGUUGUUUAUUCAUAGCCAGACUCUGCUCUUGUAAAGUUCCCACAAAGUAACACAUUCUUUCUAUUUCAGCUAGUAAAUUUCCAUCCGCAGCCAUUGUAAUGUCUCAGAAUUCCCCCUAGAGGGAAUCUGGUUACUACGUAAUCUUUUCCCAGCAGUCCUGUGCCUCGGUCUUUGUUUCUUUGUUUGAACCACUUUAAUUCAAUUGUAUCACAUUUAGUCCAGGAGAUCUUAAAUAACACGCUUUUUACUUUAAAUUGCCCGUUUGACAGCUUUAACAGCUGUCAAACUCCUUUCCUCUUCAACAGGCUCAAAGGCAGGACGCUCCCGGGCCCGGAAGGGGGGGGUUACACACCACAAGAGAAAAACUUCUAAAAUUCCACUCUUACACUCCAGCUCAAAACUUCUUUUAUCAAAUCGUGAAAGUUAAUGUCUUUUUAACUCACCCCAAAGGGGUAGACUCUCCAACUUAGUUCUCCUGCUAUUGCUUUAAAUCGUCUGCAGAAGGGAGGUGCGGACUUCCCUUUAACACAUCCCCGGUCGUAUCAAAUUCACAGAUAGAUAUUUUAAAGUCCAAUUCCAAUCUACUCACGGGUUGCUUCUUUUCGAGUUCAAUUUAAGGAAAAAAGUCAGUGCUCUUCAGCCAUGGCACACGGCUCCGCUCCGCUGGGGUAGCGGUCUACUCCCAGCACCACGCCGCUUUCCGUACCCUCUCCGUAGCCUUUAAAUGGAUCUUCGUGGGUCGGGGGGGCGCUUAAGGUGCCCACCGAGUCACCAGGUCCGCAGGCAUCCGCGCCUGCGGUUUUUGAGGGUCUCCGCGUCGCCGUCGCGGCAAGACCCGUCCCCAGCGGAGCCGAUUCCCUCCGGAGCUCGGAGAGAAUCCGCCAUUAGCUGUUCGCACCAACCCGGAAGUGGGAUAAGGGACUUUCCCGCCAAAUAAGGGACGGUUGACAGCUAUGCUCCAGAGGUGUGAUCAGGAAGCCUUCAUAGCAGUUGCAUUUUACUUCUCCCUCUUCCACAACGCUCCCUUGUUGCUUCUUUGCAGGAUGGCGUGGAGAGCGAGACGUUCCAGAUCGAGUGCAUGAAGGAUGGCUUGUGGAGCAACAAGGUCCCUAUCUGCAAAAGUAAGCCCCUCUUUCCAUCCUUUCCUAGGCGCUGGCAUAAAGGGAUGCUCCUCAGAUGAGAUCAAAACAUCCAUCAACAUUCUUCGUGUCUGGAUGGGGUUGUCUAAACAAAAUAUGGUUUUAGCCAGUGCCGAAAAGAACUCAGGGAAGGCGUCUGCUGGGUGUCAAUAGGCGGGGAGUUCCAGAGUUUAGGUGUUGCCACGCUAAGCGAUCUAUUUCUUACAAAUGCAAAGCGGGUUCUACGUAUGUGGCACCCGUAACAGAUUGAAUUGGGCAAGAGGCAGUAUGGACUGCGGAUUCAGGAGCCUGUUCCCUCCAGCUGAUCCUCAGUGAGGUGCUCACUCCAGAUGAUGAUAAUAAUAAUAAUAAUAAUAAUAAUAAUAAUAAUAAUAAUUUAUUAUUUAUACCCCGCCCAUCUGGCUGGGCUUCCCCAGCCACUCUGGGUGGCUUCCAAAAAAAUAUUAAAAUACAGUAAUACAUCAAACAUUAAAAGCUUCCCUAAACAGGGCUGCCUUCAGAUGUCUUCUAAAAGUCUGGUAGUUGUUGUUCUCUUUGACAUCUGGUGGGAGGGCAUUCCACAGGGCAGGUGCCACCACCGAGAAGGCCCUCUGCCUGGUUCCCUGUAACUUGGCUUCUCGCAGUGAGGGAACCACCAGAAGGCCCUCGGCGCUGGACCUCAGUGUCCGGGCUGAAAGAUGGGGGUGGAGACGCUCCUUCAGGUAUACUGGACCGAGGCCGUUUAGGGCUUUAAAGGUCAGUACCAACAUUUUGAAUUGUGCUCGGAAACGUACCGGGAGCCAAUGUAGGUCUUUCAAGACCAGUGUUAUGUGGUCUCGGCGGCCAUCCCAGUCACCAGUCUGGCUGCCGCGUUCUGGAUUAGUUGUAGUUUCCAGGUCACCUUCAAAGGUAGCCCCACGUAGAGCGCAUCGCAGUAGUCCAAGCGGGAGAUAUCCAGAGCAUGCACCACUCUGGCGAGACAGUCUGCGGGCAGGGUGGGUCUCAGUCCGUGUAUCAAGUGGAGCUGGUAAACAGCUGCCCUGGACACAGAUUUGACCUGCGCCUCCAUGGACAGCUGUAAGUCCAGAAUGACUCCCAGGAUGCGCACCUGGUCCUUCAGGGGCACAGUUACCCCAUUCAGGACCAGGGAGUCCUCCACACCUGCCCACUUCCUGUCCCCCCAAAACAGUACUUCUGUCUUGUCAGGAUUCAACCUCAAUCUGUUAGCCACCAUCCAUUCUCCAACCGCCUCCAGGCACUCACACAGGACCUUCACCGCCUUCACUGGUUCCGAUUUGAAAGAGAGGUAGAGCUGGGUAUCAUCCGCAUACUGAUGAACACCCAGCCCGAUGAUUAAUGAUUCCAGACUAACGAACACACAAGACCCACCCCCUCCCCCUGGGUACCGUUUGGCACGACCGAGUGUGAUCAAUAACUUAGUGCCUGCCCUCCUUGCUUGGGGAAUUGAGGCUGUACAUCCUUUUAUGAAUGGCUCCUGGUGUUACUGGCUGCCUCCUGCAUGCUCUUCCUCUCGCCGCCUGACUACUAAUUCCUGCUUUCUCUUUCUCCGCUUCCUGCCCUUCCUGGCCCCCCUCUGGACUUUCCUCCCUCCCUCCCUCUUCUGCCUUCGGAACAGUUGCUGGAGCUGAAACAACAGACAACAGGACGGAGAUCAAAGAGGAGGUGGAGCCCGUGGCAGACUGACCAAGGUGUCUUGCGCACGGCACCGUUCAGAGAGCGGGUGGUCCAAAGACCUUGCCUGGGGGCCACUUCUGCCACCACCCCAGUCACCUUUCCCAAUUUCAGGGGAGGCGCCAGCUCCCCUGUUUCUGCAUUCAUUCUGCCUGGGACCCUCUUCCUGCUCGGACACGCUCUUGACUCUGGGAUUGGCACGAGAGAAGGCAGAACAUAGGCAUCAAUGCACGGCGUGAAACAAAAAUGCUCUCCGUAAUUGGAGGGAGUAACUCCAGUGAUGGCUUCCACAGGUGUGGGGCAUGCAUGCGCUGCUUGCCUCUGUUUGGUUCUCUGCUUUGGGACACUCCAUGCCUGCGUCCACACGAAUGAAAAAAAUAUUUUUCAAGGACUGGCUGAGCUAACUCUGCUUUUCUUGGUGAUGGGCUGUCCCCCCCCCCCUUUGCUCAAUGUUAACUCAUUUCCUGACUUUUACCCCAGCACUGAGAUGGAGGAUCCAAGUCUCUCUCUUUUAACAUGGUGUUACUUCCAUCGUUCCUGAAUUCAACUGGCUGAAAAGCAAGUCUGGGGUGAGCGGCAGACCCCUUUAGAUGCUUCAAAUCCAGCAAGCAUCAGUAAACGCAUGGGGCGAUUAGGAUCGUAGUGGCAGGCACCGCCUCUGACUUCCAUGCGCUGACCAUGUGCACCUUCAGAUCAACUCAUGGAAGCCAAAGUGGGUCCUCUAGAGGUCCUGUUUGUUGAGCGGUCAUCUUGAUUUGAUUGCACAAAGCUUAUGCAGAAGUUAGACUAUGGUCCCAUCUGUCCUAUGCACUUAGAGCGCUGUGAUGCCACAUUAAACAGUCAUGAUUUGCCCCAGAGAAUCCUGGGAAGUGUAACUUGUUAAGGGUGCUGAGAAUUGGUAGGAGGCCUCUUAUUCCCCUCCCAGAGCUGCAAUUGCUAGAGCGGUUUAAGAAUCAAUCCAUCUUCCAGGGAACUCUGGCACCCUUAAGAAACUACAGCUCUCAGGACUCUUUGUUGAAAAGCUCUGUGUAUCGAUGAAGUGCGCUGCCCACUUUUAAAAUUAGUUUCAUUUUACUUUUUGCUAAUAUGCAAAAUUAUGCUGACUGAAGGGCUGGCAGCUUUUCUUUCGCAUGGUGCUCCUGUGCCUGACAGGCAGAAAUCCAGCAGGUGAAGCUUUUUCUAGCAUUAAAACGCAGCGUUGGGGAAAGUGAAACCUCCCUGAUUUCUGUUUCUCGGGCAACAAUUUUAUCUGCAUAUCUGGUUGGGGGGGGCAAGUUGUUAAGUUUGGGUGCUUUGGUGGGAUUUUUAAAGCAUUUUUUUAAAACAAAAAAACCCGCCCUACUUGCCGUACAUCUGGGUUUUCACAGACACUUUGCCAGUUCAGCAAAAAUCCGCCUGGACAGCCAUAGCAAACAAUGUACACAAAACGGCAGAUAAAGAGCAGGUCCAAUUAUUACUCCCCCAGCUUAGAGACCCAAGCAGAUGCCCCCCACUCACAUGAUCCAGCUCCUCUAACUCAAAUACAAGCAUGAAGGAAAAGGAGUAAAGUCCCAACAUCGAUCUCCACUGUCAUGAGGCCAGCAUCCAAAUAAAAAAAGGAGAUUAAAUUUCAGAGGGAACGCACCCUCUCGCCACGAAUCACACUCCAAUUCCGGAAGGUCGAACACACCAGCGUACAUUGCAAGGUGGCAUAGCUACAAUUCCCAGACGAGAUGCCUUGAUUAAGGCAAGGUAACUCUGCUCAUCUAGAAGUUACGCAUAUUAGGUUUGUUAGCAACCAUAGUAAUGGAAGAGCCAGUUCACAAGCAAAUGUAUUUGCUGGCAUUGGGCUGAUUCACACAUUAGCUGUGGUUCCUGCAUUGCAGGUGGUUGGACUAAAGGAACCUCGGGGUCCCUUCAAACUCUACAAUUCUGUGAUUCUAUGCUGUUCGGCAGGCACAGCCCAUGUGGUACCCUUUAGAUGUUGAUGAACUACAACUCCCAUCAUCCUUGGCAGCUGGUUGGGGUGGCUGGGGCUGAUGGUCGUUGAAGUUCAAUAGAAUCUGGAGGGCAUCACAUUGACUCUCCCUUAUGUAUGUAUUGAGUCAUAGGAUCAAAAGCAAUGCGAAUGUUCAGUGAUGUAUUUAACUUGUUAAGCCGAUUGUGUGCAACACUCCAGGCCUGCUGUAUUUGCAGGGGUGCACUUUGAAUUAUGGAUGGGGGAUAAACUCGGUUCAGUUCACAUUUAAAGGUGAGCCUACCUAAUUCACACUUUCUGAAGCAAUGCGAGAGCCGUUGACACAGCCAUCCUUCAAAAUUCACGCUUCUCCUAAUUUUGCAGCACAGGUCUCCAGCCAAAUAAUGUAGACAUAAAUGCAUAUACCAGGGUAAAAAGGACAUGGCAAUGCAUACAUUCGUUAAAAUAACAUUCAAGAAUGCAUUUUAUUAGAAGAAACUGGUUUUACAAAAAAAAAUGUGUCUAUGAUGCACAAUCACACAGAAAAAAUGUGUAUAUCAGGUGAAAUUUGCACUAAAAAUGUUGAUGGGUUUUCACGAGGAUUAGGAUUAGGAAAUGGGAAAAACCACUUGGAAGAUAUUGCAUUUGUUCCGUUUUGUUGGUGGGGAGCCUUUGCAUGCAUAGCACUCAUGCAUCUUCCUGUUACUCAUUCAUUCAUCCCACAAAUAAUUUUUUAUUGAUUUUUUUUCACAGUUUUAUACAUUUUAACAUAACCAUUUCAAACAUUAAAGUACAAGGUUCCUUUGAACCUUCGGACCUCCUUCCCUCCAUCCAUGGGUUCCAUGUUUAAGAUUAAGUUUGCUGCAUCUUUUACCAUUAUCCAUCUAUUAAAUAUCUAUAAUUAUCAUACAAAAUUGCCAUUACAUCCCUGCCAGUGAUUUUAACUGUUUACAGUGGUCUUUUAGAUAAAUUACAAAUUUGCUCCAGUCUUUAGAAAAUACUUGAUCUUCCUGGUUUCGGAUCUUCCUCGUCAGUUUCGCCAUCUCCACGUACUCAAUCAGUUUCAUCUGCCAUUUUUCUUUUGUUGGUACCUCUCCUUCCUUCCAUCUCUGGGCUAGUAGCGUUCUCGCUGCUGUUGUUGCAUACAUAAAAAGUCUUUUGUCUUCUCUUGGUAGCUCUUCGCCUGUUAUACCUAGUAAAAAGGCUUCUGUUUUUUUAACAAAUGCAUUUUUAAACAUUUUCUGGGAAAUGAUACAUAAUGAGCUAAAGUAAAUGCACCCCACACUUUUCAAAGCAUUUUACAGCCAGGGGUUGUAGGUCUUUUUAGUUGCCUUUUGCACAAGGUGACAGAGGGCUUUAAUCCACUUUCAUUUCACGACCCUGGUAUGCCCAUGAAUUUAUCUCGGGGGCAAUAUGUGUCCCUUGCCCAAUACCACUUGGAGAGAGUCAAAUCUCUUCAAAAUGCUGGGGGGAGGGUGUUUAAAGCCCAAAUAGGACAAAUUGAGCUCGAUAUCUCCUGGAGAUUGAGAAAGGUACCACGAGGGCCAAGAGGAUGCCAGUUUGAUUAAUGAGUAGAAUCGAAGAAGCCAUUAGAGGCAAGAAGGCUUUCUUCAGGAAAAUGGAAACAUUUGACCAAACUGGGAGAGCAAAAAGGAAUACAAACAUGGAAAAAAGAAAUACAAGCAGACAGUAAAGAGAGUUAAAAGAAAAGAAAAGAAACUGAGGAACACACUGCUAAAACCUAAAAACUGCACAGGAACAAAAUUCUUUAAAUGUAUCAGUCUUCUUCGUCUUUGGCGAUCACUUAUAUCUGGGUAAAAUCGUCUUCCGUAAACACAGUUUUAACAGUUGGUCUGUAAGUGACUGUGGAGGCCAAUUCUGGAUCCACGGGUCCUUCCACAGUGGGGACAUAGGUUUCCGGGCGGGAGUUGAUCAUAGUGAGUGUUUGCCAAACUUGCCUUCCUCUUAGCACAUUUCUCCCUUUCAUCCUGAGUUUGAGCAUUUUCAAAGUCCAUGACACCUUUGGUAAAGGCUGUUCUCCAACUGGAGCGCUCGCAGGCCAGUGUUUCCCAGUUGUUGGUGUUCAUACUACUUUUUUUUAGAUUUGCCUUGAUACAGUCUUUAAACCUCUUUUGUUGACCACCAGCAUUACGCUUUCCAUUUUUAAGUUUGGAAUAGAGUAGUUGCUUUGGAAGACAAUGAUCAGGCAUCUGCACAACAUGACCAGUCCAACGAAGUUGAUGUUGAAGAAUCAUUGCUUUGACACUGGUGAUCUUUACUUCUUCCAGUACAUUGGCAUUAGUUCGCCUGUCUUCCCAAGUGAUAUGUAAAAAUUUUCAGAGACAUCGUUGAUGGAAUCAUUUGAGGAGUUGGAGAUGGUGUUUAUAAGUGAUCUAUGUUUCACAAGCAUACAGUAAAGUUGGUAGUACAAUAGCUUUGUAAGUGAGUAUUUUGGUUUCCCUGUGAAUGUCCCGGUCCUCAAACACUCAGUCGAGAGAAAGCUGCACUUGGAGACAGGAGCAAAGGAAGGCGUCGUGACACCCGGGGCAGGCGUCGCUACGGAGGGCGCAUGUGUGGCAUUGCUAUGUAUGACGCAUGCACUAUAUCUAGUGACGCCGCACAUGCACUGUAUAGCGGUUUGCUGCCCGCGUCACUCCAGCACCAUACGGACGGUGCCGGGAUCCUCUGCUUGCAACUGUAGCCGCAAACGGAGGAUCCUCCACAUGCGGCUGCGGCGGCGCGAUGGCUGCUCGCGCCGCCAUGAGCCUCCGCAGGUUGACUUCUUGUCACUCCUGCAAACAUGGAACCCGGGGCGCCCUGCCUGCCCCCCUGUUGCGACACCACUGCUUGCAGAGCUCAGGUGAUGCUGGAUUUUGGCAUCAAUGUCAGCCCUUGUGGAAAGAUCCAGCGACUGAGAAAUGCAUCAGUAACAAGAGACCAGCUGGUGAGGCACUUGGAUGGCAAGGGAAUCUAAAGUGUGCUGAAGGAGAAUAAGGAGAUUGCAGAGAAACUGAAAGGAUUUUUUGCAUGUCUUUGCGUACGGCAAAAUCCUGUGCCCAAACUUUCACAGGAAGGGAGUCUGAGGAACUGAGUAGGGUUGGCAUAUGGACAUAACCGGAAUACUGCAGUCGGAAGCAGUGUCAGGGCAGAAAUCCCUUAGAUUUUGCCCAAAAAAGUUCCCACUCAGUUGAGAAUGCUUGAAGAACUCAAAAGUGAAAUUGCUCAUCCACUAACAAAAAUUACGUCUGUAACUUGUCCCUGAGAUCAGCCUCUGUACUGGAGCACUGCAAACUGGCCAGUGCAACACUGAUUCUUUUUUUAAGGUUCCAGGGGGAUCUCGGAUACUAUAGGCUAGUUAGGUUAAUGUUAUUGCUGCCUCCAACUGUGAAGGCAGAGCACAGCCUUUGGGGUUGGAAACCAUUGAUUGCCCUCUCCUCUGUGAAGUUGUCUAAUCCUCUUUGAAAGCUAUCCUAGUCAGAGGCCACCGCUGUCUCCUGCGGCAGGAAGUUCCAUAGAGCUACAUGGUUGGCCACACUGGGAAGAGGAUGUGGGGCUAAGAUGGGCAAAUUGACCCAGAGGCAGAUUUAGGUGACCAGUUUCCCCACACUGGGCACCAAGCUAAGUGGGGCACUGCAAAGUGUCACAAUUAUCAUGCAGUAAAGGUAAAGGUAAAAGGUAAAGGACCCCUGGAUGGUUAAGUCUAGUCAAAGGCAACUAUGGGGUUGCGACACUCAUCUUGCUUUCAGGCCGAGGGAGCCGGUGUUUGUCCACAGACAGCUUUCCGGGUCAUGUGGCCAGCAGAACUAAACCGCUUCUGGCACAAUGGAACACCGUGACGGAAACCAGAGCGCACGGAAAUGCCGUUUACCUUCCUGCCACAGCAGUACCUAUUUAUCUGCUUGUACUGGUGUGCUUUCGAACUGCUAGGUUGGCAGGAGCUGGGACCGAGCAACAGAGCUCACUCCGUCGCAGGGUUUCGAACCGCCAAACUUCCAAUCAGCAAACCCAAGAAGCUCAGUGGUUUAGACCACAGCGCCACCCACGUCCCUUUUUAUGAUGCACAUGCAAAACAGAAGGUGGGAGGCAGGGGGUGAAUUUUGGCCUCACAGUGCCACCAAAAUUUGAAAAUCCAUCGUUUACCCUGGAUUAGCCUCAUUCCGCAAAUCUUUUUUCCUUCACCAGGUGAAAUAUACUCUGAGUCGAGUGUGAAUUUCAUGCUCUUUCUUCAGCUCAUAGUAGCAAUGAAUGAAACUUUCCCCAAAAUGUUUAGAUAUAUAUACAUUAAUUACACAAUGGACCCCACGUGAUUGGCUACUUCCGGGCUGCUCCUGCAGGCCAAUCAGGUUGCUGAUUCACAUCUACCUGGAGCUGGAUUGGGUGGCUCCUGUGGACCAAUCAGACUGCUGCAUUCUGGAUCCUGUUGUUCUAGGACUCAGCUCAGUACAUAACACCAGGUGAGCUUCCACUCAAAAUGAGUAAAGCAUCACAUUUGUGCCUCAACAAACGCAGGGGAAGGUUCCCAAAUGAUGCUCAAGGCAGUUGUGUGAUUUCAGCCUUCGUAUUUUCCACCAGACAUCUGGAGGUAGUGGCGGAGGAGAAGGAAGCACAGGCCAUCUGCUUGGCCCGCUGUGAAAAUCUGUCGCCUCCACGUUGGCAAAGCAAAUCUGUCCCUGGGAGAAUACUCUGGGGACAACUCUGAGAGGAAAACAUUGCCUCCCCAGCCCCACCCCCAGCCUUCACCACGGCACAUAGCAGCCCAUCUGUUUCCCUUGGCUGAGUAUGAUGAGAGCAGCCCUUUGCGUCGAGGAAUGCAGAGACACUAGGAUUACUCAAUGACAGGAUCUCUGCUCAAGAAAAGGGGUGGAAUCAGCUGUCUCAUAAGCAUGUAGGACGUACAUGGGGGAAUUUUUGGUCCCUUUGCCUGUUUCCAUGGCCACCCACCGCUGCCAUUUUAUGCUCAAUUUCUUUCCUUAAAAAAUAAAAUAAAAUAUUGAAGUAAAUCAAACGAAUGGAUACGGUGAAAAUAAUAGAGGUACCAAAAAGCAGUGCAGCAUAUUGAGAAGAGAUGUCACAUUAUGCUGGUAGAGUACAAGGUGAUAUGACAGCCAUCUUCAAAUGUCUGAAGGGCUGUCCCAUGGAAGCUAGCUUGUUUUCUCCUGCUUUGGAGGGUAGGACUCGAACCAGUGGCUUCAAGUUGCAAGAAAACGGAAACUGAAAGAGAUAGUUUCUGGGGUGCGCACUAUCCUGCACUAUCUCUGCAGCUUUCUUAUGACACCUGGAAGCAUAGCUUUGAUCCAAGGUGGGAAGAGUGCACCCAAUUAUUCUCUCCACAGCCUUUACAUUAUGACUGAACAUUAUGAAUAGCUUUCUGGUGUAAGAGCUGUUGGAAAGUGGAACAGACUCCCUUGGGAGGUGGACAGUUCUCCUUCCUUACAGACUUUUAAGCAGAGGUUGUAUGGCCACCUGUCAGGGAUUCUUUACCUGUGAUUCCUGCAUUGCAAGGGGUCAGACUAGAUGGCCUUUGGGUCCCUUCCAGCCCUACAAUUCUAUGAUUCUAUAAAUAGGAAAGCCAAAUUUCACAUUGUACUAUGGAGAAGGAGUCCUGGGUGUCUGCAUGUGUUGUAUAUAAGAUAAAAUCCUACCAAAUAGCAAAGAUCUACUCGUCCCAUGUGUUGGGAGAUGUGGCUUUAUCUGCACUUAGGUGAAUUAAUUUUUUCCCUAAUGAUGGGAUGGUUCAAAUUUAUCUUUCUUUGCUGAAGUUUGGGGGAGUUGUUUAUGAGCCCAUUCCAGGAAGUACUCUGGGUCUCUCCAACCUAAAGGUCAUCAACUCUAUGGCGCAAUUCAGGAGGGGAGGGGAGGGGGUGACAUUUUAGCUAGAUCUCCCUACACCCACUCAUUGCUUCCCAAUCACCGGUACCCAAAUCUUUGAAAGGCAAACAGUUCUUCCUGUCUCUGGCAAUCUCUCUUGUGCAAUGGACAUUCUCUGUUUUGAGAAAUCCAUGUGACAUGUGGCUUGGCCUGGCCUUCCCAAGUCUUUGCUAUCCUUUCUACCGUUCACCGAUCAUUAUUUGCUCUUCCCAAAAUGCGUUUGUUGGUGGGAAAGGCAAAAUUAGACAGUUGCCUAACGGAAAAGAAAAGAGAGCAAAUUCCUUCUUCGCUAGCUCAAAUGCGCUUACUCAAAGCCUCUCGGAAGCAUGAGGAAGAUCCAUAUAAGCUGAGGAAAUAGGUGCUGGAAUAAAUUCUGUAUUUUAUUUUAAUGUGUCCAUUCCCCUUCCAUUUUUCAGCUAUGCUAUGCGGGAGAUCCGGGUGGUAUUAAGUGCUGGACCCUAUAGAGGGUUUGGCCAGAACAGUCACCAAUAGUUGCCUGCAGAUAAUAAUAAUAAUAAUAAUAAUAAUAAUAAUAAUAAUAAUAAUUUUAUUUAUACCCCGCCCUUCCCGGUUCAAAAACCGGGCUCAGGGCGGCUAGCAACAAAUUUAAAACACUUAAUUAUAAAAGCAGCAUAAAAUACAGUGUAAAAACAUAAAAACAAUAAAAAUCAAAAAUCAAUUAGAUAAUCCCCAGGGCUGGCUGGCUGAAUUGGUCCUAGUUGGGCCAGCGAGGAGGUCAGGGGAGAAUUAGCUGUGGGAUCUCAGAGCGGGUGAUCUUCAUAAAAGGGGAGGGGGAGGGAAGAGAAGUAAAAUAGCAGAUCAGGCUGAAUUCAAAUUAAAGGCCAGGCGGAAUAGCUCUGUCUUACAGGCCCUACGGAAGGAGGUUAAAUCCUGCAGGACCCUAAUCUCCUGGGACAGAGCAUUCCACCAGGUCGGAGCCAUCACUGAAAAGGCCCUGGCCCUGGUGGAGGAUAGUCUGACUUCCUUAGGGCCCGGGACCUCUAAACUAUGAUUAGUCGUGGACCUUAAGGUCCUCUGUGGGACAGACCAGGAGAGGCGGUCCCGUAAAUACGAGGUCCCUAAGCCACAAAGGGCUUUAAACACAUCCUGAAAGCAGAAUUCUGUGUGAGCCAAUGAAAAACUAAAAUGUAGAGUUGGAUGGAAGUGAGAGCUGGACCAUAAAGAAGGCUGAUUGCCGAAGAAUAGAUGCUUUUGAAUUCUGGUGCUGGAGGAGACUCUUGAGAGUCCCAUGGACUGCAAGAAGAUCAAACCUCUCCAUUCUGAAGGAAAUCAGCCCUGAGUGCUCACUGGAAGGACAGAUCCCGAAGUUGAGGCUCCAGUACUUUGGCCACCUCAUGAGAAGAGAAGACUGCCUGGAAAAGCCCCUGAUGUUGGGAAAGAUGGAGGGCACAAGGAGAAGGGGACGACAAAGGACGAGAUGGUUGAACAGUGUUCUCGAUGCUAUCACCAUGAGUUUGACCAAACUGCGGGAGGCAGUGGAAGACAGGAAUGCCUGGCGUGCUCUGGUCCAUGGGGUCACGAAGAGUCGGACACAACUAAACGACUAAACAACAACAACACAGAGUUGGAGGGGACCCCCAAGGACCAUCUAGUCCACCACCCUGUGGAUCAAGGGCAUAGCCUAGUUUGAAACCCUGGAGAACUGCUGCAAGCCAGAAUAGAUGAUACUGCCCUAGGUGGGCCAAUAUUAUGACACAGCUUCCUAUGUGCAUAUGGUCCAGCAUUCCUCCCCCCAUCAGUUAGCAGAAAUGGGUCCAUCAGUGGAUCAACUCACCUGUACUCUCCAUCCCUUAUGCAGAAAUUCCCCCUUGCAAUGUCUCCUCCAAUGCCUGAUUUAAAUAUGCAACUCCCACCAACUAAAAAUAGGCCAAGCUUCUUACCGUGGGUGUUCGUUUCCCAUUAAUUAACAUAGUUCUUUGCAUCUCACCUCUUCCCUUGCAAAUUUCUUCUCUCACAAGUUUAUAGAGUUCCUUGCACCUUCCUUGUCCUCCCUGCCCCCCAUCCCCAGGUGAUUAAAAUCCUACUUUUCAAAGUUUUCAGCUUCAGGGAAGCCUUUUUGCUGCAUAGAGUUCUCUCUUCCUCAUUGACCUGAAUUCCGGAGGGUAGGACGCCACUGAGAGCAAAUUGGAUGCUUUCGGGACGGCAAAUGCUGAAUUCAAAUGGCACGGGGGCCAGGCCUUCUUUCCUUCCAGCUGCUCUGCCACCUGGGGCUAAUGCCAGGUGUUAAGUUGUGGGCGAACAUAUCAGACGACACAGCGAUUCUUCAAGCAGCUCUUGUUUAUUCACAGGCCAGAACAGAACUGAACUGAAGGGUUCAGCCAGCCUGCUUAUAUAGAGCUCCACUAGAACGCAACAGUAACCACUUUCUGUAACUAUCCAAUCACUGAACGUCACUUUCAAUCCCUUAUUUUUUGCAUAUGUGGACCUGAGUGAAAACUAUCUAUAGUAUCCCCCUGCUGGCCCAGGGUGAGAACUUCAGUACAUAACACCAGGUAUGGCCCAGCCUUUGGCACCACGACCCCAGAGGGACCCAAUGUCAGGAACUGGCAGGGCUCUGGUGCUGAGGCAAGUGGGAUGGAGACUGAGCCAGGAGAGGGGGACAGUGAUUUAUGAUGAUACCCAGCUCUACCUCUCUUUCAAAUCAGAACCAGUGAAGGUGGUGAAGGUCCUGUGUGAGUGUCUGGAGGCGGUUGGAGGAUGGAUGGCAGCUAACAGAUUGAGGUUGAAUCCUGACAAGACAGAAGUACUGUUUUUGGGGGACAGGAAGUGGGCAGGUGUGGAGGACUCCCUGGUCCUGAAUGGGAUAACUGUGCCCCUGAAGAACCAGGUACGCAGCCUGGGAGUCAUUCUGGACUCACAGCUGUCCAUGGAGGCGCAGGUCUAUUCUGUGUCCAGGGCAGCUGUCUAUCAGCUCCAUCUGGUACGCAGGCUGAGACCCUACCUGCCCGCAGACUGUCUUGCCAGAGUGGUGCUUGCUCUAGUUAUCUCUCGCUUGGACUACUGCAAUGCGAGGGGCUACCUUUGAAGGUACCUAUGUGGGGCUACCUUUGAAGGUGACCCAGAAACUACAACUAAUCCAGAAUGCAGCAGCUAGACUGGUGACUGGGAGCAGCCACCAAGACCAUAUAACACCGGUCUUGAAAGACCUACACUGGCUCCCAGUACGUUUCCAAGCACAAUUCAAAGUGUUGGUGCUGACCUUUCAAGCCCGAAACUUGAAAGCCCACUAUACCUCAUGGAGCGUCUCCACCUCCAUCGUUCUGCCCGGACACUGAGAUCUAGCGCCGAGGGCCUUCUGGCGGUUCCCUCCCUGUGAGAAGCCAAGUUACAGGGAACUAGGCAGAGGGCCUUCUCAGUAGUGGCACCCGCCCUGUGGAACGCCCUUCCACCAGAUGUCAAAGAGAAAAACAACUACCAGAUUUUUAGAACACAUCUGAAGGCAGCCCUGUUUAGGGAAGCUUUUAAUGUUUAAUAGGUUAUUGUAUUUUAAUAUUCCACUGGAAGCCACCCAGAGUGGCUGAAGAAACCCAGCUAGAUGGGCAGGGGUAUAAAUAAUAACCAUGUUUGAAUCAUUGCCUCCUCAAUAUACAAUUGGUCUUCCGGUUGGGUUUUCCCAUACAGUUGAUAGGGGAGUCAGCCCUCUUUCAAGGCCCAUUGUGUUCCCAGACAAUGAUUCUGGAUCCUGCAAACAAGGUGGGGAAAUGUUGCGUAACCAAUAUAGAACAAAUUAUUUUCUUCUGCAAAAAAAAAGAAAAGAAAAGAAAAAGCACAGCGACACUCAAACAGAGAGAGCAGAUACUCUUGCGUAACUGGAAUCAAGGAUGCAAGUUAAACCAAUUAAAUUAAACCUGUCGGUGUUAAAUAAGAACAAAUUGCGCAACCCUAGUUUGCUUAAUUCUUUCAAAGCACAGCACCGGCCUCUCUGGGGAGUGGGGCCUGGGGAGGUUCAGACUUUCUUCUACGCAAACAGACUUUCCUCUACACAAAGGCUCAGAAGCAGUCAUAAAACUAUCACUCAAGAAUGCAGUAUGCAAAGUGCAAUCAUCUGUGCAAAUUGCAAUCAUUCCAGACUGCAAAAAAAUCAGCCCAUCGUUUUGUUCUCUAUCCAGUAAGCUGCAAGGAACAUGCAAUCUUAUAACUGGCACCCGCCCCGCAGUGGAGGAGGAACCCUCUCCAGCACCCAGGGCAGGACGCCGAGGGAUGGGGCAGCCCGUACAGAGUGCGCAUGUGUGGCAUACCGUACGGAGUGCACAUGCACAGCCACCACAUGGGCUGCCGCAGAUGCGCACUCCAUACAGGAUGCCACACAUGUUAAGUUGUGGGUGAACAUAUCAGACGACACAGCGAUUCUUCAAACAGCUCUUGUUUAUUCACAGGCCAGAACAGAACUGAACUGAAGGGUUCAGUCAGCCUGCUUAUAUAGAGCUCCAGAACAACGUAACUGUAACAAUUUUCUAAAACUAUCCAAUCACUGAACGUCCCUUAUUUGCAUAACUAUCUACAGUAUCCCCCUGCUGGCCCAGGGUGAGAACUUCAGUACAUAACAACACAUGUGCACUCUGUACGGGCUGCCGCUUGUGCACGGCGGCCAUACAGGCUGCGCAUGUGCGGCAUCCCAUACGGACUGCACAUUCUCGGCAGCCCAUACGGAUGGCGCGCAAGCGGCGCCCAUAAGGACUGUACACGCCCUUGGCUGCUCUACAGCUGGGGGGAGGCACCCGAGGCGGUGUGGCACCCGAGGCGGCCCCCUCCGCCCCCCGCUUUGUACGCCCCUGCCUCCCUGUCCCAGUGCAAGCCUGAGGACCGCAUUGCAUCCUGGGGUGGGUUUUCUUAUGUCACAGCUCCCACCCUUAAGCAUCAGACCAUAAGAAGAAGAGCCCUGGGACUGGAUCAGGCCCAUGUCAAUAAGGUGCCUCUGGGAAGCCUACAAGCAGGGCUUCAGCGCAGUCGCCUUUUCCCAUUCAUGCUUUCCAAGAGACCAAAAGAAGGAGCUCCUCUGAAGAUCCCAAAACCUGGGCAGGUUCAUGUAAGGGGAUAUAGUCUUUCAGAUAGCCUGGACCUAUUCUAUGUAGGGUUUUGUAGGUUGUGACUAGCAUUUCGAAUUGUGACCAGAAACAGGCAGAGGCUGAGGCAAUUGCUUCAGCACCCAGAGCUGUGCAGGGGUGGGGCUAGCCAGCCCGCUGGGGCGGAGUUAGCUACCCGCAACUGCAAGCCUCCCUAGCCUGGCGAGCGUCGGGGGGAGCCACCCACACAGCGAGUGUCCCUAGCGUCCAGGGGUGCCGCCUGCAUGGUGGGGGGGUGCGGCGAUGUCACCCCCCUCAGGGAUGACACCUGGAGCGGGCCGCACCCCCCUUCCUCCGCCAGUGGAAACAGAUGGGCACAGCCAGUAGAGCUCUGCUAUUGUAUCAGGCAAAUUGGCUGCUCUCUAUAACCCUCCUUGACCAGCUGGCAUUACAGACGCUGGGUUUUUUGAAGGGGACGGUGAGGCUUAGCAAAACAGGGGAUCGCUUUAGAGCCACAAGACUCCAGCUUAAUUCUCAGAGGCUUUUUUUCCAAACCCUCCCCUCUGCUCGGCUUUCCAGUUGCAGACUGCAAGGCGCCACGAGAGCUGGACCACGGCUUUGUCACCUUCUCCACCCGACACAACCUGACCACGUACCAGUCGGCGAUCCAGUAUUCCUGCCAGCAUCCAUACUAUGAGAUGGUCCCCAACGUCACAGGUGAGAGCGGCUGCCCCGCGGUGGGGGGGGUGUCCGGUUUGCAUGCUGGGGUGGGCAGCAGAGACUGGACAAGGGAUAAGCAGCAUUCACAGAAGACCACAAAGAGCUAGUAAGAUGGGCCAGGUCAAGAAAUGUAGUUGGCCCAGGAGCUUGUGCUCAAGAGUUGCCUUCUAAAGGCCGCUAGGACAAUAAAGUAUUUCAAUCUAAGAUUCUAAGAUUCCAUUCCCUUGAUUGUUUUGGUUGCUCCCUUCCGAACCUUUUCCCAACCCUAUAAUCUCCUUUGUGAGGCGAGGCAACCAGAACGCUACAAAAUAUUCCAAAUGCGGUCGAAAUCUAUAGCCAGUGAUGAAGAAGACUGCUGAGGGAGGGGAGGAAUAGAGAUGGGCUGGAAAGUGGGGUGAACCUCUGUUUGAAAAAGAAGUCUUUGCGUGCAGCCAUCCCCACUAGUAGCCAUCGGUAGGCUUUUCUUCCGUGACAACAAGAGAUGUUUUAGGAGUGCAAGGAAGCAGCCCCAGGCAACAGGCCUGCCACAGGAUAUUGCUAGGCAGAGGCACGGAGACAAAAUCAAUACUUUUGCAGCACUGCUGUCAGAAGGGGAGGCUGGAAUGGCCCUGAAGGGGAAGGAAGGUGAUUUCCUAAGAAUGCAAUGCAUGUCCUGCCUCUCCUCACAUGAAGACCGAAGACAGGAGAAGAAUUCUCAAUGGUGGUUACAGUGGCUUCUGAGCCAGGGCCUGAAUCCCACCGGGCAGUCACAUACUUAUAAGCAAAUCAAAUGUGAGAUUAGCUUGCUGCUCAGUGGAACCGGAACCAUUGUGAAAACAAUUGGAAAACUGCACUGGGGAUUUGAGUGUCGGUGACGACACUGGCGCUGACCAGUACAUGCCCACAGAAGCCAGUUCAAAGUGAACUACUGCACCAAAAUGCUUCUGGAUUCCCCCUCCUAGAGCUCCUCUCAGAAUAGAACAUAUCUACUUAACAUAUGGGACGCGGGUGGCGCUGUGGGUAAAACCUCAGUGCCUAGGACUUGCCGAUCGUAUGGUCAGCGGUUCGAAUCCCCGCGGCGGGGUGAGCUCCCGUCGUUCGGUCCCAGCUCCUGCCCACCUAGCAGUUUGAAAGCACUCUUAAGUGCAAGUAGAUAAAUAGGUACCGCUUUAUAGCAGGAAGGUAAACGGCGUUUCCGUGUGCUGCGCUUGUGCUGGCUUGCCAGCUGCAGCUUCGUCAUGCUGGCCACGUGACCCGGAAGUAUCUUUGGACAGCGCCGGCUCACGGCCUCUUGAGCGAGAUGAGCACGCAACCCUAGAGUCGGACACGACUGGCCCGUACGGGCAGGGGUACCUUUACUUUUACCUUUACUUAACAUGCUCUUAAAUCCCCACCCUCUGUUUGCCAAUGACUAUGAGCCACAACAGCUAGAGGAGCCUCCAUGUACAGGGGCACUGUACCUGCAAAUAUUGGAUAACUUAUUGCGGACAAAUAGCCAUCGUGCUCUGCUUGCGGGCUGUGUACAAGUUGUACACAGUUUACUCAAAAUCAGUCUUUGUACUUCAGUUUCUGUUACUGAGUUAUGACAGUUAAACGCUUUAAACACCAUACAGCUUCCUUCACCGAAUAAUACCUUGGUUCGUGAGCGAGGGGCACUUCUCCGCAGUUACCCGCUCUCUUAGCAAUCCCACUCCUGAGGGGUUCCCAAUGGCAUAACAGACCCAGAGGAUCUCCUCACCCCUUGUGACUGGCUUGGGAUUCUUCUGUACCUAAAAGAACUCUCCCCCUCCUGGCUAGGAUGAGACCCAGGAAGCCUGAAUUCCCACAGGAUCUGCCUCUCCCAGCUCAGACUCAGCCCUCCCAGAACACUCCUCUCUGUAUACCUUCCCCAGACCCUCAACCCGGUCUCCCUAUCCAAGCUGAGGGGCUUUCUCCUCUUGCUCUGGAUAGUCUCCUCAGUGUGGGUGUUUAACUUAACUCAGAACCAUUUCUCCCUUAGUCAAAUCCUAUCUUGCUCCCUAUCUCUCAUCUUCAGUCCAGCCCUAUCUCUUAACCUGACCCUUAGCCCUUUGUUGUUGUUUAGUUGUUUAGUCAUGUCCGACUCUUCGUGACCCCAGCAAUCUUAAUUCUGGCUAGGGAUUCAUCCAGCCCAGCCUUUCACAUGAUGAAUUCUGCAUAUAAGUUAAAUAAGCAGGGGAACAAUAUACAGCCUUGUCGUACUCCUUUCCCAAUUUUGAACCAAUCAGUUGUUCCAUAUCCAGUUCUAACUGUAGCUUCUUGUCCCACAUAGAGAUUUCUCAGGAGACAGAUGAGGUGAUCAGGCACUCGACACUUAGCCCUCUCUCUUCUCAAAUCCAGCCCUAUCUCUCAACCUGACCCUUAGCCCUCUCUCUUCUCAAAUCCAGCCCUAUCUCUCAACCUGACCCUUAGCCCUCUCUCUUCUCAAAUCCAGCCCUAUCUCUCAACCUGACCCUUAGCCCUCUCUCUUCUCAAAUCCAGCCCUAUCUCUCAACCUGACCCUUAGCCCUCUCUCUUCUCAAAUCCAGCCCUAUCUCUCAACCUGACCCUGAGCCCUAUCUCUUCUCAAAUCCAGCCCUAUCUCUCAACCUGACCCUUAGCCCUCUCUCUUCUCAAAUCCAGCCCUAUCUCUCAACCUGACCCUGAGCCCUAUCUCUUCUCAAAUCCAGCCCUAUCUCUCAACCUGACCCUUAGCCCUCUCUCUUCUCAAAUCCAGCCCUAUCUCUCAACCUGACCCUUAGCCCUCUCUCUUCUCAAAUCCAGCCCUAUCUCUCAACCUGACCCUUAGCCCUCUCUCUUCUCAAAUCCAGCCCUAUCUCUCAACCUGACCCUGAGCCCUAUCUCUUCUCAAAUCCAGCCCUAUCUCUCAACCUGACCCUGAGCCCUAUCUCUUCUCAAAUCCAGCCCUAUCUCUCAACCUGACCCUUAGCCCUAUCUCUUCUCAAAUCCAGCCCUAUCUCUCAACCUGACUCUUAGCCCUCUCUCUUCUCACAUCCAGCCCUAUCUCUCAACCUGACCCUUAGCCCUAUCUCUUCUCACAUCCAGCCCUAUCUCCCAACCUGGCCCUUAGCCCUAUCUCUUCUCAAAUCCAGCCCUCUCUUAACCUGACCCUUAGCCCUAUCUCUUCUCAAAUCCAGCCCUAUCUCUUAACCUGACCCUUAGCCCUCUCUCUUCUCAAAUCCAGCCCUAUCUCUCAACCUGACCCUUAGCCCUCUCUCUUCUCAAAUCCAGCCCUAUCUCUCAACCUGACCCUUAGCCCUAUCUCUUCUCAAAUCCAGCCCUAUCUCCCAACCUGACCCUUAGCCCUCUCUCUUCUCAAAUCCAGCCCUAUCUCCCAACCUGACCCUUAGCCCUCUCUCUUCUCACAUCCAGCCCUAUCUCCCAACCUGGCCCUUAGCCCUAUCUCUUCUCAAAUCCAGCCCUCUCUUAACCUGACCCUUAGCCCUAUCUCUUCUCAAAUCCAGCCCUAUCUCUCAACCUGACCCUUAGCCCUAUCUCUUCUCACAUCCAGCCCUAUCUCCCAACCUGGCCCUUAGCCCUAUCUCUUCUCAAAUCCAGCCCUAUCUCUCAACCUGACCCUUAGCCCUAUCUCUUCUCACAUCCAGCCCUAUCUCCCAACCUGGCCCUUAGCCCUAUCUCUUCUCAAAUCCAGCCCUCUCUUAACCUGACCCUUAGCCCUAUCUCUUCUCACAUCCAGCCCUAUCUCCCAACCUGGCCCUUAGCCCUAUCUCUUCUCAAAUCCAGCCCUCUCUUAACCUGACCCUUAGCCCUAUCUCUUCUCACAUCCAGCCCUAUCUCCCAACCUGGCCCUUAGCCCUAUCUCUUCUCAAAUCCAGCCCUAUCUCUUAACCUGACCCUUAGCCCUAUCUAAUUCUUCUCCCUCAGAAGCGGCCCCUUUUAUUCUCUCUCCCAAAGUGCUGCUCCUCCCCCUUCUGUGACCAGCUGACUUUGUAGCCAAUCAGAGAGAGGCUCCAGCAUUCAGGUGGAAUUUCAGGGGAGACUCUGGUCUGGCUCUGCUGUCCAUCACAGAUGUCUACUAGCCAUGAGGGGUCUGCCCUGCACUCACGGUUGGAGGCAGCGAUGCUUCUGAAUCCCAGUUGGUUGCUGAAUCCCAGUUGAUUCUCCUUAUAGACUGAAGAAAACCGGUAAGACAUUACGACAGCACCACCUAGUGGUAUGAUUCCUGUCCAGAACUUGUGUUUUGAUCUUCCCCAGGUACCUACACCUGUGAUGCCAGGGGCCUAUGGAGAAGUGCGGAGCUGGGAACGCGCCUGCCGUCUUGUCAACCAGGUACCUAGAUUGCACUGAAAUGCAACCUUCAUGCCAGCUGGCUUCUUUGAGCUUCUCACCCUCUGGUUUUAGAUGCAAACCUUUCACACUAUGCAGAGCUCCUCGUGUGGCUAAAUCAGAAUUGGUGCAAGAGGGGUCUGCUUUUGGUGCAAAUAUGGCAUAUGAUGCUAAUUCGCGCCAGGGCAGACCAUUGGUACGUUCUGCCCUGUCUAGUAGCAUCGCCUCUCCAGGUUUUAGGUGGGAAACCCUGCCAGCCAUAAUAAUAAUAAUAAUAAUAAUAAUAAUAAUAAUAAUAAUAAUAUUUAUACAUCGCCCAUCUGGCUGGAUUUCCCCAGCCACUCUGGGUGGCUUCCAACAGAACACUAAAAUACAAUAACCUAUUAAACAUUAAAAGCUUCCCUAAACAGGGCUGCCUUCAGAUGUCUUCCAAAAGUUUGGUAGUUAUUUUUCUCUUUGACAUCUGGUGGGAGGGCGUUCCACAGGGCGGGUGCCACUACCGAGAAGGCCCUCUGCCCGGUUCCCUGUAUUCCCUGUAACUUAGCUUCUCGUAGCGAGGGAACCUCCAGAAGGCCCUCGGCGCUGGACCUCAGUGUCCGGGCAGAACAGUGUCCGGCCAAGUUCUUUUUAACUGGAGAAUUGGACCUGGGACCAGGUUGCAUGUGCAAAGCAUGUGUUCUGCCACUGGUACAUAAACUCUGUUUAGAGCCAUCCAUGAGCUCCCCUGUCACUGGUUAAGCCAGGAGCAUCUGCCCAGAUUUCUCAGUUGCUGGUGUUAAUUCUGGCUAGUAGAAGCUAGGAUGGCAAGAGCUCAACCAGGCAGGAUUGGUUGGGGAGAGCUUGUUGAGGGAGGGAGAAAUCGGAUUAUUCCAUUUGCAUUUGAAGGCAAAUUACCUAAUUUGCUUUUUCCGAAACAAUGAAGAAGCAGAGCUCGGCCGUCUUUCAAAACACACGCUUCUCCGAAUUUUGCAACAGAGUUCUCCAGACAAGUUAAUGGGUCCAAAAAUGUAUAACCUGGAGGGUGAAGUGUCCACAUCAAUGCAAAUAAGAGUGAAAAUGACAUGGAAAGAAAUGCAUAUUUGGGGCGGGGGGGGAGUUGUUUUGAAAAAGAUGAGCAAAAUUGCAUACAAACAUUAGGAGAGAUUCGCACCAAAAGGCUCAUGGGGACUUUUCACAAAGAAAUUUGCAAAUUGAUGUGGAAACAUGGGAGAGCCAAACUUAAGACUGGGAAAACGAGGAAUUGGGAGAAAUCGAAUUUGUCAGGUUCCUCUGUCCCAGGUUCAUACCCACCAAGAUACAACGUUGAACAUGGGGACGCACAUCUCUUAAAAGUGGUUUUUUUGAGCUUUCAGGGUGUUAUAGUAACUGUAUAGUACAAACUUCCAUUCCCUGCCCCCUUUUAAAAGACUGACUGUUUUUUAAACAUGCUCUUUUCUGUCUGCUUCUGGUCCUGAUGGAAUCCAGGCGGGCUGGCAAGUCCCAGGGAAAGUUUUCCAGAGGUCAGAGCAAGCUGGCCAAGAGCUGAGAAAUCGCAGCGCUUUGCUCCUCUCUCCUUGGAACGCCAGUUGCCUGUCACUAGGAAACCCCUCUCUCUUCUCUAGCAGAUCACUGGCUUCUGCAUACAGCCAGAAUAAACAUUCUGGCAGUGCCCUGUCCCUUUGUCAUGGUUUCUGCUGCAAUCCUGCACCCACUGGGACCAACCGGGGUUUUCCUUCUGGGUAAACAUGCCUUGGCUUGGGCUGCGCUAUUUUUAGCCUGUUUGUUUACCAUGCUUUCUCCCACUUAAAAAAGAAAACCAAAUACCCAAAUCAUUCCAUCUAUUUAAGAAAAUGGUUCCAAAACACUUUUGGGCCGCUACUCACUUGGUUGCAUAAACUUAUCCCCAGUGCCAAACUACUUUAAAAAUUAUGAUGAUGAUGAUGAUGAUGAACAGUGAUUUGGCAAGAUAAUAAUGCAAUAAAAUUCAAAAAAAGACACAAUUAAUUUCACAUUUAUUCAUAAUCCAGUUAAAACUACUUAGCUGGUGUAAUUCAACAAAACUGAUGAGCUUUAUCCAGUGAUACUGGCUUUUCAAAAUCUGGUAGUCAUUGACACCUCUAGUGCCCCCCCCCCCCGCAGCCCCCUUGCCUCUUAGCGCAUCCCCCGCCCCCAGCCAGGUAAUCCCUUUGAGGUCUUAUCCUGAUGCCCAUGAAGCUUUUAAACUGCACACAGAGACACACUACACCUUUGGCCAUGAGGUGGCGAAAGCAUUUGCGUGGCGAGUUCCUGCCUCCCUCCAGUGGAAAUAAAGACACAUGACACAGAUAUUGAAGCUUAAUGGGCUAAAUAUGGCCACAACUUUAUUGGUUACCGGUGAUGAGCGGUAUUGGCUUAGGCAUUGGUCCUAACCAACAGUCCGGCUUCAGCCUGUUCGCUUGAAGUCCGGGAAGGGUCAAUCUCCAGUAGGGGGAGUCCUGCUGAUGCACAUCAACUAGGAACUCCCCCAGGGUCACCGCUCGGGGGGUGUGCCUUAGGCCCUCACCUCCAUAGGCUUUGGAUAGGUCCACGCCCCCCAGAAUCCUUUAUCGGACUACCCUUCAAUAUGCAGGGGAGGUGAUGGCGCUUCCUCCCCCCCUUCCAACUACAUGACAAUACCAAUACCAAUGCCUAACCGCCUAUACCAAGAAAGUUGUGACGAUUUGCUAUGAGGUAGGCGAAAAACCAAGUGGCUGGUGCCAAUUUGCAGGCGAUUGGUGGCAGCCGCGAGCAGGAGAUUGUCUGCGGCGAUUGGGCAGGUGAUUGGUGGCUGCUGGCAGCGAGUGGGCAGACGAUAUUGGUGUCUCUGGCAAUGCAUGCGAUUGGCACUGGUGGUCAGGCGGGUGAGCGAUUGUCAGCAAUCCCGCUCCCCUAAAGAAAGCUUAACAACUCUGGACAAUCUCCCCCCAUUUCCUAAAUUUGGGGUCUCAAAAAACAGGGGUCGUCUUAUACACGGGGGCAUGUUGUGCAUGGAAAAAUAGAGCUGGAAGUUGGAUGAGUGGCAGUUUUCUACACUUCCUCUUUCUGCUCUAGAUGCCUUUGAAGGCUCAGGUGGAUUCUACUGCAUCCAGAUUUGCCAAAUAUCUUGGAAAAGUGAACUCUUUGUGAGUGCACUGCCAUGCUUUCUGUGUCUUGGGUGGGGGAAUGAUGUGGGGGGGGAGGAAAGUGAGCAGAAAGAGCGGCGGCAACACCCCUGGCUCUCGCUCAAGAAGCCACAUGUGCUCCCAGGCCUAAAAACGGCUGGCGGUCCUUGAUGAAGAGCAUAGAGGGGGAAUGUUCUAAUUAAUUUCCCUUGCUCUGCCAUUUUAGCAGAGCUCCUUCCGUCAAGCUUUCUCUGUCCUUGCCAACCCUUUAAUCAGUUUCCAUUUUAGCAGAGCCCUAAUUUUGCCUACUGACAGUUAAGCAAAACAAAUAAACACACACUUAAUGUAUUUCAGUACUCUUGGCUGCUGUUCAGUUAACUCCAGUGCGAUGUAAAUUAAAGUAGGAAGGCUGCCAGAUGAUGUCCUUGUGUCGCUGGUUCCAAAGGGUGUGGAAGGGUGGAUGAAGGGGGAGAGAGGUGACAAUUCUGCUAUGAGGGUGUCCUACCUUGGGACGUGCAGAGAUCUCUGCUGGCCAUGCCAGCUCUUCAAAAUGCGCUGAUUUUUGUCUCCAUGCAAACGUUUAUUUUGAUUUUCAUCUAGCAUAACCAGUGGUUUAUUCUGGCUGGGCACCUGUGCCUUUCACAGCUGCAAGACAAGCAGAUAUUUCACAGGUGAAGUGUUUUUCCGUUCUGCAGCUGCCCUGAGUGAACAAAGAACUCAUUGUGUCAAUCUCACUCGACAGUUUCGCCCCUUGAUGUGCAAGCGUUUGCAACAGACAAAGCUCCAGAUCAAGCUCUUCACACUUCUUUUUUUAAAAAAAUGAUAUUUAUUAAAAUUUCAGAGAAAAAAAAGAAUUACAGAAAAACAAAAAGUAAAAAUACCAAAAAAAAAUACAAAAUACAGAAUAAAAGAAUAAAAGACACUUAAAAAGAGAAAAAAGAAAAAUGGGUCAAUCUUUCCAUAGCUUACAUUCAUAUCCUUGUUUCCCUGACCUCCUCAUACCUCCCUUUUUUUGUAUUCCAGUUCAAUUAAUUAAGUCAGCAAUUUCUUUCCCUCUUUGUUUUCUCAUGAUCCUUUAACUUAAUAUUCUAUAACUUUAAAUUUUCAUCUAUUAACAAUCCUUUUUUACAUACACCUUUAUAGCAUUACUGCUUAAACCACCUAACUUCAUUCCAACAUCAUUCUAACAUCAUUAAUUUUGCAAUAUUUCUGUAAAUAAUCUUUAAAUUUCUUCCAAUCUUCUUCCACCGACUCUUCUCCCUGAUCUCGGAUUCUGCCAGUCAUUUCCGCCAAUUCCAUGUAGUCCAUCACCUUCAUCUGCCAUUCUUCCAGAGUGGGUAGGUCUUGUGUCUUCCAAUACUUUGCAAUAAGUAUUCUUGCUGCUGUUGUGGCGUACAUAAAGAAAGUUCUGUCCUUCUUUGGCACCAUUUGGCCGACCAUGCCCAGGAGAAAGGCCUCUGGUUUCUUCAGAAAGGUAUAUUUAAAUACCCUUUUCAUUUCAUUAUAAAUCAUCUCCCAGAAAGCCUUAAUCCUUGGGCACGUCCACCAAAGGUGAAAGAAUGUACCUUUGGUUUCUUUACAUUUCCAACAUUUAUUAUCGGGCAAAUGAUAGAUUUUUGCAAGCUUGACUGGUGUCAUGUACCACCUGUAUAUCAUUUUCAUAAUAUUCUCUCUUAAGGCAUUACAUGCCGUAAACUUCAUACCUGUGGUCCAUAACUGUUCCCAGUCAGCCAUCAUUAUGUUAUGUCCAACAUCUUGUGCCCAUUUAAUCAUAGCAGAUUUCACCGUUUCAUCCUGAGUAUUCCAUUUCAACAGCAAGUUAUACAUCUUUGACAAAAUCUUGGUUUUGGGUUCUAACAGUUCUGUUUCCAAUUUUGAUUUUUCCACCCAGAAGCCAAUUUUCUUGUCCAAAUUAUAUGCCUCCAUUAUCUGAUAAUAAUGAAGCCAGUCUCACACUUUAUUUUUUAAUUUCUCAAAACUCUGCGAUUUCAGUCUAUCUCCAUCUUGUUCCAAAAUUUCCCAAUAUUUUGGCCAUUUGACCUCCAUAUUGAGCUUUUUCUGAGCUUUCGCUUCCAUCGGUGACAGCCACCUUGGGGUUUUGUUUUCCAAUAAGUCCUUAUAUCUUAUCCAAACAUUAAACAAUGCUUUCCUGACAAUAUGAUUUUUAAAUGCUUUAUGUGCUUUGACCUUAUCAUACCACAGAUAUGCAUGCCAUCCAAAUACAUUGUUAAAACCUUCUAAAUCCAAAAUGUCUGUGUUUUCAAGAAGCAGCCAUUCUUUCAACCAGCAAAAAGCUGCUGAUUCAUAGUAAAGUUUAAAGUCUGGCAGGGCAAAUCCACCUCUUUCCUUUGCAUCUGUUAAUAUUUUAAAUUUUAUUCUAGGCUUCUUGCCCUGCCAGACAAAUCUAGAAAUAUCUCUCUGCCACCUCUUGAAACAGUCCAUUUUGUCCACAAUUUGCAAUGUUUGAAACGAAAACAACAUUCUAGGCAAUACAUUCAUUUUUAUCGCAGCAAUACAACCCAGCAGUGAAAGCUUCAAAUUUGACCAAAUUUCUAAAUCUUUUUUCACUUCAGCCCAGCAUUUUUCAUAGUUGUCUUUAAACAAAUUCCCAUUUUUUGCUGUCAUGUUAAUCCCCAGGUAUUUAACGUUCUUAGCCACUGUUAAACCUGUCUCAUUCUGAAACCUCUCUCUCUCAAUUGGUGUUAAGUUUUUCUCUAAAACCUUGGUUUUUAACUUAUUCAAUUUAAAUCCUGCAACCUGACCAAAUUCUUGAAUCAGUUCUAAAACCCUUUUGGUACUAGAUUCUGGCUCAAGCUCUUCACACUUCUCGGGUUUUGCUAAAGUGUUGCAGUGUAUGCUGCUGUCAGACCGGCAUCUAUGGGUGGGGUUUUUUCCGGUUAACUGAGGCAGCUUGUCGAUUGCCAUCCAAUUUUAGCUUUCGCUUGAGAAAUUCAGCGCUUGUCGUUUGCACUCAUUUAUGUAACUAGAGUCUCACAGAACCUAUGAUUUCUUGACACUGUGGUAAUGCCCAAAUAUAAUGGGAUUCCACUAUGCUUGGGUACUAAAUGGGCAAUCCCAAACCCUGGUAGACAGCCAGCGGAAGGGGUAUAGCCACCUCCACAUCCACAGCCCUACCAAUUGUUCCAGCCAGGCCAGAAAAGGGGAGCAGAUAAAAUUACUGUAUUUUUCGCUCCAUAAGGCGCACCGGACCAUAAGGCGCACCUAGUUUUUAGAGGGGGAAAUCAAGGGGGGGAAUUAUUAUUUUUCCCCCAGCCCCAAAGAGCAAAGAAGCCAAGACAGCGAGCAGGAUCCAUCCCACUGGCUGUCUUGGCUUCCUCUUUAGCCGCACGCAACCUCUCUAGCCGGGAGAAGCUGCGAGCGGCUAUGGCAAUUCCCCCACCUCCCGCAAAAGCCCACAGGAGCUGCGCACCCUUUAAAGAGCGCGCAGCUCCUGUGGGCUUUUCUACGAGGAGGGAGAAGGGACUGACUAGCCACGUCAGUCCCUUCUCCCUGCUGGGGAAAAGCCCACAAGAGCCACGCAGAGCUUGUAUGCGGCUCUUGGGGGCUUUUCCUGCCUGCCUCCCCCUGCAUUCGCUCUAUAAGACGCACAUACAUUUCCCCUUACUUUUUAGGAGGGAAAAAGUGUGUCUUAUGGAGCGAGAAAUACGGUACACUUGCCUUUGCCCACUCUUGCACUGGACCAACCAAACUCCACAUCCCACUUCCCCAAAUGCCCCAUUUCAGGACUUUCUGGUGCCUUCCUCCCACCCAGCAUGUGGGCUGAAUCAGUGGGGCAUGCCUUGCCAGUGGGGCUUAACUUAUUUAACCCAGUCCUGGCAGAUAUGGGCAGUGCCAGGCGAAUCAGAGGUCUGGCUUGCUCUCUCAGGCUAUGCAUGGUAUGAUGUUGGGAUGACUCCUGGCCCUCUGACCCGCCGACCACACCGGCCUCCAUCGAAAUCCCGGAAGGCGUUGGCGCUCCAAAAGAAUCUUUCUUCCUCCUUUCCCAAGAGACGCUGGCGAGAUCCGCCCGACCGGCCUGCCUUCUGUUUCGUUGCCAGCCCUGGACACCUCCGGAGAGCGGGCAACUUGUCCUGGCUGGCUAGCGACUGGCACAGCUGGCUGCCUCCCUUCACCGUGCAUGCUGGUGGGGAGAUCGGCCACUUGCUUUCCUGCCCCGCAAAGGUAUUCCGGAUCUCUGAGGGUGCAAUGAUGGACAGCACCAGGGUGUGCGAAGGCAUCAUUGCCUGUAGAUUAUGCCAUGGGUCUCCUUGAGGGAUGCUUCUGUACAUAUCUGCAUCGGGCAUUUAAAGCGGCAGCGUACCGCUUUAAACAUUGCAGGCAGUUGGGCAGGACGGCCCUUUGGGUCCCCGACAAUCCUGUAAUUCUAUGAACCAGUCGAGAAUCCUGGGAACUUCAGUUUGCUAAGGGAGCUGAGAGUUGUUCAGAUCCCCCAAUCCCCGCCACAGAGCUAUGUAUGAAGAGCCUGCUGGGACAGGAUGAAGGGGACCCCGCGAGCAGGAUACAAACACAACUCUAGUUGAGAUUACUGUAUUGCAGGGGUGACCCUCAGGGUCCCUUCAAUAAGAAUAAGAAUAAGAAUAAGAAUAAGAAUAAGAAUAAGAAUAAGAAUAAGAAUAAGAAUAAGAAUAAGAAUAAGAAUAAGAAUAAUUUAUUUAUACCUUGCCCAUCUGGCUGAGUUUUCCCAGCCACUCUGGGCGGCUUCCAAUCGAGUGUUAAAAACAAUACAGCAUUAAAUAUCAAAAACAUCCCUAAACAGGGCUGCCUUCAGAUGUCUUUUAAAGAUAAGAUAGCUGCUUAUUUCCUUCACGUCUGAAGGGAGGGCGUUCCACAGGGCGGGUGCCACUACCGAGAAGGCCCUCUGCCUGGUUCCCUGUAACCUCACUUCUCACAAUGAGGGAACCACCAGAAGGCCCUCAGAGCUGGACCUCAGUGUCCGGGCUGAGCGAUGGGGAUGGAGACGCUCCUUCAGGUCUACUGGGCCGAGGCCAUUUAGGGCUUUAAAGGUCAGCACCAACACUUUGAAUUGUGCUCGGAAACGUACUGGGAGCCAAUGCAGAUCUCUCAGGACCGGUGUUAUGUGGUCCCAGCGGCCACUCCCAGUUAAUAGCAGUUUCCCGGUCACCUUCAAAGGUAACCCCACAUAGAGCACAUUGCAGUAGUCCAAGCGAGAGAUAACCAGAGCAUGCACCACUCUGGCAAGGCAGUCCGCGGGCAGAUAGGGUCUCAUUCUUCAUACCAGAUGGAGCUAGUAGACGGCUGCCCUGGACACAGAAUUGACCUGUGCCUCCAUGGACAGCUGUGAGUCCAGAAUGACUCCCAGGCUGCGCACCUGGUCCUUCAGGGGCACAGUUGCCCCAUUCAGGACCAGGGAGUCCUCCACACCCACCCACCUCCUGUCCCCCAAGAACAGUACUUCUGUCUUGUCAGGAUUCAACCUCAAUCUAACAACUCUCAGCAUCCACAACAGACUACAGGUCCCAGGAUUCCAUGGAGGGCAUGCAAAAUGUGUGCUCUACCACUGAGACAUAGACAUAGGCCAUAGAACAUAGAUGCAGGUGUCCAGCAGCAAUUGAGGGUCUAAUUCCAGGAAUUACCAACAUAUAUAUAUAUCAGAUAUACUGUAUGAAGUCCUAGUGUUUUGCCAGUGACAUUUGAUGGAUUUCCAUGUGUAUAUAAUCUUGGCAUGGUCCAUUGAGCGGAGCUCUUGGCAUGUUAAAUUCAAAGCCUCGGGACUGAAAAUUUGUAAUUUCAUAAUUUAAAACUCUGCUGGUCAAUUUGAAAUUUCAAUUGUUGGAAUUGAUACACCUGAAUGCUGCCCAGCUCUAAAAUGACAAACGAUCCAGCGCACCUUUACACAGAGUAGCCCUGUAGGACUUAAUAUAGGAAACAAAAGUUGGAAGCAAGGCAGGAACUUUUCUGCCGCCCCCCAAUGGGGGGGGGGAAUCCUGGCAUAAUCUACUUGGAGUCACAGUUUGGCUACUUUUUGGGAUGGAUCCAGCCCUGGUCGUCUAACCAUCUGCUCUGUUGUAUUCUUUCCCCAGUUUGUGGGCGGCCGACGCGGUCGCUGCCCACCCUGAUCAAGCGCAUCAUCGGCGGGCGAAACGCAGAGCCCGGGUUUUUCCCUUGGCAAGCCCUGAUCGUGGUGGAGGACACGUCCCGAGUGCCGAACGACAGGUGGUUUGGCAGCGGGGCCCUGCUCUCCGAGUCGUGGGUGCUGACCGCCGCCCACGUCCUCCGCUCCCAGCGCCGGGACAACACCAUCAUCCCCGUCUCCAAAGAGCACGUCACCAUCUACCUGGGCCUUCACGACGUGAGGAACAAGGUGGACGCCGUCAACCGGACGGUGGAGAAGAUCGUCCUCCACGAGGCCUUUGACAUCCAGAACUACAACCACGACAUUGCCUUGGUGAAGCUGAAGGAGAAGGUGACGCUGGGACCCCAUGUCAUGCCCAUCUGCCUGCCGCAGUAUGAACACGAGUUAGAAGGACCUCAACCCAACACGUUGGGCCUGGUGGCUGGCUGGGGCAUCUCCAACCCCAACAUCACCGUGGACGAGGUCAUCAGCUCCGGCAUGAGGACCCUCUCUGACGUUCUCCAGUAUGUCAAACUACCAGUGGUCCUGCACGCCGAGUGCAAGAUGAGCUACGAAUCUCGGUCGGGGAACUACAGCGUCACUGAGAACAUGUUCUGUGCCGGCUAUUAUGAAGGUGGGAAGGACACUUGCCUUGGGGACAGCGGGGGAGCCUUCGUCAUCCAAGACCUGGAGAGCCGGAGAUGGGUGGCCCAAGGACUGGUCUCGUGGGGAGGCCCCGAAGAGUGUGGUAGCAAGCAAGUCUACGGGGUCUACACCAAGGUCUCCAACUAUGUGGACUGGCUUCAGGAGAAGACCGGGUGGACAUUCAGGGGGGUCGAGAGGAACAGAUGAACCUUUUGAGAGCCUUUAUAGGCCGUCAGUUGUUGUUUCCCACAAACACACACACACACACAGAGAGAGAGAGAGAGAGAGAGAGAGAGAGAGAGAGAGAGAAUAAAUGUGUACAGUUGUUAUUAAUUGGAAGGAAUCGGGACCAUUCCUCUAAGCAGUGCUCCUGUCAAACAAAUAUCACAUUUUCCAAGAGAAAGAACUCAAGAUGUCCAAAAGGGAACCAAUUCCAGAUCACCAUUUGAUUCUCCCCCCAAAAAGAGUUGCCUGGUGUCAAUGUGAUGUCUGGCGAUUGACAGGUAGACAUCCUCAUCAACCAGACAAACUUUGCCCCCCCGGGGGGGGCACAGGAGAUAAUAAUCUGGCCUGUCCCUGAGUCUCCUUUCCCACCCUGCAAAAUGCACAGUUUCCCCCACUUCCCGUUUAACACGAAAGUGUGGAAUUAAAAGCCCAGGAAGUCACCGUUUAAAUGCAACCUCUAAGUAGUCGACUUUGUCUGAUGGCCAGUAUGUUGCUUAAUUGUGUGGCUCAGAGAAAGAGAAGCCCCCUCUAGUGGUCACUUUCUGCAUUUCUUUCUUUCUUUAAAAAGUUUGACUUUAUCGUGAAUCCCUCCCCUUGAAUGUUUAAAACAUUGAAUUGCAGAGUUUGUGUCUUUCGAAUCUGCCCCCAAACUCCAGCUCUGUGAUAGUGAUGGGGUUUCCUGUAUCCAUAAAUUCAGUCUUCGCAGUCAGACAUCCUCUGAAACAUUGCAGAUUUCUUUGAAAUCCAAGGCUUGCAAAAUUCAGUCUGGAAUGUUCGAAAGCGAUUUGUGGGAAUUUGGUGAAUUCCAUAAUCCAUAUCACUCAUUUCUGCACCACUUCCUUGAAUUCUGGAUUCAAUGUUAUGUUGGUGCUGCCUCGCCCACCCUGCCCCAUCCCUUGUGCCCAAGAGAAAUGUAUUUUGAAAUCAUGGGAUGGGAAGGAGACAUUCGCCUUUGUCCCUUUUAGAGGGAAAAGAUGGCAUUGGAUCUCACUCUUUGGCCCUCGGUUAAAACUGCUUCCUUUUUUUAGGGCAGGCUUCCUCAAACUCCUCCCUCCAGAUGUUUUGAGACUACAAUUCCCAUGAUCCCUGACCACUGAUCCUGCUAGCUAAGGAUCAUGGGAGUUGUAGGCCAAAAAACAUCUGGAAGGCCAAGUUUGUUUGCUGUUGUUGUCAUUUAGUUGUUUAGCCGUGUCCAACUCUUCGUGACCCCAUGGACCAGAGCACACCAGGCACUCCUGUCUUCCACUGCCUCCCGCAGUUUGGUCAGACUCAUGCUGGUAGCUUCGAGAACACUGUCCAACCAUCUCGUCCUCUGUCGUCCCCUUCUCCUUGUGCCCUCCAUCUUUCCCAACAUCAGGGUCUUUUCCGGGAGUCUUCUCUUCUCAUGAGGUGGCCAAAGUAUUGGAGCCUCAGCUUCAGGAUCUGUCCUUCCAGUGAGCACUCAGGGCUGGUUUCCUUCAGAAUGGAGAGGUUUGAUCUUCUUGCAGUCCAUGGGACUCUCAAGAGUCUCCUCCAGCACCAGAAUUCAAAAGCAUCCAUUCUUCGGCGAUCAGCCUUCUUUAUGGUCCAGCUCUCACUUCCAUACAUCACUACUGGGAAAACCAUAGUUUUAACUUUACGGACCUUUGUUGGCAAGGUGAUGUCUCUGCUUUUUAAGAUGCUGUCUAGAUUUGUCAUUGCUUUUCUCCCAAGAAGCAGGCGUCUUUUAAUUUCGUGGCUGCUGUCACCAUCUGCAGUGAUCAUGGAGCCCAAGAAAGUAAAAUCUCUUACUGCCUCCAUUUCUUCCCCUUCUAUUUGCCAGGAGGUGAUGGGACCAGUGGCCAUGAUCUUCGUUUUUUUGAUGUUGAGCUUCAGACCAUAUUUUGCGCUCUCCUCUUUCACCCUCAAUAAAAGGUUCUGAUCCAUGAAGGGGAGUAGCACCUUAAGAAACCUUAACAAACUUAGUUGGUCUCUAGGGAUCUGCUUGGUUUUUUAAGAGAAGGCUGAGAUCCACUGGGUACAAAAUACACACACUUAGAACCAUAUUUUGCGCUCUCCUCUUUCACCCUCAAUAAAAAGUUCUUUAAUUCCUCGUCACUUUCUGCCAUCAAAGUUGUGUCAUCUGCAUAUCUGAGGUUAUUGAUAUUUCUUCCAGCAAUCUUCCGGCUAGGGAAGAGCCUGUUUUAGGGGGUCAGUUCUUGCUUAAUGCUCAAAGCCAGCCUUGAGCAACCUGUUGCAUCUCCAGAUGUUCUGGGCAGCAACAGCUGUGCUAGAUGAAGCUGAUGGGGGUCAUAGUCCCAAACAUCCUGAGGGCACCAGGUUGGCAAAGGCUUUUCUUAGCCUUCAAGCCAGGUGAGCAUCUUUAACAAAAGGAAGGGGCUCUUGCUUGUGCAUGCUGGCAGGAGGCAGCUGCAAUGCUUUAAUUCAGGACUGCAAAUUUGAAUAUGUUCAAAAGCUUCCCAAUGUGAAAAAUCAGUCCAAUGAAAGAUGGUACCCAUCAUGGUUUUGGAUCACUGGGGUUUUCUCAGCACUGUAAGGUCAAAGGUCUUUUCCUAAUUUGAAAACACUCCUUGGAGUGAUAAACUUUGUUUUAGUAAAAAGGACCAGGCCAAACUACUCAGUCAUCCAUCAGGAACUUGCCUGAGUACAGUGGUACCUCGGGUUAAAGACGCUUCAGGUUACAGACUCCGCUAACCCAGAAAUAUUACCUCGGGUUAAGAACUUUGCUUCAGGAUGAGAACAGAAAUCGCACGGCGGCGGUGGGAGGCCCCAUUAGCUAAAGUGGUACCUCAGGUUAAGAACGGUUUCAGGUUAAGAACGGACCUCCGGAACGAAUUAAGUUCUUAACCCGAGGUACCACUAUAGUGGCACUUCACUGAAGGUGCGUAUGCACCUUACGUGUAAAGCACAUUUGUAGAGCAAGGAAGGAAUGCUGGGAAUCAAAGUUUGCCCCUCACAAAGCUACAAUUCCCAGCACCCUUAGCAAACUACAGUUCACGGGAUCAUUGGGGGGAGGGCUUUUAAUGCAUGGUGUAGAGAUGCAACUUUUUCCGCAUGAAAGUUUUGUGAAGGGUUUACAUGACGUUACCCUCAUCAAAACACACCAUUUACUCCAGAUAUCUCAUUUCCAUGGUGUGUUUUACUCUCGGAUAGGGAAGUUUUUAAUGUUUGAUGUUUUAUUAUGCUUUUAUAUUUGUUGGAAGCUGCCCAGAGUGGCUGGGGCAACCUAGUCGGAUGGGCGGGGUACUAUUAUUAUUAUUAUUAUUAUUAUUAUUAUUAUUAUUAUUUCUGUGUACAUGGUAAAUCCGGAUUAAAGGGGAAAUAAUACGGGGUGGCAUUUUGGGAGAAGGAUGUGGGUGCUGCGAAAACCUUGGAUAUGUGAGUUUCACCAGGUCCAUAGGGAACUACUGUGUGGAAGCAAUGAGGAAACACUGAAAAAAAAUCCAAAGAAACAUGUUUUAUGUUACUAUAAUACAUGCUUAGAAAAACAUUAUUGGCUCUGUUACAUAUUUAAGAGAUGUUACGCUGUUUGCUAUGGGUUUUGUAUUCUGUUUUGUAGCAUUUUUACUAUUUUGUAUUACAUUCCUUAGCAGAAAAGAGAAUAAAGUUAUUGUACCAC